GUCAGAGCUGCUUAAUAUGGCUGCCUCCAUCGCGCCUCGGUGUAGUCCUCCUGCAGCAAUAGUAAUAGCUCUUUUAUUGGGUUGCUGUAGUUUAGCGAUCGCAGACGGAAUCCAGGUACGCGACGGGGGCGAGGGGGGCCGGCUGGCUUGAGCUAGCUGAGCUGCGUUGCACGGCUGCGCAAGGGAUUUGCCGCUGUUUCUUUCCCCUCCCUGACCCUCCUGUUUCAUUUAAACUAGCAUUUGAGCUUUCCCUUCCCAGUGUCCCCUCUUUGCUGCUGUGAGUGGGUGACUUUGUGUAACCCAGGAGCCUUUUGCCAGGGAUGAAAAUCGUCCUUUGAGAAGAAGACGUUAAAAGCGAAAUAAAAGCAAGCACAACUUUAGAAGUACAGUAGAAACCUCUGGUUGUGGAAAUGCACCUUUGCGGAACAGUUCCUACGCACCAGAGCCAGUUGCAGCAGGGUCGGUUGCAGGUUGUGGAUCAAGGCUUUGGAGACGUCCUCCGGCCCAGCCCAGCCCAGCCUAGUCUUCCCAGCGAGGUAGUGGGUUGCAUUUUAUGAGUAAACAGGUGGGACUGAUCAUCGCCACACCUUGCCGCCUCAGCUUGUUUGCUCGUCCUCUCUCUCUGGAGGCGCUGUAGGAAGGAUGAGGCCUGUUGGACCUCAUCCUCACCGCUGCUGUUGCCAGAGGGACAGGGCAGGCAUUCAGGUGGGCCAAGGCAAGGGUCAGCCACCUAGUUGCUCAUGCUCACCUGUGCAACUCUAAAUCUUUCGUACUGUGCCUAAACAAGGAAACAGAGCCUUUUCCCCUGUGGAAGUUGUUCCAGCCAUUCAAUCUUCUUUUCUGCAUAUGUGUAGAUGUUCAUAACAAGGUAAAAACAGCCCUGUCAGAUCAGACUUGGGAGUCAAUAAAACCAAGCAUCCUGUUACUUUCAGAGAGCACGCAAGGAGGACAGGAUGGGAGAAUAUCUCCCCCACGUUUGUUUACCAAGAAUAAGAAUAAUUUAAUUUUUAUACUGCCAUUUAUCACUUGUUAUGCCCUGGUGGUUUACAAGCACAGGCACUUGCACGUUAAAACUAUAAAUGCAUGACAAAGCAAAUUAAAAGCCUAUUAAAAUCAAACCGGAACAGACAGACAUGUUUCUUAGUUACAGCUGACCAAAACGUAUUGGCCAAUCCAGAACUUCGCCACUUCAUUCAGCUGGCAAUGAAAAACAUGCAGUGAUAUCACUAGGCAUAUGUCUUAGCACCUGGCUUUUGAAGGUGUGCUAUCUGUGAGUGUGGAGAUUCCAUAUGGUGCUGAUAACACCUCACCUUUGUCAGUUUAAUGCUUUUUGAAACAGUUGGUAAGAUAGAGAAUGUUUGCACAUGCUUGGGGAUAUGCCAUAAAGGCCAGGAUACCUAAAGUAUUGCCUCAUUUCCGACAUAUCCAAACACUGUGCUUUACAGGAGAGGGCAUUCUGUAGAUACUAGCUUAUAAGGAGGCCUGCUCCACACAGUUUUGGAAUUGGGCCUUUAGUGUGGUGGGUAUCUUGGAAUUGCCCAAGUUACAUGUCAGACAGGCUUUUGGGGGGUCUGUGGGAGACUUGCAACAGCCCUUCUGUGUGGGGAUACCCCAAUUGGUGUCUGUAUUUGAUUUGAAAUAGUGUUUAUGGAUGUAAUGGUCUGUAACUGAUUUUAUAUAUGAAAUUGUUUUAUAUAUGUUUUUAUUGUGUGGUGAAAUUGCUUCACGAUGCUUCUUAGGAAGUGUUUCAUAUAUAAAGUAGGAAUAAUAAUAGCAGCAACCUGUGUGAGAGUUGUCCUCAUAUUAACACCUGCUGUGUGAAACAUAGUCAUGUGUAAUUGAGAAAUGCCUGUUGAGAACACUGAAGGCACCUGUGGAGACAGGCUGAGAAAGCUGGAGGGAACCAUAGGCAUACCGAAGCAGGAGCAAUGACUUAUUUUUCUGCUUAUUGCCCAGUUUUCUCCUCCAAGCCUAAAACAACCUAAUUUCUACAGUGAAUAUAAUUUGUAGUCUGGCAGUAAGCAUCUUCAGGUCUGGCCCAGUUUAAAAUAGGCAAAUUGGCUUGUGAAUCAAACUGGCUUCCUACUUCAGUUCUGCUCAGGUAUUUUAUUUUGAACCCUGGAACUUCCUAUACUGUAGUCCUGUUUGUAAAAAUUUGGAGCUACUGUUAGAUUUUGCAGCAUUCACAGAAUUGGUUCUUGUGGCAAACUGCAGUGGCACAAAUCCUUCCUGUUUAUCAAUAAGCAGUCAGCAACAAUCGGUGUUCUUGGAUGUUUGUUUCUUGCAUUUAUUUUGUUUGUUUUCUCUUCAGGAUCAAGCAGAACAGUUUUUUAGAAGUGGACAUACAAACAACUGGGCAGUUUUGGUAAGUUUCUACAUUUUUAUCCACUUCCCCAUGAUCAAUGUGCACAAAUAUUCCAAAAUAUUGCCACUUUGAUGGUGUAUGGAAAUGCUUUUUGCUUGCAUGUGGGGGUGGAGGGUGGGAUACAUGAUUAGAUCCCAUCCCAAAAUGUUAUAUCCACUAAGCAUCUGAAGGGCAUAAAUAAUUCUAAUGAAAAUAUUUUAACUAGUAUCAGUCACCAUUUGUUUAAAAAUAAAUCAUAAUGAGAAAAAAUGCAAGUAUUAGCCUAAACCAGAGUACCCAGAGACGCAUGGGAGAAUCAUGUAUUCAGUCUGUAUGUGCACAUGGGAGAAUUGCACACAUAACAGAGGUGUUUUUUUUUUAUAGAGUUCUUAUUGCAGCCUCUUGCUAUUGAAAACAGAAUUUGUUUCUCAGUUCAAAAUGAAGCUUGCUGCUGAAUCAUAAGAAGCAUCUGGUGAAAGCUUCAAAGAAACAUUUGGCUGCAUGCACAGUUCUUCUUUCUGCACUCAUAUAGUUUUGUGGGGCUGUGGCUGUAGAAUUCUACUGUUUUCUAACCAUAAAUAUAUCCACACAUGCUUACUUUUUUCUGACCCUUUUAGGUGUGCACAUCUCGAUUCUGGUUUAACUACCGCCAUGUGGCCAAUACCCUUUCAGUUUACAGAAGUGUCAAGAGACUAGGCAUUCCUGAUAGGUAAGAAAAUAUGGAGGUUGUUUGCAGCUUUAAAGUACUAAGACAAAUGUAAAAAUGGGGGGUGAGGGGAGAGAAGGGGACAGUCUGCCUUCUCAGCAGUGGUGUCCUCCCUGUGGAACGCCCUUCCAUCAAAUGUCAGGGAGAUAAAAGAAUUACACAACUUUUAGAAAACAUCUCUGAAAAUUCCAGAUAACAUUCCCCCCACCCCCAGUACCCAGAGAGGCAGGGAAGUUUUUAAUGUUUGACAUUUUAUUAUUUUUUGUAUUUUGCUGGAAGCCCAGGGCAGCUGGGGAAAUCCAGCCGGAUGGGUGGGGUAUAAACAAUAAUAUAUUUUUUAUUAGGCUCUGAUGUUGUCUGUGCCCACCUUGCUUGCUGCUAUAUGUCCACGGGUGCUAAUUAUGGUUCAUUCUAACCAGGUUUUCUAUCAUAGUUAGGUUUUGUAGAUGGUUAAGAUAACAAGUUGCAGUUGUAAGACUAAGGAGAUGUUAAGGCGGGAGGUCCAGCUUAUUCCAGUAAGGAGGAAAAACUGGAGAUCUUGAUAGCCUGCUUAUAAUUUCUUCAUAAUGAUUAAAAGAUCUUCUGCAUUAUGUUUGCACUGACCCUUAGUGACCUUCCGGGUGCUCCGAAUAUGGGCUUCCAGUUGUUAAAUUCCACUGAUCAUCAGCUGAGGUGGCUGUGACUGAAACAUGUCGGAGUCUGGAUUAAAGGAAAGGCAGUGCGACCCAAGUGUAUGGUUUAUCUCUCAUUUUGUAUUGAGUAGGCUGAUUUUCAGUCACUUCCAACCUUACAUUUCUGGCAUAGAAUUACAAUAGAUACGUAGGAAUAAGUCAUAGAUCAAGUAUGUAGUUGCUAAAUACAUGUGACUAUACUUGACUUUAAGUUUUCCAGAAAACACAUUGCCAUUUUAGUAUGCCUUGAUUAAAAAAAGAUUUUAUCUUAAUUAACACAUCAAAUGAUUAAUCAGCAAGGUCUUAAACUAAAUGGAAUGCUUGCUUCUUUUUGACAAAGACAUGUUUGCAUGUUCAAAGGGGACCAAAUAGGUACCAUGUUUUGAAGUGUGUUACUUGCUACAGCUGAAUUUCUGAGGCAUUCCUACUGAGAUCUUUGAUGGUUCAAAGGAUUUUCAAAGGCACUGUGUGAAAAGGUGUGAUCACUUGAAAAUUCCAGAUAACAUUUUUUUCCCCUAAGAAGGGAUUUUUUUUUUAACCCUACUCUCACCUUUUGGAUGAUUCUGCUGCCAUCUGAUUCUCUGCUUUCCCAAUUUUAACAGACUGUUUGUCAGUUCUUUGCUGCAUGUGUAUUUCCUUUCAUAUGCAUUAUGUUCCCUUUGUGCUGAUUCUGCUAGUACAUCUCUUCAGCCAAAAAAAUAAACAAAGGACCAUGACAGCCAUCAAUACAAUUUGCAGGUGGCUUCAUUGUGACAUGUCAGCCUGCCAGUCACUAACAUACGCAUUGUGAAAAUGACUUUCUGUGUUGUUUAGAAGGACUAGUGUAGUGUCGUGGGUAAGGAUUUGCAUUAGGCACUUGGAUCUCAGUUCAGACCUCAUACUAGCUAUGAAUUUGGACUCAGCUUUCCAGCUGCAAGUAAAAUGUUUUAAGUGUAUUUUAAGAGCAAUAUGUAAUGUGACACUAGAUGGCGAUAGUGAUCCUUACGAAAAAUUCAAUUACCGUAUUUUUCGCCCUAUAGGACGCACUUUUUCCCCUCCAAAAAUGAAGGGGAAAUGUGUGUGCAUCCUAUGGGGCGAAUGCAGGCUUUCGCUGAAGCCUGGAGAGCGAGGGGGGUUGGUGUGCACCGACCCCUCUAGCUCUCCAGGCUUCAGGAAGCUAUCUGCUAGCCUGCACCCAGAAGCUUGGGGUGCGCUGAGCUCAGCACGCCCUAAGCUUCGGGCUUCGCGCAGCGCUCCGCUAGCCGUGGGAGAGCUGCGCCAAGUCGCGCGGCUCUCCCGCGGCUAGCGGACAGCAGCCUGUUCUGGGGUCGGGGGAAGCUCGGGCUUCCCCCACCCCAGCCCCGCACCUGCGGGGGAAAUAAUUUUUUCCCCUUUAUUUCCCCCCCAAAAAACUAGGUGCGUCCUAUGGGGCGAAAAAUACGGUAUUUUUUAAAACAGUUUUAAAAAAGCAUUUUCAGAACGGUUUUUAUAUGUGUGUAAAUUCCACCUUUGUUUGGUGUUUUUUUGGUACACCCAUUUACACACCCAUAUUUCAGUAAGAACAGAACUGGGUUAGUGGUCACAGAAUGCUGACUGCCUCAUGAGAGGAAAAACUAGAAAACAGGAUGGAAUACAGUGUUGAUUGUUUAUUUCUGUUUGCAUGUCUUAUUAUUUCUAGAGUUUACAUCUUCCCUAUGUUCUAGCCUGCUGUUUUGAAAUUUCUCAGCUCUGGCUGGCUGGUCAUUGUUAGAGUCCACAGUCCAGAGAUGUUCUUCUUUAACAUCCACACAAGAUGUAGUGGACACCUGCAAAUGUCUCAGCAUUGACUUCUUAGGUGUUCUCUGCAGAGUUCACCAAACUCUGCUGGCUCCAAAAAUCAUUUUGAGAAUUUGGCGUGGGAGAUUUUUGAAGAGCAAGUCUUGUUGGAACUGCUUGUGUUGUUUUUCCUUCAAAAUGCUCCUGUGGGAAAUUACCAAACUGAUUUUUAGCCUCAGUUUUGUCCUUUUAGAGCAGGCGUCCUCAAAUUCGGCCCUCUAGAUGUUUUGGGACUACAACUCCCAUGAUCCCUAGCUAGCAGGACCAGUGGUCAGGGAUGAUGGGAAUUGUAGUCCCAAAACAUCUGGAGGGUCGAGUUUGAGGAAGCCUAUUUUAGAGUGGCCUUUUUAAAUUAUGUUAAGAAUAUUCUCUAUAUUCCUUGGUAGCAACAUGACAGGGUGCUGUUUCUUUAGGAAUGUGGCAGCUAACGUUUUGGUGGAAUAUUCUAUUCCAGAUGAAAUGCUAGUGUCCUGUUACUUCAUCCUGCUUUGUGUACAUUUAGAAUCCUGCAGUUUGAUUCCCUGCCCCCAGGACUUUUUCCUCCUCUUCACUCCCAUCCUCUUAAACCUGUAUCCACCGAAAACACAAAUCUUAUCUUGUUGUUUGCAUUACAAAAGUAUGCUACAAAAAUAGCCUUUUUUAUUACACACUUGCACUGAUGUAUAAUUAGAGACUUGGGCGUUUUCAUAAAAACAGUGAGUACUUGGUGGAAGGGGAUGGGGAAACUGUCACCUACUUUUUAUUGAAAAAAGUAUACCAAAGCUCCAAAAGGGCUUUCAUAUUCUUUUGUGUGUGUGUGCGUCCGAAAGUAAAAUAUUUUAGCAGUUCUCAAAAGUGGGAAUCAGAUUUGAGCCUCCUCUUAUAUUAUUUAUUAUUGUAUGUGUAUCCCGUCUUUCCACUUAGGUGCACAAAGUGGUGUUCAUGGCUCACCCCUCCCCCAUAUUAUUCUCACAACAAUCCUGUGAGGUAGGUUAGGCUGAGUGUUAGUGUCUGGCUUGGAUCACGCAGUGAGCUUCAUGGUCUAUUGGUGUUUUGAAACCUGGUCUCCCAGGUCAUAGUCCAGCACUAGGACUAGGCAUGCCUUACAGAAGAAGGUGAGCCCCACUGAACUUGCAGGCUAAUAAUAAUGUUUAGGAUUGGAUUGCAAGAGAAAAGAAAAAGGCAGAUGUUGUUAUUUUGGAGGACCCUCUAAAUUCAAAAGGAACACUCACUAUAAUAAGUUGUUUCAGGCCUGGCAGCAUGAAUUAGCUCUGUUGACUUCUUCAGAAAAUCACUUUCACCUUGCCUUUCCUCAGCUUCACUUGCGUCUCCUUAGGCUUAGGGAGACGCUCCAGUUCAGAAUACAGUUUUCAGUGUGAAUCGGGAUAUCAUGUUGUGCUGUUAUCUUCAGUAGUGUGAUUCUAGAGAAACUUGCAAUGCGAUGGUCCCAAAUUAUGUGAGCCGUAUUUUAACUGUGUGUGUGUGUUUUAAUGCAUUGUCAUUUUUUCCUGAUGUUAUGGUUUUAUCCUUUUGUAAACAGCUUUGAGCCUUUUUUAUUUUAUUUUACAAUCAAGUGGUAUACAAAUUUAGUGAAAUAAAAUCAUGUUACAAAUACUAUUUUUAUUUGUUCAGUGUAUGUAAUGGACCGCCUCCUGAAGGAGCCCAGGGCUACAAAUACAUCACUAAUCAUAACAUUUUAAUAAGACAUUUGAUUACAGGGUUGCAAGGAACAGUAUCUUUUAGUUAUCAGAUGCCUGGGUGAAGAGGAAAGUCUGUGAAAUACUCCUGAAAAUCAGCACUGAGGGAGAUAGAUUGCACCUCGCCGGGUGGGCAUCCCACAAAAGGGAUGCCAGGCAGGUUCCCUUGUUAGCCAGCGCUCUGCCCUAAACCAUUGUUAGCCAACAUUGUGCCUUCCAGAUGUUUUUGACUCCCAACUCUCAUCACCCUGAGCUGGCACGCCUGCGAUUAAAAACAAUGGGAGUGAAAGUGCAACAGCAUCUGAAGAGCACCAUGUUGGCUAACCCUGGGCUAUAAUACACCCCCUAUGGAAUAUCCUAUUUCAAGUUUGCAUUCAUCCGUCUUCAAGGAAGUUUGUGAAGACACCCUGCUUCAAAAACAGCCUUUCCCUCAGGUGCAGUUUGUUUCCUCUUUCAGCAGUUAGCUGCCAAUUUUUAAGUCGCCUUUUAAUUUUCUGUCUUUUAGUCGAAAAGAUGGGUGGAAAAACAUGUAAAAUAAAAAAGAAGAAUCAUCCUUUGGCUUUGAGUAAAACGCCAACUUAACAUUUUCAGUAAGGCUGAAAUAAUUAAUUGGAUUAGCUAGUAAAUCCACCACUGCCAGAUUGAAUAAUGUGGGUAUUAGUUGGAACUCCCUCCCCAGGAAGGAUUAUUUGUUAAUGAUGUCCAAACCGGAAUGUCACAGGAGUGUUUCUGUUGUGAAGGUUAUCAGAUGGUGGCGCAAGAAGUGUUAGGUGACCUGGUGAUCUGGCCCUAGCCAAAAACAUUCUCGUAAUGGCUUGUGUAUUCUUUCAGCCUGGUUGUUUGCAAGUACAGCUGAAGUGGGAUGAGGAAAACACUAAUUGUGGAUUAAUUAAUCCAGAAAACAAUGACAUAAUUGUGUGCAUAAAGCAUAAGAUGAUUUUCUGAACAAUAAGUUCUAUAACUGUUGGCUCAUUAGCACAUUACAGUGUCUGAAAUCGUCCUCUGUGUUGAAAUAGUGUAGUAAUCAUUUUAAUAGGUUAAUUACUUAAAAGAACAAUCAUUAAUUUUUUUUCCUUUUAAAUGUAAUUGGAUGAGAUCCUUAAUUAUGAAACAUUAUUUAGGUCCAGUCCAAUUCCCAGAUUGCAGAUAUUGGCAGCCCAAUACUGGCUCUAAGCAGUGACAUACACGUGGGUGUUUCAAAAGGCUGGAUUCUCUUCUUAAACUAGGAUUCUUCUUGUGUGUGCGAACACUUCUGGUGCACCCCAUGUGGUAAGAUUUUUGAGUUUUGGUGUGCCCUGAAGACGCUGCCUUGCACUUUAGAACUCUGCGUCAAUCAGAGAUUGAAAUGACUGCGCCAUCUGGAAAAUGAACAUGAAAAUUUGGUCAAAGUAGCAAUAACAUUCAAAAUCAGUAUGAUAAAAGCGUAUUGUUGGCCAACAUUUAGAGGUGUUAAUUAAUUUUUUGGUCUUGCUUGCAAAGGCAACUUCCAGACAUUGACCUCCGUCCAACCUGGCAUCUGCAUGUAGUGAUAAGCUUCAUAGUUGGCUUGCUCAAAUUAUGUGGUUAUAAACAAUAUAGGAUCUUUUUGCGGGGAGCCUAAUUAUGCCCCUUUCUAUUUGUAUCUGCAUACUUUAUCUCAUUAGCAUAGAUUCCAUGCUAUUUAUGUGGAGCUAUAAUGAGAGUUGAAAGUUCCUGGCCUCUCCAUUUUUUAAUUUCUUUUUUAAAAAAAGGAAAUGUAUGGAAACUGAGCAUAUUGGAGGCUUAUCUAUGAGUUAUUAUUUUGAAACAUGAAAGCGUUAUCACAUUUAUCAUUUUCCUGCUCUGAGAACAGUUUACUGUGCUUAAGUGGUUAUGUUUUUGGAGAGGAAAUAAUGUAGAAUUUCAAUAUAUCUUUCUGUGGAAAGUUAUUAGGGAGUUAAUAACUGUGACUGUUGAUUAUCUGUGAACUUUUGAGAUCAGAAAGGAAAGGCUCUAUUAGAAUAUGUAAAGUGAAGCAGAUGCAUAUAUUUCAUUCAUUCAUAUAUAUAGAAAUAGAAAUAUAUAAAUUUUAGUCAUAAUUUAAUCCUACAAAUACAGUGAGCAAAAAGUAACUUGGAUCCAACGCUGUCUGUUUUGAGAAGAGAGUUGCUUUCCUUUCUGUUUAUUUUUCUUGAUUUCUCCCCUCCCACUGCUGUAACUUCGUAUGUAUGUAUGUAUUUUCUAAACCGCCCUAUACCCGAAGGUCUCCCCCAUUCAACUUCCCGUGUGUUUGUGUGUGUGUGUCCUAGCCACAAUGGGUACCUUUUUAGUGGUGCUGUAGUGGAGAGGAGAGGCUGGCAAACCAAUGCUUAAUGAGCAGAGUUCUGUCCACAUGUAUUAAGGUUCAAGCUUAUGUCUAGAAUAUGUCUCAUGUCUAGAAUCUUAUCACCAACCACAGUGCAUAUUCAGAAAGCAAUAGGUCCGAAGCUAGUUCUUGAUGACAGCAAUGCUUGCUAAGUAAACAACACAUUGUCAUGGUCUAGUGGCUGUAUUCAGGCCCAUAUAUCAUUGCAAAAAGAAAAAGGUAUUUAUCGUACAUUUGUGAGGUAGGUUGCGAGGUCUAGCAGAGGAAACCCUUCCUACUUCCCUGACUGUUCCACAUCCAAAGUAGUGACUGAGCAAAGCUUUUCCUUCAUGCCAGCCAAUAAACACAAAGUAAAAUAAAACACUGCCCUAAGUAUGGACAACUUUAUGAUCUUGCCCCGUCCUCUUUGUUUUAGAUGGCCUUUUGCUUCCUUUUUUCAAUCUGACAGAUAGCCUGACUGAGGAGCCAUUAACAAGGCAGAAGAAACUAGAACACAACACAAGAGUACAAGCCAACAGAUACAGUGCCUGAAAUUAAUGGCAGAUUCCAAAGCAGAUAAAAGAUCACAUUUGUUUAUUUUAUUUGUUCAAAGUUCUUUUUAAAAAUAUCUUGCUCUUUAGCAAGAAAGAAACACAGACCGUUAAAAAACAAAAGCAGUCCUUGCCCCUUGGGCUUUACAAUCUAAAAAGACAGGACAAAAAUGGAAAUGGCUUGGGAGGGAGGAGGAACUAAGCAAACUCAAGUCAAGUUGUUUGCAGGUUUUUCUGAUGACCAGUGCAAGUGGAAAAGUUCAAGGAGAGGAGGCACAAAAAGUUGCUGGUUUCACGCUGUGAUGAAGGAGUGGUCCUGAAUCCCUCCUCCUCCCUCCUCCAGUACAACCUGAUGUAAUGGCUGCUGCCAGGUUGCAGUUGAUGGGAGUAGAACCUGACCAAAGAUGUCUCUUUGUGUGCGUGUGGCAGUGUUAAGUCCACAAAUCACUUACUUGUCAUCAGGAACCAAAGAUAAAUUCAACCUGUAUUUACUUUUUUGUAAACAGGACAUCAAGUAUGUGUGAUAAGCAAUAGCAAUACUGUUCUUUAACAAUAUAAUUUAUUAGGAUUGUUGAAAGUGUUUAUUAUUAUUAUUACUUAAGAGAAAAGACUUUCCACCUGAAGAAAUGCAUGGUUUUUUAGAGCUUCAAAAGAAAACCUGUCUUGUCAUUUAGCCAUAAAAGCAGUUAGGAAAAUGAUUUUUAGUUACAAACAAGCUUUUUGCUUGUUGACACACCGCAUUGUGCUCCCACUUUCCAGAGUAUGUAUUCCUCCCCUUCUGUUAUGCAACACAGCAGAAUAAAAUUAGAUUGCAUCUAAUCAUUGGGAAUAUAUUCAGUGCAAUGAUAAUGACUGUUCUUUAGUAGAUAAUAGGAUAGUACAACGUUGGACACGUCUUUCAGCAUAAUAAAUUCCACGUUAUCAGGCUUAAAUUAUUUCCCUAAUUGCAAAGUCCCCAGUAUGUUUAGCAAUGUCAUACUUAAGGAACAAUCCCACCCAAAUUUAUGAACAUCUGCAAGUCCCCUUUUCUGAGUGUUAUGCAAAAGCAUUCAAGUGGGAUCAAGUUGCAUGGAGUUGUGAUGUGCAUAUGUCAAUCAUUCUUAAUGAUCACUUAGUCCGGGGCGGGGGGCAGUCUCCAAGGUUGGCCAUUUGCCAGAUAGCUUCAGACAAUGCUUUUUGGGAGUGAAGGUAUGUUUCCCAAGCCAAAACAGAAGUUGCCAAGUUGGUGACAUUUACUCGUGUUCCAUGGCUGGGCCUGGGAUAGAGUAAAUUGAAAGAAAAAAUGAAAAAUGUUAGACAGGGAAAAAUGCUGGGUAGGUAAAAAGUCUGCACAAAUUGCGGAUUCCCCUUCAGCAGUGGGUGAGGCCAGAUGUGUGUGUGUGUGUGUGUGUGUGUGUGUAGCAGUGGGAGAGUAGCCUGCAUUGUCACUUGCAGUCAGCAAAUUUGGAUAUUGAUAGAUCAACCUGUUGUCUUCUGGCCAAAUAAUGACCGAGGCAAACAGGUUUGGGACUAGCUCACAUUCUGCUUGUCAGCUCAUACUCCCUCUCAGUACCAUGUAUGCAGUGGUCCCUGGUCCCCAUUAGGACUGGUAGGUUAGAAGGCAACGUGACCUGCGGUAGGUGGACCAGAGACAGUGGCAGGUGUGAAACAAUUAGUUCUAGUUGUGUCCCAAUCCUCCUGUGGAGGCAGAAUAUCUGAGGGGAGACUAGAGUUAGGUAGGGCAGUGCCCCAUUUGCCCUAAAGGAGCAGCCUUCACUGCAUCUAUGAUAGUUACAUCUUUUGAGUAAUAACCAACAUUCCCAGCUCUACCCAGUGAAGGCAGGGGGGGGAAUCAUCCUGGGACCUUUGGCACAUAAAGCAGAUGCUCUACUUUCUUAAAUUAUCCAAGACCCUUAAACUGCUUUUGGUUAGAAGGAAGGGAAUGGGGACGAUGAUUUGCAGCAUUAUUAUUAAACUAAAAAUGGUUUUAAAAUAAAACAAUUUUCAACAUAACUACCUAAUGCAUGGGGACGCAGGUGGCGCUGUGGUCUAAGCCACAGAGCCUUGGGCUUGCCGAUCAGAAGGUUGGCAGUUCGAAUCCCUGCGACGGUGUGAGCUCCCGUUGCUUGGUCCCUUCUCCUACCAACUUAGCAGUUCGAAAGCACGCCAAAGUGCAAGUAGAUAAAUUAGUACCGCUCCGGCGGGAAGGUAAAUGGCAUUUCCGUGAGCUGCUCUGGUUCACCAGAAGCUGCUUAGUCAUGCUGGCUACAUGGCCCGGAAGCUGUCUGCGGACAAAUGCUAGCUCCCUCGGCCAGUAAAGCGAGAUGAGUGCCGCAACCCCAGAGUCAUCCGCAACUUGACUUAACUGUCAGGCGUCCAUUUACCUUUACCUUACCUAAUUCAUACCAUAAUAGAAUUAUAAUUAAAUCACAUUUAUGAUUUCACAUAUGUCAUGGGCGAAUAGCAGUUUUCUGAAUUUUUGUAAGUGAAAGAUGUCACAAAAGGAAAGGAUUGCACAUCAUAGCUGUUGCCUGAUAGAAGCAGGGGAAUAGAGGACAAUUAUGUACAAUGAUUUGUAUUUAAGUCAAGUUGAACUGAAACAAACAGGAGGCAGUGUCUGACUAUAUCAGAAUAUUGGGCAGAAUUCACCUAACCGGCCUCCCAUCAGUGGAAGGCCUUGCUCACGGACUGAGCUUUUCUCACUCUUCUCUCCCUGCUCUCCGAAAUUGGCUCCUCAGUUCCAUGUGUGGGUGGAGGAUAGGGGAUCGUUCUGUCUGGCAAGCUGGAAGGCUUGUGCAGAGAAAAUGAUGGGAAGAAUGCAAUGCUGAAUUCCACCCGCUGAAAUCAACGGACUUGAGUUAGUUGUGACUAAAUGUACAAUUGUGGCCAGCAGGUACAUGUGCUUUGGUUUCCUUGUUCAUUCCUGAAGCUAUCUGAGAAAUGUAAAUCUGGGUAGCCUGUUCAUUUAAAAGGAGGAGCUGGGGAUUGAAUCCAGAGUCUUAAGCAUGCAGAGCCAAUGCUCCAUUGCUGUUUUGUUUCCUGCCUGUGUUGGUACUGCGCUAAUGAUACUGCAGUGACUAAGCAAGACAAGACCAAUAGGCAGAACAAACACAACUGAUUUAUCUGCACAGAUUCAUUUUCAGGGUGACCCAGCACCUGUUUGCUUUUGAAACAAUUUCUAAAUCGCCUUUAGUUUUUGUGGAUUGAAAUGGAACUGAGCACCUUGUCCUUCGUUGUCAAAAUAACAUUACCCUUAUUAACUUCUUAAUGUUGUUUUUGGUUCUCUAUGUGUGUCUGCUUAGUCACAAAAUAGUCUUGCAUAUAAAGCAGGAUUUAAAAACCGAUAAGUUGACUUUCAAAGCAGGCAGUUUGCACUUUGAAUUUUUAACAGCUAGAGUGCAUUUGAUGGGUGUUUCAAUUAUUGACAGCGUUUUUUUGUUGCAACCACCUUGUUCAGUUUGACAACAUGUAUGACUUGGCCAUAACUAAAAUUCUUUUAUUUUUCCACCAGCCAUAUAGUCUUGAUGCUGGCAGAUGAUAUGGCAUGCAACCCACGAAAUCCAAGCCCAGCUACUGUUUUUAGUCACAAAAACAUGGAACUGAAUGUCUAUGGAGAUGACGUGGAAGUGGAUUACCGAAGCUAUGAGGUAAAGUAUGGAGAAAAUCCUGAACUGAGUGUUUGCCAACUUGGUGAACUGGGACACACUAAUAGGUUGAGGAGGACAUGUGUGUAUUGAUAGUCUGCCUGCUCAAAGGGUGGGAGGUCCGUUUGUGUCAAGAAACUAGAGGGAAUUAUUUCUAGAGCCACUAGGUAUGUGUUGAAAUAAAGUUCUACCAUUUGGUCCCCCAAAAUCUUGAACCACUGCUUCAGGAACUGUAUCAACAGUAUCACCAAUAUGUGAUACUGGGAAGUAACGGUUCUGUUAUUUUGCAUGGCAGCAUUGCUUUGUUGAAAAUAUGUAGAACUUUAUUAAUGAUUGGGGUUUUUUAGUGCUUAGAACAAGUAGCAUUUGAUAAGUAUUAUUUUACACUGACAUCUGAACUGUGUCUAUUAAACUUUGCUAACAUUUCCUAACAUAACGGAGGUAAUAGAGCUUGAGAAUGAGUCUGAAGCAUGGGUUUCCCAAGGCCAUAUUAUACCAAUUUUGAAAACAAGUCUUCCAAGAUUCCUAACCCACAUAUACCAGUGCUAGUUGUUUUGCCAUUUUAAUGGCUUGAAAAGAGAGAUGGUGGGGGAGUCUGCUUUCUGGCUGUUUACAAAUGCUUGUCACUUGGAAUUGAUUGUCUUCAUCUUAGCUGACCAGGCAGGUGUAAAUUUCAUAAUCCUGUAAUUGUAUUUGGAAUAAUAAAAAAGCCUAAAGGCUUUAAAAUAUAUUUUGUGUGUUUUAGAAUUGGAGGCCUAGAUUAUAAUUAUUUUCCUAGCUCAAGGAAUUCCUCACCAGUGUGAAGUCUUAAUGCUGCCUUGGUUCGAGGCAGGGGGAAGAGAGCUUAGGGAGGAAAUAACUCCAAAGUGAAUUGGAUUUUCUUGCUGAGAAUGUGUAUAUUCUUGAGCUGCAGAGCCAUUCUUCAACAUAAUGAGCAAGUUGGAGAUUAUUCAAACUCUCAUACAAAAUGAGAGGGUUAUUUAGUAAUGAGAGUACUUUAGGCACUCCAUGAGCUCUGAUAACAAAAUGUUUGAGCACACCAAAUCACUCUGGACAAUUGAAAAGUUAAUCAGUGGGGCGGGUAUGUCUUUGGUGUUUUCAAGUUCCUCAAGGAAAUGAGAUGUUGGGCUUCCCAUUGUUUAUAAUUGGGCACAGGUAUAAAGUUUUGACCCCAGGCGUAUCUCUUAGAGGAAUUGAGUACAUGGCAGCUGCAAUAAUUUGCAGGCUUCCAAGCAAGCAGCAGAGCAAGCAUCCUAUUGUUGCCUGGAUUAAACAAUAAUAUUUCUGUCGGGGGAGGGGGGAAAGAAGAUUUCGUGUCUGCCAAUCUGACUUCUCAGAAGAGAAUAUGUUAUCUCUCACUGUGUUCAGAUUUUGGGUUUAAACAGCUGUCAUGAGCCUGAUUCAUGUGAGCACUUUCUGAGCCUUCUGAAUCUGUAUGCAAACAUAGCAGAUUAGUGUUCUUUUUGUAAGUUUCUCUGCCCCCCCUCCCCCCAAAUUGCUGGCCAGAUGGACAAUCUCUGAUCAAACGUUUCUACCACAAGAAUCUUAUUUUCUUUCAGCCUCUGAGGGAUUGUAAGUCUCAAAAUAUAUUUAUUAACAUUUUGCCAUGGUAACGCAUAGUAAUGUUGCUUGGUAAGCAGAUACACAAGUUGUUCCACAUAGAUAAAGCCACACAGUGUGACAGGUGUUUAAAUCAAUGAAGGCACAUUAGGAAGACUGAAAUGGUGGUAGCCAUGUGCUAGAUAUCAUGUGUUUCAGCUGUAAACUUUAUUAUUCUUCAGUGAUAAAAAGUUUUGAAUUUUAUGAAGAAGAAAUUGCACGAUGGGGGAUUGUGAGGUCUGGUAUUGCAGUCAAAUCUACUGGUCUAUUAAUGAACCGUCCUAAACAUUAGUGGUUGUUUUAUAUGACAACACGUCUUGCCGGGCGGGGGGGGGGGGGGAUAUGCAUUAAAAUGCAGGGUGUAAGAUAGUUAGAAAGGAUGUUAAUCUUCUGUGUUUAGGUUACUGUGGAAAAUUUUCUGCGAGUAUUAACGGGCAGAAUCCCAGCCAGUGCACCUCGCUCAAAGCGUCUGCUUUCUGACGACAGAAGCAAUAUCCUUAUAUAUAUGACAGGUAAUUGUAUUUCCUUCAACAUUUUGCAUUGUGAUCUUUGCACUGCACAUAUUUAGAGCAAUGCCUGUCAGAGAGGUCUGUUCCUUUCAGAGCAGAAUACUUCACCUUGCUGAAUGGCUUUUCUUGCAGUAGGUUUGCUAGAGUUAUGAAAGCGAAUGGUUAUAUCAAACUAAUUGCAAAAUAAAUCAAUUCAAGUCAUAUGCUGAACAUACCAAAAAAAGUCUAUUUAGGGGGACAUUACCAGAAUGAUGAUUUUAAUGGUCUUCCUGUUAAGUACAGAGGACCACAUUUAGCUUGUAUCCAUGAGUCAGAAAGAAAGCCAUUGUGUAAUUUGUGUAACUGCAGUGCAUGUGAUGUAUACCAGGGCCCAUAGCUGGGGUGAUACACUAGUGACUUUUUGAAAUUGAUAAGUUUAGCUGUGAAGAGACAUUGAGUGAAUUCCUCAGAUAUUGAACUGGUUGAAAAACAAAAUUAGAGCUCUCCUGAACUUCUUCCUUCAACACUGAAUUUCUUCCUUGCAACUACUAAGCACCCUUUUCACCUUCCAUCCAAUUAUACAGUCACCAUGCCCUCCUAUUCUGUAGCCCAACUUUGUAUCCUGAUUUUCAUCUCUACUUCCUUCCCCUCUCCUCCUCCUCCACUUUCUCAACUGUCCCUUGCAUUCAGACUACCCCACAUGUCCAUGUCUCUUCCUCCGCUCCUGUUGCGCACCCUGGUCUUAUGCAAAUCUAUGUGGCACUGCAUAUCCUCCUGUGGUGACUGCAUGACAACACUGUUACAUUUUUACUAUAUGUAAGAAGAUAUGUAGUCUCCCCAUAUUCAAGAACUAGAGAUCUUUCUAGUAUUGAGGAGUUUGUUAUGCUACACCUUCACUGGUUUGACUGGGGAAGAGGAACUCGCAGUUCAAAAGAAAAUUUGUGUGUCUCAUGAAAGAAAAAUAGUGGUCUAUACAAAAGGGAAUGGUUUAUACAGAUAUGAUACUGUUAAAGCCUGCUCAGUCUCAGCUUGCUGAGGCUGAACUCUGGUGUUUCUUGAAUUGUUUCUUUCUUCUCUGCCUUUUAUCUCCAUAAUGAAUUCUUCAUGAUGAAUGACUAAGAAAGCGUAUUUACGUGAUGUUGCUUUAGCUUUUAGAGCAUGUCAGUUUAAUUUAUGCUUUUUCCUCCCAAGGUCAUGGUGGGAAUGGUUUCUUGAAAUUUCAGGAUUCUGAAGAAAUCACAAAUGUAGAGCUUGCAGAUGCCUUUGAACAAAUGUGGCAGAAAAGGAGGUAAACUUUUGCUGUCUCAUUUCUGAAUAAAUGAUACACAUUCAUUUUUACUAUCUCCUCCAGUUUUCCUAGAGGGAAUUGCCUAACAGUCUGUUUACAACCUUAUGAAAAUGAAUAGAGGCCUACUAAUUUUUAAUGAAUCCAGUCAUUAUUCCCUUUAAGUUUCUUCUAUUUGAUCUUAUUGGAUCAGGAAUGAACUCAUGGGUCUGUGAACACGUUACAAUGGAACUUCUCUUAAGCAGAAACUAGCAGUGCCGUGUGUGUGUGUGUAUGUAUGUAUAUAUAGAUGUAUAUAUAUACACCCACACCCACACACAUAUAUAUACAUGGCACUGCUAGUAUACAAAUACAUUAUAUAUAUAUAUAUUAUACACACACACGCUAAAAACCCUCCCAUUUUGCUAGUUUUUUCAUGAACAGUGGAAUCCUAUACAUGUCUGUAUAGAACUAAGCGGUGCUAUUUUUCUAGAAAAAGAGGUGCCAGAAUUCACCAUGACCACCUCCCUCUUUCUCUUAGAAAUCACAAUGGCACCCAUCUGAGAGGUCCUGGAACUGAGUUGCAUCAAGUUCCUACUGAAAAAAAGCCCUGGAACUAAGUCUGGGAUAGGAUUGAAAUCUUCAAUGGCUCCUAAUCAAAAGUGUUAAUGACCUUUAGGAGCCAUAGGAAAAAUGGCCCAUGAUUUAUUUUAAAAAAUGGUAGACACAAAAUAUGUUCGUUUUCUUCCAGGUACAAUGAGUUGCUGUUUAUCAUUGAUACGUGCCAAGGUGCAUCCAUGUAUGAACGAUUUUAUUCUCCCAAUAUAAUGGCUUUGGCUAGUAGCCAGGUUGGAGAAGACUCACUUUCAGUAAGUGUAUAGCUUUAAUUGUAUUAGUUAAUAAUAUAUGGAUGCUGGAGGUUUGGAAUUCUGUAAUGAAAAUCUCUGCCCUUUACCAGAUUUGGUGCUUUAAACAAAUGCUACUGUAUAAACAAGUAUGCAUGAAUGUAUUCACUAGAAGAUACUGUUCCUCUGGCACAUGUUUUGCAUCUAAUUUGGGUUUUUUUUAGAUACAGAGAGCAAUACUGUAGAGAAAUGAAGGCUAGCAUGUGGAAUAAUAAAUGAGUUUAAACAGAAAGUAGGACUAUGACAUGGUUGGUGGACAAAAUGGUGGGAGUAAGGGGGGGCAUUUAUUUGAUCAGUGACAACAUUUCCAAGAUACUUUUCUUGUUGGGGCCUUCAACUUCCAUCAGCGUGACCAAUGGACAACGAUGAUGGGAGUUGUAAUUCAAAACAUCUAGAGGGCAACAGGUUGGAGAAACUGUUCUAAGCAAUUGGGCAGCACAUCAUGGUAGAAGAAGCAAUUAAAAAAAAAAAGGAUUCUCAUGAUGGCUUUUUAAUGAUUAGUCAUUGUAUUUUGGAUAAUUAGACUGUCCACAGAAGGUAACUUAUAAGCACGCAGUCGAUGUGGGGCUUUUCACCUCAGUCCUUAGUGCUGAACACGAUUGUCACUGAAUGUGCUUCAUAAAAAUUUCUGUGCUUUGAUUUUUCAGCAUCAACCAGAUCUUGGGAUUGGAGUUCAUUUGAUGGACAGGUACACAUUUUAUGUCUUGGAGUUCUUGGAAGAAAUCCAUCCAGCUAGCCAGACCAAUAUGAAUGACCUUGUAAGUACUAGUUAACUGGCUUUAUCAAUGGUUUCUACCACAACUUUUGCAAGGCUGCUGCAUUUAAUUAAUAUAACCGUUUUUUUAACAACCACCUGUUUCCCAGCCUGGAUGAGAUUAUUCAUAUUUUUUUCAGUUGUGAGAUUGAGAAUCAGACUUGCCCAAGCUUACCUGAUUUAGCUUUCAAUCUAACAUUUUAUACACUGCACAAUUAAAGAAACUAAUUCCAUUAGGCCAUUGAAUCUUGGCAAUAAAGCUAUGUUUUGAUUUAGUGCCAUUAAACACUGAAGUUUUGCAAGCCAUUGGUCCACUACAUGCAAUGCUGCCUUUCAGUUUAAUUAUUGUAAAAAUGAGUGACUUGAGCUAAGCUUCAGAGCUGAUGUUUCAGUUCCUGGACUCAGUGGAAAUUCUUAUUAACCCUAUCUGCAGUUAUGUUUGCUGCCAAUAAAUCAUCAUCAAUCUUUAUUACUGUCCAGAGACCCAACAAAUCGUUCCAAAGCAAUACACAAUUCAUACAGCCUACCUCCAGGUUAAACAAGCAUUUUGUUCAGAAUAUAGGGAUCAUUGGUUCUUGCAACCACCGAUAAAAACUUUGCCACUGCUAAUGUUCUAGCGUUUGUCUGGUCUUCCAAUAAGAACCUGACAUAGUGAGCCUCUGAUUUUCCCGGGAAAGGUAGCAGCAAGUGUAAUAUCAGUUCAGCCCUGGCUUGCUCAUAUUUUGCACAGUGCAACAAAAUAUGUUUUAUGGAAUCGAUGUCUUGAGCACACGAGCAAAGUCUGUCCUGGUAGGGAACUCCUCUCAACCAGCCAUCCAACACUGCAGAAGGAAAGACGUUUAGUCUGCUGCCAAUAAAAGCUAAUCACAGCUUGGAAUAGGGGCCACAGAUCAAUUUGGGGGGUGGCACAUGCUUUUCAUGUAGAGGAUCCCUGCUUUAAUCCCUGUCAUCUCCAGUAGCAUCAGAUAGAAGGUGGUAAGAAAGACCUCUGCUGGAGAGCUGCUUCCUGGCAGUAUAGACAGUAUUAGAAAGGUUGGACAAAAAGCCUUCAGGGAGCUUCAUAAGUAGAACAGAAUUAAAAGUGCAGUCCCAAGCAUGUUUACUCAGAAACAAGUCCUCCUGAGCUCAGUAGGACUUGCUCUGUAAUUAGUAUAAAUUAGUAUAAAUAGUGAUAUCCAAUCUACGUCCUACCUGGAAGAGACCCAUUGAAAUCAGUUUACUUAAGUUAAUCAGGAUUUCAGUGGGUCUUCACUCAGUACAGCUUAUUCAGAUACAGUACUACCCUAAGGCUAUACCAGCUACUGAUACUUAUUUAAAAAAAUCAAGAAUAAAAAAUCUGCUUGGCAGUCACAUCAUAGCCGAUUAGUAGAGACCAUUCUUAACGUCUGAUUUAUGGAGCCCAAGUGCAAUGACACAUUAGUGCCUUCUGCAUGUGUUCGGAGACACUGAUGAGACAAGUUGACCUGCAUAUGCUGAAAAACUUCAAUUGAUGCUGUUGGGAUGGGCAGUCAAGUCUCGGUCCUGGCGCUGUUUUUUCUAACAUGAUCCAAACGCAUGAAACAAGGCUAAAAAAAUAGGCACUGAAAUGAGAUGCUGUGUUUCCCUUGUUUGUAGUCAGCUAUGUCCUACUCAGAGUAGACCCACUAAAAAUUAACGAACCUAACUUAGUCCUGUCUAUUAAUUUAAAUGGGUCUCUUCUGACUAGGACUAGCAUGGAAUACCUCUCCUUGUCAUAAAAGUAACCUGACUGCAUAAUUGUAAUCAGAUUAUAUGGUACAGCAAUGGAAGGCAGCAAAAUGUGCAUCCCAGUGGAUUUGGUAUAACACGCCCCAAAUACUUUUGCAUGUCUAUAAUGUAGCUUUUCUUGAGUGAGAGAUUUUGAGGUCCAUGUGAUGCAUUUAUAUCCUGUCUUACAGAUUCUAGAGAUGGGUUUUAGUUUACAUUAAGGGUUACUGGCAUGCUCUUUUAAAAGAUAUGAAUUGUGGAGUGGAUAUAUAAUAUUUGAUGAUUUUGAGAAUAGAAUGCACAGCUGUUUGAAAGAACUUACCAGCAUUUUGACUAUGGAGAUUGGUGCAGUCUUAUUGUUCAAUAAGAUGGCAUUAAUUUUGCAAUAACCAGCCCACGCUGACAGGUUGGGUAGUGACACAGAACAGAGGCAGUGACUAAUACUCAGCCUUCUUACUACAGAGAGGACAAAGCUUUUUAUUUUUAAAUUACAGCCAAAAGCUAUCUUAACAAGGCACAAGUAUGGGAUAAAGAAUCUUGAGUACAAGCCAAGUAGCACAAUACUAAGUUGAUCUUGCAAUUUUGAUCAGAUUGGCUGCUAUACUUUGUCCGUAGUCUGUGGAAUUCAUAGUCUGUGGAAUUCAGCAGCAGUGAGCAAGUAUAAUUAUAAUUAUUAUUUAUACCCCACCCUUCCCGGCCAAAACCGGGCUCAGGGCAGCUAACAUCAAAUUUAAAACACAUUAACAUAAAAUCAGGCAAUCAAUUAAAAUACAUCCUAAAAGCAGAUCAGGAUCAGAAUAAAAUCCAAUCAGAUGGCAACCCGCAGAUUAGUUUGUGCUGAACUUAUAUGAGCCUGUGAGAAAAAUUGGGAGGCCACUUUCAUGCAAGUUCUUAUAAAAGGGGAGAGGGAGUCAGACUGAACCCCAACCAAAGGCCUGGCGGAACAGCUCCAUCUUGCAGGCCCUGCAGAAAGAUGUCAAAUCCUGCAGGGCCCUGGUCUCUUGUGACAGAGUGUUCCACCAGGCCGGGGCUGGGGCCAGUCUAAUCUCCUGGAGGCUCUGGACCUCCAAGAUGUUAUUAUUUGCGGGCCAUAAGGUCCUCCGUGGGGCAUACCAGGAGAGGCAGUCCCGUAGGUAUGAGGGUACUAGGCUUAUAGGGCUUUAAAGGUUAAAACCAGCACCUUAAACCUGAUCCUGUACUCCACCGGGAGCCAAUGCAGCUGGUAUAGCACUGGAUGAAUGUGAUCCCACGGCGAGGACCCCAUAAGGAGUCUCACCGUGGCAUUCUGCACCUGCUGGAGUUUCUGGGUCAGCUUCAAGGGCAGCCCCAUGUAGAGUGAAUUACAAUAAUCAAGCCUGUAAGCUGUAUGUAAGCUGCCAUCUGGAAGGCAGUAUGAAAACGAUAUACUAGUUAGAAAUUUCAGUCUGUAACUUGCUGAUGGUGGGACAGAUUUCCAAGCCGUUUUCUUUCAUGGCUUUAAGUUCUACGUUAAUUUUUAUUUAGGGGAAACUAAGGCUGCAUUGUCAUGUGCCUCUGGGGUUAGGCUUCACUGAACACAGUAGAACUUCUUUCUAACAACACAUGCAUAGGGGUUGGUAAACUCUUUGUAAAAGAUGGUUUGGCUCCUGCGAUCUUGUCCUUUGUGCACACAUUCUCUUCUUCCCUUACAAGCCGUCGUAUACUUUCUCGGUACCUAGUAGGGGCAAACCUUUGUUUGCUGUUGCAUCAAACCUUGGUUUAAAGGUAAAAUUAUUGCUUACCCACUUUGCACAUAACAGCAAAUUAAAGCUUUGACAUGCAUCAAGCUGAGGAGUGGAGUUGAGUCAAGCGGAGGACAUGAAAUGGAAGGUUGGGAAAUGUGUGGGUAAAUUUGGAGCUUUGUUUUGAUCCGUUAACAUGGCAGCUACCUACCUACUAAGGUAGCUUAGUUACUUUAAGUGUCUUGAAGUCACUAAGAAGUGGCACAGAAGUAAUUUUAAUCUGGGUCAGGGAUGGCUAACCUAUGGCAGUCCAGAUGUUGACUCCAAGUCCCAAGCCAGCAUGGCCAUUUUUCUUAUCAGUUGGGGGUGGGAGAGUAGGAGCUGAACAACAUGGUGAAGGCUGAAGGUUAGCCACCUCUGAUUUAGGUUAAUCUGGGAAAUGUGUGCUUGGCUUUGGCAUUAAAAGCAGAACAAUAGUCCAUCAAUAAAGCAGAAUGAAAACCUGGAUGUUGCCGGUGGGCUGCAUUAAGCUUGGUAAGUUGCAAAGUCUGCAGGCUUGCCGUUGACCAUAUUUACUGACCAUUACAUUCAAUAGAAAUGAUCACAGUGUCAACAAUUGUUUUCUCUUUGACUCUCCCUCACUUACGUGUAGUAUUGGGGCAAGCAUCUGUUUUGACCAAUGCACAUUUGCCUCCUUUAUAUAGUUUCAGGUGUGCCCUAAAAGUUUGUGUGUGUCUACACCUGGACAUCGGACAGAUCUGUUUCAGAGAGAUCCUGAAAAUGUUCUGAUAACUGAUUUCUUUGGAAGCGUACGAAAAGUAGAAAUUACAACGGAGACCAUUUCUCUGGAUCCUAAUUUAGCACCUCAGGAGACCAGGUAUCUUGCUUAUUGUUGUUAGCCGCCCUGAGCCCAGCUUCGGCUGGGGAGGGCGGGAUAUAAAUAAAAUUUAUUAUUAUUAUUAUUAUUAUUAUUAUUAUUAUUAUUUUAUUUCCACGUUUUGACUUUAUUAUGCAAAAAAUCAUUUCGAGGCAUUUGUGAUUUUUCUAAGAGUUCAAGUCGUGUGUGUGUGUGUUGGGAAUGUUAAUGUGUGUAUAAACCUGCUUGGUGUUCCUACUAAGCAACAGUGGGCAGUGCUUAGAAUGGCACUUGCAGAAAUUAUUGCUCGUUUUAUGAAUUGUUUUCUAUUGUGAAUAUUAACUUUGGUAUUUGUGCUUUUGUUGUGGGAGCCACAGGGGCUGUAGGGGUUGUGGAUAAAUAGAAGAUAAAUUGCUACAUGGAAGAAAGGAAGGACAAUGCAAAUGAUCUCAAUGGAAGCAUUAUUAUUAUUAUUAUUAUUAACUUUGUAUUACACCAUUCAUCUGAAGAUCACAGGGUGGUUCACAACAUAAAAAAAUGACAUUAAAUCACAAAAUACAUAAUAAAACAAAAGCAAAACAAACCAAUAAACCCCCUCAAACAGAUGCAUUUAAAAGGCUUUAGUGCAGAGGGGACACCAGUAUUGUGCUAAGAUACCAGUAUGUCCAUUACUAGCCCUAUGUAUAGAGGACUAGAAAGGUCUCAUGGGGUGAGAUCACACAGGCAAUACUUCAGACUUGAUCGGUGAUUUGCAUGUGUGAAUCAGGUCAAACACCACAGGGACCUCAAUAUUUUCUGUAGAAGCAGUUUGGCAGUUCACAAGGCAUCAGUUGAUGAAUGAGCUACAUAUAUGAACGAGCUACUUACAUAUAUAGGCUCUUUGUUUCUACUUCAACAUGAGAGUGAUUUUCUGAUUCUGGGACACACAAAUUCAAUAUACUACCUAAACAUUGUGGUUUCAGUCUAAUGGGAAGGUGUGUCCUGUUUCUAGACAGAAUGCUAUAAAUCUUGUGCUUACCUUAUAGGCUAGUGUGUAUGCAAUGGAAAGAAACAGUUUAAAAUGGAUUCCUCUGUUGAAGCAUUGAGGAUUUACAGAAUUUAAACUUUCAGUAGAUUGAUUUUAUUCAUGGUGCUGUAUUGCCAUCUAUUGGAAGGACUUUGGAUAAGCAAGAACUGGGUUGUAAGGAUUCUAAAGUCUUUUAAUACAUGCACAUACUUAGACGCUACAGAAAUCUUCCUCUAAUGUAGUACCUAAAUGUUUACACAAACCAUUUAUGGCCAAUUAUUCAAAUGUGUGGUUCUCUUUCAAAGCAGUAAUUGGAAUUUUGUCCAGUUUGUAGCCACUGAUCUUUUUUUUCCUUCUUAAUUUAUUUAUUCAAAGUUAUAACCAAACAUAUUUUCCAAAAACAUAUCCUUAUUUCCCCCCCAUUUUUCCUUCCUCCCUCUCCCCCCCACAGAACCCAUCCUCCCACCCUACCCCCAACUUCCCUCAGUUCCAGUCUUUGGUUUCUCCAAUAACGCUAUUUUCUGCAUGUUACAGAGUUGUGUAGAUUCUUUAGUUGGGGUUUCUUCAGUCUUCCAUCCUUGUGCUACCAGAACUCUCGCGGCCGUUGUCGCGUACAUGAAGAUGUUUUUCAACUUUUUUGGCAGGUCUUUCCCUACAAUCCCCAACAAAAAUGCCUCAGGUUUUCUAACAAAUGUUAAAUGGAACAUUUUCUUCAAUUCAUUGUAUAUCAUUUCCCAAAAUUUUUUAAUUACUUUACAAUCCCACCACAUAUGAUAAAAUGUUCCCUCCUUUUCCUUACACUUCCAACAUAUGUAGCCACUGAUCUUAAUCCUUCCAUGUAGCAUAUUCCCUCAUGCUGCAAAUAAUAUAAAUGUUCUUUAUCAUAUUACAUAUAAACAUUGAAAAACUUCCAUCUCUUUAUUCCACCGGAAUAGUAAUUGUGUUUGGGGAGUGGGGGAUGGAGCAGCCAUAUUACCUUAGGUUCUGCAAUUUGCCUCUUCAUGGACCUUGAUCCUUGAAGUUGAUGCUGAGGGUCAUUAUACGGUGCAUGUAGCUGCAAAAGGAAAUCGUAGCCCACUAUUUUGCUUCCUCAUUGGCUGUGCUCAGUACAGAGCAGAGUAGACAGUGUUGUGCUGGUGGACAGCAGUGUGCCUGACUGUACCUCCUGUGGUGCCUGCAAAAGGUCUUAGUAAGUAUCCCCAUAAAACUCCACAGUUGUCAGGAGCUGGAGUCAACCAUAGGUUAGCAACCAAAUCAAACCAUGGUGUCAGUGAAGUUAACUCUUUAUUCAAGAAAUCAAAACACCACAGGCCUAGUGUUCCCAGCAGCUCUCCCCAGUAGGUCUUGCUCCAACAAGGCAGUUGCAAGGAAUGAAAGUCCCUGCCUUCCACCACCCUCUAAGGCGCCUCCUCUCCCGGGCUUUUCCCAAGCAGUCUUGGACUGUUUACACACAACUAAACUGUGCUCUUUUGAUUUUUCUGUGUGUCCUAAGAGACCCAGGGGGAGACUCCCUGGCUUCUUCAGCAGCCUGCCCCUGUAGCUCCUAACCUCUUUCUACUCCAGCCUCUGAGUCUGGACUAUUCCCUGCCAUAGUCUCGUCAUGUUCACUAAACCCUGUUACUUCUUCAGCUUUCGACUCUUUUCCCUCUGACCACUCAUUGUUGUCCCAUCACAAUUCCCUUGGCUCUGAACCUUCUUCCCCUAGGGUGCUCCUUAGGGGUUCCCCAGCUGGUGCCACCCACCACUCCACAGCAUCCAGCCAGGCCAUCACAAUAGUACAUGAGAGACUUGUUUGCUCUUCUUACUCAGGUCUAGCCAUUCUUAGAUUGAACGUAACCCCUUAAAUGUAUCCUUAGUUCAUUGAAUUCUAGGAUUUCCCACCUUCAUGUGGCUCUCUUGACAUUUGGUAGUCAUUAUCCCCUACCACACGACAGCCAUUUUGUGUUAUGCCACACCCCCACAGCAACCACUUGGGGCCUGGUGCUCACAGCACUUUCUCAAAAUUCCAGAUGUACCCACUGGCUCAAAGGCUGGAUAGCUCUGUUCCAGAGUAAUAUUCGACUGAAAGAGGGAAGCCAUUGCCAAUUUGGUAAUGGGCAAGCUUAUAGAGUGUAGACCUUUCUCCAUUUUUUCUACUCAGUCAGCCUAGACUAGAGUAGAGGUUGAAGAACAUAAAGGCAAUGUGCUAUUCAGUAUGUGGGAAUCAUCUCCACGAAAGCUGUUCUGAUCUCCUGGAAAACGAGCAGAAUGCAGAUAUGAGGAAUUUCUGGCUAUGACAUUUUUGUCCAGAGCGUCAAUUAUGUGGUCUCCCCAUCCAAAAAAUAUGGCUAUGUAGAAUCAGACUAUUGACCUAAAAUUGUUGUUGUACAAUCUCCCAAGUACACAAGUACAUAUAUAAGGAUAUUAAAGUUUGAUGGAAUAGGCCUGUCAGAAUUGGAUGGGCAGAAGCUACUAAUGCGUAGGAUUCCUGCUGAAUCAGCUCAAAGGUCCACCUACUUCACGAUCCAACCAGAUGUCUGUGGAAAGCCCACCUGCCUGACAUCAGGGCAGUAGCUGUCUCCCAUUGCUGCUCCCCAGCAACAAAUACUGAGAGGUGUGUGAUAAACCUAGAAAAGUAUAUAUAGCUAUCACGAUUAGUAGCCAUUGAUUGACUUCUCUUUCAAAAAUUGCUUAAUUCACCUUUAAAGCCACCGGAGCUAGUGGACAAUGCUACAUCUUCCAUAGUCUCGCUGUAUUAAGUACUUCCCUUGUCUGUUGUGUUCAGCUCUGUUGAAUGAGCCACAUCUUCCUUGCAGUCGAUGUAUGUCUGAAACUGACCAAUUCCUACCAACUAGAGAGAAAAAAUUUGGAGUUCUUUUAAACUCUCAGCAGGUGUUAAUGGGUCCACAUUGUAGCCUGAAGACACAUGAUGUAAUAAUCUUGCUGAAGCUAAACAUGUCUGGGUCAGCUCAGGGUCUGGGCCAGAGAUCACCUGGGAAUCCUGUGCCUUGAGUCCUAUGAAGGGAAGGCGAAAUAUAAACACACCAAGAAGGACAUUAUUGUUCCUGGUAAGAUCUGUAUUGCUGUAUAUAUCAAGUGUCUGGUAAUGUCUGGACCUUGAAUGGGGAGGAUAUAAACACCCCCCCCACACUCUUACUUUGUGGCCCAGGAAACCUCUGCUAAAAGCAAUUCUAGGAUUGUUUAUAGCUGUAGCUCAGUUCAUUAAAGCACCAGAAUUCAGACUAGGGAUUCCAGCAGCUUUCUUAAUGUUGCAUUUUUGCACCUUGUUGCUACAGCCCAUAAAUCGUGUAACCUCUGGAGGGGGAGUGUAUUGCACUACAUGAUGUUAUAUUGGAGGGGCAGGGCUGUUCUUCAUUAAUGUAGACUGCUAAUACCAAUAUAUCAUCCUUCAUAUGCGUGUAUAAGAAUUGCCUCUGUGUGUGUGUGUGCGCGCAUGCAGUCUCAAACAGUAUAGUAAACAGAUUUAGAAGUAUGAUGAAUAGGAUAAUAAUAGACGUACACAAACUUGUGGGAGAAAAGUUGACAUUCCACUUGGAUGAAUGUUUUCAAAAAUAAUCUGCUCAUUUAAUUUUGAAUAGAUGUGGAGUUUGUAUUCCCACUGUGAUACUUGUGUUGUUUUUCAAACUCUACUUGCUCUCCUAAUUGGUUCCCCCCUCUGAGCUUGGAUUCAAAUGUUUCCUGAAUCAAUCACAUGCUACAUUUCCCUUUAGCAUCAGCAGAGCAGGGGUAGCUUACCCUGGUAUGAUAUCUCACUAUGGUGCUGCUGAGUAAACUGUUCCUGUAAAGCGAUAGAGGUCCUUCUCCCCCGCCACCCUAUACUUUCUCUACCAUGUUUGUUCUCAAACCCUUUCAGGAAAGCUCUUCACAUACAGGCAUCCCCCAUUUACACGUGUUCCGUUCCCAUGUGACCAUGCAUACAUGUGGCCCCAGAAACCCAGAAGUGGGGGGGACCUGAAAAGCCUCAGCAAAGCCCUGCUGUGCCUCCAGCUUGCAAGAAGGCUCCCUCUUGGAGCCCAAAGAGGACAUCCCCUAUAAUAUGAUAUACUCAUAUCCAGUUAGCAGUCAUAUAGCCAUAUCUGAACUCACAUGAAGCUUCUGGACUGUAUUUCUGGGCCCUGUGUGCAAACAUUAGUCCAAACCACUUACUCUGCAACAGGAAAACCCCACGCUGCUCCUAUGCAUACUGUAAACUUUAUGUAGAGAGGAAUAAUGAUUUCAGACAUGCAUGGGCUUCCUGAAUCUAUACAUUUAGAAAAGCCAAAUUGUGGUUUCUGCGCAACAUUCGCAAUCUGCUUUGCUAAGCUGUGGAUUCUGUCUAUGUGGUUGUGUUUGUGUUUCCAUGUGAGUUUCUGUUGGAUGAACUUUAUUAGAAAGUGGUUUCUAAUUUUAACUCGCAUUAGAUAACUUUUCUGAAACUUUCUUUUAAAAAUGAAAAGGGACUGAUUUGAUCUAUGUGGCAAAGUGCUGUAACUUUGUAAUAAUUUCUCAAAUAUGUCCUUUUGUAUAAUUUCAGGUAGACUUCAAAGAUUGUCUCUCAGUAAUUUAACUCUCUCCCUCUGAAUAUAUGUAUAUGUAUAUGUUGACAAAAUGUGUUGUUCUUUGCUGGCAGCUUAAAAUAUGGACUGGUGAGCAGCAACCAGGUGGUGUAAGCCAUUAGUGUAUGAGAUAAAGGAAGCCAGACCUAACAAUACAAUUCUAUUCAUAUAUACAGAGUCCCAUUGAGCUAAAUGGGGCAUUCUUCCUUCCUUCCCAAUUUGACCAGAGGCAAGCCAUAUAGGAAGGCUAUUCAUACUUGAGGACACAUUUUCCUUAAUUUUCUUUUCAUCCUGGAAAACACUGUGAUGUAGUUGAGCCACGGCUUGGCUCUGAUACUAGUUGUGAGUUCUAGUGCCUAAGUUGGAAACUUUCAUUGCCAGGUUCACCACCCCUAUAUUUUUUGUUUUCUGUUUUAUGCUUUGUCUGUUGCCUGCUUGAUCUUGAAGUAGACAAUCCCAAUAACAGAAAUCAUCACUUGAAAUGUGGUCAGUUCAAGAAAAGCAAAAUUAAUUAAGGUUAUAAAACUAGUCUACAAGUUGCAGUGAGAACUCUGUGGUACACUGUUGAAAAUAUGUCUCCUUAAUGUUCAACUGUGGCACUUGUAAUUAUCACAUCAAUAAAUUGAAAAUUAUCUAGCAAAUCUUAUGAAAUGGCAUAUUAAUUGCCAUACUGUGUUGGAUUAUAGGUCAAACUUCCAUGAACACGAAUAGUUUGGAACCGGCUAUUGAUUUUUAUUUUUUCUAAAAGAUGUGAGUCAGGACUUAGCGUAAUUUAAAAUGCUGAAUCUGCCUUUCUGCCAAAAGGUGCCCAAGGUUAUAUUUUACAAAAUACUAGCAGUAUUUUAGCAUUUUCAAGAUCAAAUCUAGAGCAUGUAAGGCUCUAGAGUCAGUCAAGGUCAUGCCUGAAAGAUGCUCUGACAGCGUUUUUAAAAAACCAAAUGGGAUGUGUGUUUUAUUUUUAUUUUUGAGGCAUCACUCAGUCAUUUCCAAACUUAGGCUGUAGAGAGUAGGACUUGGUGGCCACAUAUCCCAGAGAUGACGCUCUUGUCUAGUAAUUGGAAGGAAAUUGUACAUUUUCCUUACCAUCUGCUUUAAAAGCUUUAGGUCGGAGUGAGAGAUGUCUACGUCUUACCAGAAGAUGGCAGUUGUGCCAAGCAGAAAAUUUCAGUUGGUGGUCCUUUCAAGCAUGAGCUCCCUGUCACAUUUGGAAGGUAUGAGGAAAUAGCCUGUAGUACAAUAGCAAACAUUAUCUAGUCAGAUCAGCUUAGUACCUAGUAGCAAAUUUAUUGGAAAUAGGGACCAAUCUAACUUAGAAACUGUUCAUUAAAUAAUGGUGGCAAAAAUGUUUAGAUUCACAAGGAAAGGAAAGAAAGACACAAUGAUUCUACAAUCUAUGUUUCAUUUAAGUCUUGUGACAUAAGCUUCCAAGGACUAGAGUCCACUUCAGACGCAUGAAGUACAGUUCCAAAUAAGGAAACAAUUUGUGUUUGUGUGUGUUUGUAAUGGAGAAGAGUAAGGUUGGGGGGCGGGGUGGAGAAACGGUAUAAAGAACAGACAGUGCCAAUUACAUUAAAGCAAAAUAGUUAUAGUGACCAUUAACAAGAUGGUAUUGGCAAUAACAUAGACACCCUGGCGUUGGUUAGCUAAUUAACAGCAUGUGAUGAGAUAAAAACCCGUAAACUUGAUUCAAAGCACAGGUGAUAGAACUAAAGUCCUGGAUUCCAGAAAUUCAUGCUGGUUUCAUGCCAGAGUUUCCCUCUGAAGCAUCAGGAUCUGGGUGGCAGUAUAAAUAGUGAUUGUGCUAAGGUAGGUGUCUUGCUGCAGUGGACCAAGCCAAAGCAGGUUGUGUCUGCUCCUAAUCCUCAGGAAUUCGCUGUUCCUUUACCUUUUGGUAUGGCCAGUACUGCAUUGAGUGACUGGUGGGCUCUUAAUGUCUUGAGAGAUGUACACGUUGACAUGUAAGAAGCAGAGUGGGAUCCUGCCAUUUCAAGUUUGGGGUGCCUAAUCUAGUAUUUCCAUGAAUAUAAUUUCACCUUGGCCUUGUGUGCCCUUAGACUGUAUUCUGUGAACUACUGGCUGAUAGCAGCAGCUACCAUGAAAAUGGUUUGAUGUAGUCUUGAAAACUUAAAACAAUCAUUCUACAAUCUCCCCCACAAAAAAUGUUCUACAGCUAUACUGGAUAAUGAACUUGCAGUAAACCGUCAGAUAAUCGUUUGGUUUUGAACAGUAAAUGAAUAUGUUGUUAAGCAUGACACAUAAUGCUAUGACACUUGUGUUUUGACAUUUGGUGAUAUUUGCCAUAUCCGUAGCUUCCCAUCAGCCUGCUUUUUGAGACUGGAGCAAACUUAGUUAAAGAACAUGGAACUUUGGGUGAUGUGGUACUUGAGACUUAGGCAGCAAAUAUUUGUGCAGCAAAUAUCUUGUGUAGCAAAAGUGUUAUUAAAAGCGUGCAUGUAUUAAACACUGAUAAUAUUGCUUGACUCUCCUGUAAUCUGUGUCAGAGGUAUUUGUCUUGCCUGUUCUCUUGAUUAGCAAUUAAUUGGCUUUGCAAAGCUGCUGUAUACAGCACUAUACAUAUAAUAGCAAUGGGGAAGAAAUCCUGUGAGGAGCAACAAUUUUAUCAAUAGAACAAAUACCAUUUCACAAUUAAUACUGUGGAGUGGAAUUUGCAUAGCAAAAAGUCAAGGGAAAUGAGUUGAUGGGAAUGACAGAGAAGGAACCCCAAGAGCUUUAAAAGGAAAUGAAGGGACUGGUUAGAUUUUGAGUACAUUUGGAUACUGUAGAUAACUGUUCCUGUUUUUAAUUUACUUUGCAGCAUUAGGUGAUAAUGUGGAAAAGAAAAACAAUGUUAGAGUUAGUUGCCAGUCUGAAAAUAACCAAAACGCCUUCACACACUGCUAGAUUGAUAUGGUUGAACUGGUUUCGUGUUCAUUGCUGCAGGAUUUGCAGAGUAACAUGUCUUAUAUUCUAAUGGCUGGGGGAACGAAAAACUGGACACCUGUAAUAUCUAUUUACUAAAAAUAUCUAUGCCCUGUUUUUCUGUGUCACAGACACAGAAGGCAACCUAUAAUGACAGUGUUUACAUGUGAAUGCGCUGGUUGUGCCCAGUUUGCUUCUCCCUACUAGGGUGCAGGUGAAACAACAAUUAGCCCGAUAGAGAAAGAGAGAGAAAAGGUGUAACGGAAAAAAAGAGGUUUGGAGGCAGUGUGCUUCUGAAAACCAGCUGCUAGGAACCUCAAGCACGGGGAGCAUUUGAGAGUUCAUGUUCUGCUUGUAGGCUUCCUAGAGGCAUUUACUUGGUCACUUUGAGAACAGGAUGCUAGACUCGAAGGUCCAGCAGGGCUUUUCUUAUGGGUGCACCACUCACUUGUGACUCUGUCCCCACCCACGUCUAGCAUGUGACCAGUGACAGAUAACCCCUAAGGGAAAGCAGACCUUAAGAGGAGGGGGAAGGUUCCCCACCCCUCUUAGAAUAUGACAAAAUGAACAAAUUAAGAGGAAUGUUUAAAGCUCUCUCUCUCUGUGUGUGUAUAUGUUCAUUUUCAUUGGAAGGGAGAAAAUAACCAACUUGCUGGACUUGCUGCUUCUCCAGCUGGACUCAUCUCUGCCUCCUGGUCUCCUUCCUCUCUUGCUUCAGCUUCUGCCACUGAAUCCCCCCUCUCACUAAGCCCUGACACCUCCUUCCAGUCUUCUCCUUCUGACCACUCAUUGCCGUCCCUGCAGCAAUCCCCUAGCUCGGAGCCUUUUCCCCCCUUGGGGGUUCCCCAGCUUCCCCCCCCCUUGGGGGUUCCCCAUCAUUCCUCUGCAUUCAACCAGUCAGCGACAAUUACGUGAAAGACCUAUGCUAUAUUUCCAUUUAAAAACAAACAAAAUGAAUUGCAAUUCUGAAGGACUGCCAGUCUGCUUAGAUCAUGGGCGCUGGGGUGUUUAACACACAUUAGUUUCCAAGCAGUUGUUUGUCCUGUGGUGGAAGUUGGGUUUUUUUUGCCAGACCUCUUGACACCUAAGCAUAGGAUAGGAAAAUGAAGCUCAAAAACAAAAUUGGGAAAUCAGACAACUGGGUAGGGUUGGGGAAAAUAAUUUUAUUCUUGCCACAUUUGGGGUAACUGUUUCUUGAGGGAUUUCAACUUUAGAUACAAAGUCUGCUCUUCUUUGAAAGCCACUCAGUGACAUAUUGGGGGGGAAAGUUGCUUUCAAAUGCAUAAAGAACAACUGAUGUAGUCUUUUUACAGCAUAGUGAUUGUCUUAUUCCCCCCUCUUCUCCCAAACGGGAUUCCUCUUUAUAGGGACAGCACAGAAGCUAGAUAGUUACAUAAGAUUGCAUUUAAGAUUUAAUAAACCUCAGUUCCCUAGCGAAAUACUCAAUUAGAUUAACUAUGUUAGGGUUUGGAAACUUGUUAGCUUAGCUGAUGAAGAGUGUUUAUAUAAGCCCAGUAUUUAUACUGUGUUGAGCAACACACAUUUGUGAUCUCUAUGCAGUUUAGCUCAUGAAAAGCCUUGUGCUCCCUCUGGUAUACAACAAAACAUAUUAUUGAUUUUUGAAAGUUGCCAUUCUUUGCUUUUUAUAUACUGCUUCAUUUAUUUUUGUGCCCCUUUUAAAUUUCAUUAGCCAAGCAAAGUGACUCCUUUGGUUUAACUUGCCUGUUUAGCAUUCCAUUUGUAAAUUGAUUUAUCAUGUGUUAAUUCCAUUGAACGUGGAGAUUAUUUGAAUGAAUUUUGGUGUAUAUCUAGGGUAUCAGGUAUGAGCACCAACUGAAAUUCUGCAUCUGUUUUCAAGGGUUGUUGGGAAAGAGACAAACCAUGAUGCAGUGUGAAAGUUCCUUUAAAUAUCGAGGCAUGCGAAUGAAAGUUCCUGUGUGCGCAAUUCUCUGCAUCAGUUUUUUUUUUAAAAAGCCUGUAAUUAUCUCCAUGCUCAUUUCCAAGGAGAAUUUCCCGAGCGCACGCAUCCCAAGAUGGACAAACGACUGGUAGUUUCAUUCUUUAUUGACAAAGCACAUAUCUACAGUAGCUCCUAAGGUGCACUGAACACGUAUAUACGCUUCCGGCAACUAAGUAGCUGACAUUCCUUCCCCAGGCUUGUGCUCUGAACUGGAUGGUUGGAGCAACAGUGUAACCAUGUCUCCACCCAAAUUAAAUACCCUUGUCUGAUGGGGCGCACAGAAGUAACUUAAGACGUCUCGUACACAGAGGUUGCUGCUGUGCUUGUCUUGUCAGGGAGCCAGCCAACAAUAAAUCACGCAGAGUAAGUGAAGUUAACUGUAUUAGAAGAAACAAGGCCUGCUCAGUGGCCCUCGCCUCCCCAUAGCUGCCUAAAUCUCCUCCACACACCCCUGGUCAUUCCCAAGCAAUAUGAGACUAUGCCGACACACCUGUCUCUGCUCCUUCCUCUUCCUGGUCUGGGAAGACCAGGAGGGAAGGGGAACUCUUGGCAUCCCUGCUCUCCUGCUUCUGCCUCAGCUUCUGCUUCUGGACUUCUCUCUGCCAUAGGCUCUCCCUGCUCGCUAAACCCUGUUACCGCUUCAGCUUCUGAUACCACCUCCAAGGCUUCUCCGUCUUUUCCCUCUGACCACUCAUUGUCGUCCCACCACUAAUCCCUAAGCUCUGAGCCUUCGUCCCUUGGGAGUUCCUCAACUAGUGCCUUCCACCAUUCCUCUGUGUCCAGCUCUUCAAGCCCCUCAUAGUCCUGGGGGACAGCGGAGGAUGGGACGGAGGGGAUUCUACCACCACUCCCUCUCAGACGCCAUCUCUUCCUCCAUUCCUGGUGCAUCUUGCCCUCCUUCCAGCUCUGGCUCCUGUGUGGUGGGAGGUACAAAACCCUCUUAAUCUCUAUCCCACUUUCCCUGCGUCAGUAUCCGGUCCCGUGGCCUCUGCCACCCACUCCUUGCCACCCUCCCAGUCCCUGACAUAGAAGCACAUGAAAUUCUGCAAGCACAUUGCUUUACUACUUUUUGUAUUAGUUUGGAUUGUCUAUAGUGUGAUGUGAGGGAUGUCAUGUAUACAGUCUUGCUCUUUGAAUAUCAUGUAGUAGAGCAACUAAUUUUUAACAGGGACUUGUUUUUUUAAAUUGAGCCAGCAACAUGAUUUUCAUUGCUAGUCCCACCCCCACCCCCCAGCAAACUAAGCCUUAGGAAAAGUCCUUUCUAAUCCCUUCCUCUCCAGCAUUAGCAGCAAGGAAGGCUUUGGCAAAGCCCUCUUUUUAUUAUGCGUCUCAGCUGCUCCCUGUGAAUAGAGUUCUGAGAGAGCAGUGAGAUGCAUAAUUGGGGGUGGUGGUCUUGGGGAUUGGGGUAAUGCUGGCGGCCAGAUUGAGCCCAGAGGCUGCCAGUUGCCUGUCCUGUUGUUGAGCUGUUAGCAGCAGUAAGAUGUUUGCCACUGAAGCUGCUGGCACUGAUUAGUAGGAGCAUAGGGAUAACAGGAGCACACACACUUCGUGAAGUGAAAGCGAAGGAGCAAGCUGCUGAGGUUCAUCUCUUAAUUCUUCCAUGCUCUGGCUUCUUAGCAAUCAGCAUGUGUUACGCUAUUCCUUUCUGCCCGAAGAAAACGGAACUGAGCACAUGACCAUAAAUUCUAGAGAGCUGCAGGGUGCGGGCAACCUUAAUAUUUUUUUGUUUGGCAUUAAACCAUAUGCAAGUGCUCUCAAUCUUUGCCUGUCUCAAUAUUGUGGAAAAGCUUACGCUCUGGUUUUCGAGUGCCUAAAGGAUUACCUUCCAGAUGCUCAGAAUUUUCUUCACUGAAGAUUUCUAUCUCAUCAUGAUCCAGUGCAGGGGGCAGGGAGAUGGACUGCACAGAAAAUUGUCACCCAUGUGUUCAUAUUGCAAUUAAUGUGUUUUUCGGGCUGAAAUCAAGAUUUAAAGUGUAGAUUGAGGAAUGAAAACUUUAUCUGUGAUUUAAAAUGUUCACACUGAUUAAUUGAUGGGCCUGACGGGCAAUUCACAGCACAGAUGUGUUAGCUCCAUCUACAUUUGAUGGUGAAGAAAGUCCAAUGAUUGCUUUUUUGUCUGUAUGUAUUUAAAGCUGACAGGUGUUUUGAAAACCAGGAUGAAAACACGAUGGCUUUCUGUCUAGCUGCCACUGGCAUAUUUUAUGGAAAGGUGCGAUAUAAAUGUAACAGAUAAAUAAAUUGAACUGUUAAAAGAUAAUGGAUAGAUCAUGUAUCACCCCAGCAACAAUACGUAAGACAAAAUAAAAACAAAAAACCCUAUCCAUAUGUUGGAAGUGUCGCAAAAAUCAAUUUAAUGUUGUAAUAAUAUUCAUUCAUGGGACGUGGGUGGUGCUGUGGUCUAAACCACUGAGCCUAGGGCUUGCUGAUCAGAAGAUCGGUGGUUCAAAUCCCCGCGAGGUGGUGAGCUCCCAUUGUUUGGUCCCUGCUCCUGCCCACCUAGCAGUUCGAAAGCAUGUCAAAGUUCAAGUAGAUAAAUAGGUACCGCUCCGGCGGGAAGGUAAACGGCGUUUCUGUGUGCUGCUCUGGUUUGCCUGGAAGAUGUCUGUGCACAAACGCCGGCUCCCUCGGCCUAUAGAGCGAGAUGAGCACCGCAACCCCAGAGUCGUCCGCGAUGGGACUUGAUGGCCAGGGGUACCUUUACCUUUAAUAGUCAUUUAAUAUCAAUCAAAAGCAGGACAUUUAAGUUGGUGUUUCGAUAGUUACAACUCUGGUUAAUGAAACAAUAUUUUAGCUGGUGGUUCUUUUUCAAAUGCUGACACAGUAUCUUCAGAUGUAGCCAUUUAGGAAUGAGUUUGACGGUCAGAGCUUGGAUAAGGCGCCCAGCUGUUUCAUUCCUCUCUGUGUGGUAGCAGUACCCAGGAUAACAGUUCCUUGUAGCAAUGAAUGUGUGACAUUUGCCUGCAGGAACAAUGCUUGAUACUGAAAGCAUUAGCUUUCAAGAGAGAAGUGGCUUUGCUGGGGGGAAAUAAGGUUCUCAGAUGUACUUAGGGCCAAGUGUGUUGGCUGGGUUUCUUGCUGUCCCCAACAGCUUCUGCUUUGUCAGAUUGUAGAACUGCAUUCCCUGUGGGGCUGUGAGAGAGUCUGAUAAUUUAACUUCUUAACAUUUAGUUUAGGAACGGGCAGCUGGUGUGCUGGGAUCUAAAAUUUGACUACAAUAUUAAGAGCAAUGCAUGUGGGAGCAGGAAGAUGUACAGAUUUCUGAUCUUGUCCCUCCAGUUACCACAGGGUUACUGUCUUAUUUCAUUUUGUCAUAAUCAUCAAAAUACCUUUCCAUGGUACUGUUGGAUUACAGAAAUUUAUAUAGGCAAUAAAGCUGAAAGCUCUAUGAAAGUGCUUGUUUGUAGAUUGCUUUUGUUAUGUACAGCUGCAUAAAUGCCUCCUUUCAUUCAUCUCAGAAAUAUAGUCAAGGAAAAAUAAUGGCCAAGAAGGCACUCUGUAUUUCUAACAUCUAGUACUAAGGCAGAAUCCUCUGUCCCCAAACGCUUCUAACAGAAGGGGAAAUGAAGCAUUAAUUAGAAAAAUAGGCAAAACCAUAAGACAGAGGGUUGCUUGUUGCCAUUGAGGGUUAUAGCAGCUCGGUGAGAAGACACCUCUUCUAGAAAAGAAAAGUGUAGUGACAAAACCUGUUUGUUUAAAUAUCCUUGUAUGUUUACUAAUCGGGCAUAUUGUGCAGGAGCAUUGUCUUCAUUACAAUGUAGCAAAUUCAUAUGAUGACCAUUAACAUUCAUUACCCCUCUUCUGACUUUCUACAUAGCGUGUGUAUAUUCCUUGUGCUAGAUGACUCUUGCACAUGAUGGUUUGCUACAUCACCUAUGCUGAAAUGGUUCCCAAGGCUUCCAUGUGAUGGUUCCAAUAGAUGAAAUAGACUUGAAAGCUUUGGAGAUGUGGUUUUGACAGACUGUUGGCCCAAUGAAAAUCCCGCUAAAUCUAGGGGAAACUAGGGGAGAGCCUACUCAUUAUGCCUCUACUACUUUUAAGUAUUGGUACUAAUUGGAGCUGCCUCAGCUUCAACACAAUACAAUGGUGUUGUUGUUUUUUGAAGGAAGUGAGUUUCUAGAGGACUGUUUCCUUGCUUCCUGUUUCAAGACAACCACUAGAUAUCACCAGUUCAAAUAGCUGUUUGCCUUGUGAAGCAGACGACCAAAGUAAGCAUGCAAGGUCAACGCUUUAAAAGCAUGGAAUUCUGGGUUAUCACUACAGUAGCGAGUUGCUGGAGAAACCUGAGCAGAAGUACAAUUUGUAUUGUACCCAGUUUGAUCAUUAUCUCCUGUAUCCUGAUGAGGUGUCAUUGUACAUUCACAGGGGAAGCAGUGACUGUGCUUGUGAGCAAGGGCAUACAGUGACAGCUAGGCUGACCAAAUUCGAAAUGAUUAGCAUUUCUACUAAAAUAAAGUUGACUGUCUCUGUAGGGACUAAUUAUAUCUUUAAAGGAUCUGGCUAAAUUGGCCAGCAAUUCACUAAAUGGCUGAUUAGGCCACAUUAAGUUCAAAUUCAUCUCAAAUAUUCCAGAAUGAGAAAAAUGUGAUUCAUUCUCUCAGACCAAAGGUUGAAGUUAAUCUGUGGAGCACGUAUCCUAGGUGGGCUUUUGUGUGAAAUGUCAAAUGUUAUGAGCAGGAAAUGACAGUUGUUGAUGCUUAAACAAAAAUGUACGAUACGUAAGAUUUUCAGCGGCCAUAAAAGUGGUCUGUUACAAGACAAAACAAGGUGCUUAUUCUCUAAUUAUUGCAAGUUUCGUGCUAAUUAUAGUCCUUUGUUAAGCACUCUGCAAGAGAAGAAAAUACAGAAAAGGUAAAUGGUUUUUAAUUUAUAAUUGGUGCACUCAUUUAAUUUGGAAACAAUUGGACACUUGCCAUUGCAUGGAUAGGGCCCUUUAAGCAUAUCUCUAUAUGGGGUACAAAUUGUAUUAUGCAGACAUUGGCGCAGCGUUGGGGAGGCGGCUGAGGCAGCUGUGGCCCCAGGCACAUUUUUGGGAGGGGGUGCAACCAGGCACCCCCACAUCACACUCUCUCAUAGAAGCCUGACUCUGGCGUGCGAAGGAGCUGCUGAGGUAGCUCCCUUGCGCCCAGCUGCAGCAGCUCAUCCCUGGGUCAAGCAUGAACCGGGGAUUGAGUACAGGAGAGUUGACAGCGUUGCCACCUCUCUCUUCAUCUGGGCUGCCCAGCUGCAGCUCUGCUUCUGGGUCACAUCUGACCCGGGGACGGAGUGGAACAGAGUGGCAGCAAUGGUGCCGCCUCUCUCCUUAGCUCCCUCUGUCCCCUGAACUCCUCGGAUGUGUGGCCUGUGUGCCUGCCCUGGGCAGCUGUAGCUUACACUCUGCCACUGCCAUUUGUGGAUGCUCUAUGGGCAAUAUGUCAGUAAGUCAUGAGGCAAGCACAUGCUCCAUGACAAUUAAGCUUGGGUCUUGUGCAUCGGGCUGCAUUCAGAAUGAGUAUGACGUUUGAAAAGGAUGAAGGAUCACUCCUACUGGCUGAUGUGAAUUGCAAAUGGGGAGAGUGCUGUUGCGGGUCCUGUUUGAGAUCUUCCCAGAGGCAUUUGAUUGGCCACUGUGAGAAAGGGAUGCUGGACUAGAUGGACCUUUGACCUGUUCCAGUAGGGCUCUUUUUAUGUUCUUUGCUUCAUGUAAGGCUAAAGCCUUGGUUCAAGAAAACAAAGUCUGUAUUUGAUUUACCUGAAUGCAGGUUCUUCCUCAUGCUUUGGACAUUACUCCUCCUCAAAGGAAGGGGGACCCCACAAGCCAGGCUACAGUGGUGCCUCGCAAGACGAAAAGAAUCCGUUCUGGGAGUCUCUUCGUCUAGCGGUUUUUUCGUCUUGCGAAGCAAGCCCAUUGAUGGGAUUAGCGGAUUAGCGCUAUUAGCGGCUUUAGCGGCUUUUAGCAGCUUAUCAGCUUAUCGGAUAAGCAGAUAAGCGGCUUAGCGACUGAGAAAAAGAGGGGGAAAAGGAAAAAAAAGCCCCAGGAACUCGCAAGACAUUUUCGUCUUGCGAAGCAAGCCCAUAGCAGAUUCGUUUUGCGAGGCACCUCCAAAACGGAAAACUCUUUCGUCUAGCGAGUUUUCCGUCUUGCGAGGCAUUCGUCUUGCGGGGCACCACUGUAUUUGGAAAUGGAAAUUGUAUUGCUGAUGGUUUCUGCAGCCAGGGGGAAAAAUAGUUCAAUCUAAAACUAUAUACAGAUCACAUUUUGCAUGGUUCAGAUCAAAAUACAUUUAGGCUUCAAUGCCAUACUUAUUUACCUGGGUGUAAGUCCCAGACUUACCUCUGAGUAGUCAUACCUAGGACUGUGCCUGUUAGCUAUAGGUAGCAUUAAAGUUAUAAGAGAAGCAGCCCUAUAUAUAGCUACGUUGAAAUUUGAAGUAAUAUAAGCCAUGUAUUUGUAAGGUUAAGUGCAUUUUUGUCAGUUUGCAAUGAAAUAUUGGAUCCAUUGGCUUUCCUUGGGUAACACUAAAUCUAGAUUGCAGUGAUGAUUCUAGUUGCUGAUAAUAUGAAUUUCUUUUCCUUUUUGUACUUUCUCAGGACCUAUAACUCGACCUGCCAUUUUAUAAUUAGUGGUCAUGCUUAAUGUUUCUGCUGUUGGAGAAAUAUGUGAUAUGUUGGUAUUUGCUUUGAUCUGCUCAAAUGCUUCAUGUCAUUCAUGAAUUUAAGUGCUUUGCUGGGCUAUAGCCAUUAACUUACAGAUACACACACAGUUUUUCAAUUAAAGAAAUUAUCAGAAGAAUGGUCCAGCAAAUAUAUUUUCUAGCCUUAUUGGUAGAGUAUAAGGAAAUAUAGGUGAUGUAGGUGUCAGCUAGAUUCAAGACAGAAGGCUUCCUUUUCUUGGAACAAGCAUUUUGCUUUGGGGUACUGUGCUAACAUUUUGAUCUGUUUCCACUGCAGAAAAGGCAACUCAAGGCUCCAGGUGUUGUCUAGAAGCAUCAGAGAGUCAUCUGAUGAACAAACAGGGGUAUAUGCUAUUGUUAUGUGCACCACAAUCUCCUAGCAGCGAGAGGUUUCAGGGGUCCUUGCUAAUUAAGGUCAAAAGUAAAAAGUCAGUUAUCCUGAACUCACUCCACUUUGGAACAAUAUCUAAGUGCUAUUGACUCGCUUGUGUUCUUAUUUAACUACAUAUGCUUACCUAGUCAGUGUGAUUUCUGUGGCUGUUUUCUGUUAGCUAAGGCAUUGAUGUCCAGAUUAAGUUUUGUGAUGGACCCCCUUAAAAUGUCAUGUAAAUGCUAACCUGUGAGUCUUGACCUACAUGGGUUUCACAGUUUUCAUCUUUGAAAAAGAUCGUUCAUAGAUUAUCUGGUUCCAAAGAUGGUGAAUAUUCCUGCACUGAAUACAUUUAGGUUGAUCAGGCAGGCCAGGAAAAAAUUCAGCAGACUUUGCAUUGGUCUGUGAGUGGAAUGUAUGGGGGUGUUGGGGGUAGCACCUCUGGUGGGGGACAUGCUCUGACUGGGGUAGUUUGUCCACCUUUGGGUCCCACUCUCACCUGUGGCUCCAAGAAGCUGUCAGCCUGUGGCAACGACCACAUCCUGGGAAUGGCUUUGGCUGGCUGGCUAAAUCAGGUGAGGGCAGCGAAUGGAUUUCAAACCCUUGGUGAGUUAGGGGCUUCCCCUGCAUGUUAAGACAGACUCCAGUGGAUUGAGCGAAUGAGACCAAUAGUGGAUCCACCGGUCAAGAAGGCAGUUUUUGCAAAUUCUGUAGAGGGACGUGAGGGGCAGAUGGGGCUCAUCAACCUGGGAAAGUAGCACAUCUAGGAGAAGGAAAACUCAGGUCCUAAAUGUCCUCUGCCUUGUGGGGUAUCUUCUGGAGAAGAGCAAGUUAAGGAGGAAUCUCUACAUAAAUCUGGAGUGGAGUUCCUAAGAUGGUUGGAGGACGCCUUAUUUGCCUCCUUUCAGCAUCUCCUGUAACCAAGCUGGUGCCAAAUGUAUUACUCUGUUUUCUUUUGGAUUGCGUCAGUGAGGCUGAGAGGGGUGUCUUGUCAUCUGGGCAGCCCAGGACAUCCAUACGCACUGCCCAUACGCUUGCACCCUGGGGAGGUCAUUUGCAUCUUCAAAUACAUUCUGAAAAAUUAUUACUGUGUUUCCAUGCUUGUAGCAAUCAGUCAAAUCUGUUCUGGAAUUCCACCAGCAAUAGGUUUAGUGCUUUGAUAUAUCUUUUGAUAUGGAAUAGUGAAUUUCUAUCCACAAAUUUUAGUUCAUUUCAGCAUGAAAUGUUUAAAAAGUUACCUUUACUAACUUGCUUCAUAAAAAUAUUUAGUUUUGCUUCAAAACUUUCAGCUCAGAAUACACAUCAGACACAAACUUUCCCCUUCUCCUGCAACCUUAGAUUCAAAGUGUUCAGAUGCUCUGUGGUAUCAGUUAAGAAAGCCAAAUCAAAAAUCCAUUCAGGGUCAGAAAGUACUUUUUGACCUUUCCCUUUCUGUACAAAAAAGACGUAAAAACCAUUUGAGGACUUUGCCUCUGCUAAGCUGCUUGACAUCUUCAUGGUAGAACAUAACUCUGUAUUCUGCAUGUAUCUCUGAGAGAAAAAAAUAAUCAGAAAAUAUCUCUUUCUGUCUUUCUCAAGCCCAUUUUAAUGUGUAUAUUUUCAAUGUGCAUAUUUUAUGUGUUCUCUUCUUUCCUUUUCCUGCCUUUUUUUUUUGCAAAAAUAAGUUAACCCCCCUCCCUCUGUCCCUCCCUCCCUCCCUCCCCUCCUCUCCCUUUGCAAAAACACACCAGGAAGAGUCUGUUUAUUAUGCUUUCAGAGUGGCUUUGCUAUUGUUUCUGCCAACCCAUUCUUUGCCCUCUCUUCCAAACUAGCAGUUUUGCUGCUCCUACAAAGCGCAAAUAUCCAUUCACUCUGCCCCCCCCCAAGCCCUCUACAGUGGGUGAGAGAGGGUGGAAAAGAGGGAGCUGAAGCAGAUAAGUGAAUGGGUAUGAAAGGUGAAAGUACCCAUUCACACAACUGCUUUCUCUUUCUUACACACACAUAAAACGCCCCCGGACAUGGUACUGUGAGGGGGCAGGGAGUGAGAAGGCUGAGUGAAUGUGUUUCUGAAGUUUGGUGGCUGGCGAAUGCUAGUUUGGAGAAGACCAGAAGGGGGCUGUCAGGUAACUGCCAUCAGCUCAGAGGCGAGAAGUGGAAGGGCAGUUGUGUUAAAGGGAGCCUCCAAAGAUCAUGCGAAGCAACUCUUUCUCCAGCGAGGAGGGAAGCCCCGCCUCCAGUGGGGAAGGGAUGCAGGGAUCAGAAGAUGCUAGAGAGAGCCGCAACACCGAGCCUGAGCAGAGGGGAGGGGACGCAAGUCCCCCUUUGCCAACGCCCUCUCUGCGCAGUCGGUUUGCGCGCAGAGAGGGGAGGAGAAGGAUGGGGGUCAAAAGACUGUUAUGCUGGGGAAGGUUUAAGGACCGCCCACUCCCAGAUUCUGCUAGCGACUGAGCAGAUAUGGACUUGAGACGCUCUGCACUGUAAAUGUUUUUGUACAGAUAAUAAAGCCUGGAAAAGACAGGUGGGAGUCUUGCCUGUUCACUCUCAAGCAACCAUGCCGGCACAUAACACGGGCCCAACAGAAGCAGUCAUGGAGCUGCUUGGAGACCAGAAAGAAUAAUAUAGCAGAAGUGUUUUUGCUGGAUAGAUCAGGAAAAGGAGAGGAGAGGAGCAAUAGAUUGUGCCACUUGGGGCAAUGUGGAAUAGUGUUGGGAGAAAAAAAGCCAGGAGGGUGACAGAAGCAGCCAGGGAGCUGUAUAGAAACAGCCUGAGGGCUGCAGGUUGGGGAACUCUGAUCUAUAGUGAAGGACAUUCCUCAAGAAGCAAACCCCAUUGAGUUGAAUGGUGCUUACUCCCAAGUAAGUGUUUAUAGGACUGCAUUGCAAGUCCUACUGAAAUCCUCUGAAAGUCCCAUUGAAACUGAGUUUUAUGUUCUUAACAACGUAUUUGUACUCAUUGUCUUGAUUCAGAAGCCUAAAUGUACUCCAGUGGCUACUGAAGUGAGUGGGACAGCUCUCCCAGACAGGGAGGCACUGCAUAAAGUUAUUCUUUAGACCACAAGGAACUGCUAGGUCAGGAUGACCCGUUGCAGAUUAAAGGAGCAUACUGCAGCCAAAACGAACACUUUCAGACUUACAUUGAGGAAGAGAAGAGUUAAGGAUGUCUCUUCCUUGAAUGAGUCAUGCCCAAAUGCACACUUUCAAGGGUUUUUACUAUUAAUCUUUUUUGAUAGUGAAAAUGAAAAUGGGGAAAGCAAUGGAGAAAGCUUGUAUGUGAGGCUGGGGGGUUGAUGAGUUACAGUAGCUUUGCUUGAUCAGAUUAAAUUGGAUGAUGGGAUGGCAUGUAUGAAUUUAAUAAAUAUAAUUGCAUAUAAGCAGCCUGAGUGGAAUCUGGAAAAUGUAAUGUACAGCUGACUGGAUUCUGCUCCUGCCUUGCAGAGAAAGCUACCACAGCUACAUUUCAAAAGCCUUUUCACAUCUAAGUAAUAUUGUUUUUCUAUCUGAAUUGGUUGGAGACAAUUUUCUGUCGUCAUGCAUCUAGCGAUUUUUGGAUUAUCUUUAGUUUGGUUGGUAACUCUGUAAUAACAUCUAUAUAAGUAUAUGAUUUACCUCAAUUUAGGUGUAACAUAAUGUUUAGGUUUGGUAGCUCCCCAGUGAAUGUGCUUCUGCUGGUUAUUUAAGAAUCUCUCCUCUUUGUGUGCGUUGCUAGAACAGAAUAGGAAUGAAGACUGCUGCCUGCAGGUCUAAAUUUUCUCUGGGGAAUUGGAGCAGAACAGCCACUCACUGAGACUGAGUCUUAGUCACUGAAAACGUAACCUUAGUUUCUUCCAUUGCAGCCAGAUAGUUGUCACUGAAGUGGUAAAGCUGUGCCACAGAUUUACCACCUCAGGGUUGCAAACUGGGGAACUCACAUAAAUGAAUGUUUGUGGAGAAACAUUCUUGUACCCAGGUAAGCUAAAUUCUCAUGGGAAUCCUAGGUUCAAACUCUUCUCAAUGAAAUCUAGUUUUCAGUGUACAGGGUUGGGGCAGUAUACUUAGUAGAGAGACUAACUUGAUAAAAGGGCACCCGCCUCCUCUUGUAGUCUGACGUGAUACUGCUUGGAUGCAAGUUGACCAAGUCAAUUAGAACUGAGACACAAAGAAUUGGUAUUUCUUGUACACCCAGGGUUCUCCAGCGCUAGAAUUAUUUCCUAAUGCACGUAUCAAAGUCUAAAUGCUCUCUAGUCCAGUCAAAUAUCUAAAAUAUUUAGAAAUGUUCAUGAAAAAUGACACCCAUAUUAGUAAAAUGUCUGACUUCCAUACAGCUUCAUUGUGUAACGCUACAUAUCACCUACAGAAACAGGGAAGUAUCCCUAUAGGAAGUAUAGGGAAAAUCCUACUUUGGGGGGAAAGCUCUGCCCCCCCCGACCCAAAAAAAGCUGGCAAAGAUUGAUAUGCAGCCUGACCUCAAUGGUCUUGGCUGCAGAAUGCAGAAUCAACCCCUCACAUGUCAAGUUGGCAAGUGGCUUGCUGAAUAUAUCACUUAAGACUGAGGCUGUCCACCUUAGAGAUUAAAGGACCACAGGUGGAGUAAUUGUUCUCGUGGAAUGCAUACCUAGAACAUCAUUUAAUGUUCAAGGGAAAAUGCCUCCUUAAAGGAGUGAGGGCCCAUCAGAAACACAUCCAAGCUUUGUUCCAACUGUAGAUGUGGUCUGUUGGAUCUCACAAGGAAAGCCUUGUUAAUAGGGGUAGGAGAGGGAGUGUAAAAGGACAAACACAUUUUCUUCUCUUAGUCUUGCCUCUGUACGUAUUUAGGGACAGAAUGCAAAAUGCCAGAGUAAGGCGCACAUACCAUGAAAUUAAUUUCACAGGAGUACACUUCCAAGACCUAUUCAUAGGAUUGAUGGGGCUAGAAACGUGUGGUUACAUUUCACAAAGCAAACCAUUUCCUAGGAUAAACAGCUUUUAAUAUUGUAAGGCGGCAGUCCUAGCCAUACUUGCCUAAAAGUCGAUCCCAUUAAAGUGAAGGGAACUGUGUAAGUACGAUUACUAUAGGGUUGUUACAAAAGCUCUGUGGGGAGAGGACUCAUUCUUGUUCAAACUUUAGAGCUCCUUUCAUAGUCUGAACUGGAACAGCUCUGAAGCCUUAAGCAUGCAUAGGUGGAGGAGGAGUCUAGCCCUGCCCUUGGCUCUACACCUGAGAUUGUGUGGCUGGAUUAUCCCUGCUUCGUGACAUCCAUCUGUUGAGUGUGGAUGCCUGAACAGAGUUUCGGGUAGAACUAGCCCAGGGGAAGGUCAGUUAUGUGGUUUCACUCAUCUUAUUUCACAUGGGUACGCACAAAAUGACAAAUUUCGAAAAGUUAUUGUUUCAAGCAACCAGUUAGCAGCAUCCAUCAUAUAAAUUAAUCUGCUUUAAACAGACCCUCCGAUGUGUCGCUGUGUUUAUCACUGUGGUUGCGCCUCACUGAAAUUGGUGCUAAAUUUGAGUAUUAAAUAUAUCCUCAUACUGCUAUAUAUUCAAAACGCAACCUUCCAUGUAAGUUUCACAGUUGAGUGCCCAUCCGAACGUUGCCUACUUAAAAGGUGUUGCAAUAUUGAAAUUAUAUGCCCUUUUUGGGCACGGUCUGUAUUUUAUAUCGUACCUCUGGACUGGACUGUUCUUCACAAAAUAAUGUGCCGAGGCACUAAAAAGUUGUAAAAAAAUUGGUUGCUUUUAAAUAUGUUAUGGUGUGGGGAAGUAAAAAGCUUCCUAGUAUUGGGAAUAAGGCUAAAUUAAUUUCUUUUGGCGUUUAGGUAAUGGAAAAUGAGCAGACAACGGGUUAAAUAACACCAAGUUUGCCACAAAGGCUGCAUUAUAAGCCAGAGUUUCUGGGUUAUUGUGGUCUUUUGUGAACAAGUGGGGUGUGGGUGCACACUGUCUAAUCAGUCCUGCUCUGGUUUGGCUCAGAUAAGCAAGUCUGGAAGCCACCAAACCUGUUGCUUCCAGACCAAGGAUUGUGACCUUCAAGGGAGACAGUCAUAAGCCAUGUCCUAUUGUUGGCUUACCAGUGUUGCUUGUUAGGAAGAAACAAACAACAGCUCCUUAUUUGGACAUAUUGGGAAUCCAAGGCUUCCUGAUUUGUUUAUCACACUUGUGCCAGGAUAGAAGUGAAUUGGGAACCAUGAACCCAGCCCCCAUGUUCAGGCUAUUAAAUUAUCAAUGAAUAGCUUCCUUAGUUGCCAAAAGUGGGCAGUGAUGUAGGACAGAAUUUUUUUCCAAUUACCGUAUUUUUCUCUCUAUAACACUCACAUUUUCUCUCCUAAAAAGUAAGGGGAAAUGUCUGUGCGUGUUAUUGAGCGAAUGUGUGGUCCCUGGAGCCGACUGGCCCGAGUACAGGGGCAAAAAUCAGGCAAAAAUCAGAUCGCGGAGGAGGGAAGGCUAAAGAGAGGAGGUUGCUGCUUUCCUGCAUUUUGUCUCAGGGUCUUACUGCCCACUGUUUUCGCUAGGAGCGCAGCUGACAGCCACCACCACCUCCUCUCCGUGCUCCGCUGCUGCUGCUGCUGCGUCCAGGAUCGCAGGCAGCCGGAAAAUGCAGGUGGGAGAGAGAGAGAAAGAGAGGGGGGGGCUGGCUUAGGUGGGUGGGGGGAAACUUUUGCCUUCCUUUCCUCCCUCCCGUUAAACCCCUCUCCUGCAUUGUUAGCCAGCUGCUUCUCCGCACACCCCUCUCGUGCUCCAUGUCUCUUCUGGGUUUUUCCUUCCCUCCCCACUUAAAACAUGGUUACAAAGCACGGAUCCACAUGGAUCCUCAGGAUCUUUGCAUUGGGUCACCCCAAAUUCACCAUCAGAUCACCUAGCAUGUCCAUGGCUACAGCCUGCACCAAAAAAAUCAUGCACCCACUGUUGCCUGGGGCCACAAUGGUGCAAAAACAGAUCCACAUGGAUUCUCAGGAUUUUUGCAUUGGGCUACCCCAAACUCACCGUCAAAUCACAUGUCUGUGGCCACAGCAUGAAGCACAAAAAUGAUACAUCCACUGUUUCAUUCAGAAUUUUUUUUCUUGUUUUCCUCCUCUAAAAACUAUGUGCGUGUUAUGGUCAGGUGCGUGUUAUCGAGCGAAAAAUACGGUAAUUCCCCCGCAGAAAACAGACGUAAUUAAAGGCAGGAAAGAUGGCUUCUUGAGAACUCUUGCCUGUGGGUAUGAACAAUGCUCACGUUAAAUUUUAGAUUGUUUGGUGAUCUGGUUGUAUAUGUGCCACAUCUUUAUAUUAAUAUAAACAAUGCUUUACUCAAGCCUAAAUGAACAGCAGAAAGGAUGGAGACAUUCUUAGCUGUGUGACUGUGGGAUAAUCUAAAUUAUGUAUAAAGAUGAUGGUUCAUGCAGUGCUGAAGAUAAGUUAUGACUGCUUUGUCACAUAUAUUAGGAGAAAUGGCACUAAAAUUGUGCUUUUCAGAAUGAUUACUCUUAAUAUUGUGUAUAUGUACAAUUGUUUUAUAGCGCAGUUUAAUAAAUGCAAGGGGCAUCUUAAUCAUCUUGAUGAGAAGUGGGGAAAUUGCUUUGAAAUAUGCAUUGAUAUCUGUUCUCUUUUUAGCUUUUAGAUAAUAGCAAUGCUUAGCAUUUAUAUAAUAGUGUAUUCAAAGUCGUUACACACAUUGCCUUUUUGUUUUAGGCAAGAUGCUUGGUUUUGCAUGGGGAACAGGUGAAACGAUGGCUGCUCUUUGUUUGGAACAAUGCUAGUUUUAAAUCAAUGUCUUUCACACGAUUAAUUGCCUUUAAGCAGAAAACACCAACAAAUCGCACACGCUGCUACAUUAUGAAUAAAUCUCUGGGAAUUAUUUUUUUAAUGAGCCUGUGGAGCAAAUGAUGGGUGAUGCUCUGUGGUGACACAGAUAACAAGUGACUGCUUGUUUCUGGCAUGUAGAGAUAAUCAGGCAGUAUGGCAGAUGAUCAUGUUAUAUUUGGCCAGUGUGUUGCACCAGCUGCCACACUGUGUUGGGUGCAGGCCCUUGUGGGAUUAGACCCAAGAUCCUUCAGGUUCAAUGAUGGAAGCCUUGUCCAACUGUCCAACUUAGAACACUUUACUUGCACUGCUCUUUCCCCAACUUCCUCUGCUGGAUCCCCCAUGUUUUUUGGGGCUCCUAGGUCGACAUUUUUAAUAUAUUCUCUUCUAAAACAGGCCAACACCAACUUGGGACAUUGUGUGGAUGUUCCCAACUAUUGUCACAGUGUGCUUCAUCUGGUUUGGCAACUAUUUGCUACCAGAUGGGUAGAAGGUACCGUAUUUUUUGCUCUAUAAGAUGCACCUUUUCCCUCCUAAAAAGUAAGGGGAAAUGUGUGUGCGUCUUAUGGAGCGAAUGCAGGCUGUGCAGCUAUCGCUGAAGCCAGAACAGCAAGACUGAUUGCUGUACAGUGAUCCCUUUCUGUUCUGGCUUCUGGGAUUCAGAUUUUUUUCCCUCUUGUUUUCCUCCUCCAAAAACUAGGUGUGUCUUAUGGUCUGGUGCGUCUUAUAGAGCGAAAAAUACGGUAAUUCAGCAUUUGCAUUCUCUAACCCUUUACUGGCAUAGUGCUUUCAACUUAAGAUACUAGAGUGUCUGACUAGGACCUGUGAAACCAGGGCUUGAGUCCCCACUCAGCCAUGAAAUUCACUGAGUGAGCUUGGGCCAGUUGCUGUCUCUCAGGGUUGUUGUGGGGAUUAAUCGAGGAGGGGGAGAAACAUGUGGUAUUAUUCACACAUACGCUACUGUCAUAGGAAAGAUCGCCAUGUGAAAGCAGCUCCCUUGUGCAUGUGGAGGAAUCUCCUUCUUUGGAUCUUGGGCUGCAGAAACCAACAGUGAAAGAGAGUUUCUAUGACAAGAAGGGUGAAUUGCAAUUCCUGUUUAAUCUGGAUCGUCUGAAAAGGUUCAGGGACAAAGAGUGGAAUUUCUUCCUUUGAAAUGCAUAUAUCCCUUGUAGCUUGAUCCAGUGGUCUGAUACACAAGACAUAAAGUGUAUAGGCCUAGGGGCCAGAGUUAGCAAAAUUCCCAGUAGGUUUUCUGUGAUGCAUCAACACAGAUUACUGCAACUAAGCAUCAUUCAAAGAGCUGUACUUGGCUUUGGAUUUUAGGGCUUCCCACAUGAGGCGGUAUUGUUACCUUGAAUCCUGGCAUCUUUCUUGCUGUUACAGAUUUCGCAUUGCUCUCUUGCACAUAAAACAUAGAAUUGGUUGUGCGUUUUAAUUAUUGCGAUCUCAGGAGCAGUCCCAGAGUUGGGAGCAAACUUCGAUGUUGACCCUGCGAUAGUAUUGCUCCUUGUUUUUCCAACCGCUUCUCAGUAUUCUGGAGGUGGUAUUAUGAGAGGGGGAGGUGGGUUUCAAUUUGCAAUUAAAUUGGGGGGGGGGAGCCUGUUAAUGAGCACCCUGAGCAUUCAAAGGUUUCUUAGCACUUUUAUGACGUGCUUGGCAUGUCGUAGAGAAGGGUGACUCACUACCCUGUUUUAUUUAUUUUUAAUCACUCAUGUAGUGUUGCCCAUAUGAAAUGCUGUGGUUUGCAAGAAAGAUGGAAGUCUGAUUUUUCUAAGGCUGGGGAGUUGUGAACGCUGUACGUUAUCUGCUGGAAUAACUGAAGGAUUGAACGUUUGCACUUGGCAGCUGCUGAGGUAUACUGCUAAUCCCCACCUCAUUGUUCCUCACCUUUUCUGAAAGGUGCUGAUAAGAGUUCAGGUUUCACUCCUCUCAAAAUUACUGCUUAGUGACCAUGGUCCCAUUCUUGCGGUGUGCAUCACAUUGUUUUACUGGGUUCUGUUACAAGGUGGCGACAUUCUUUGAAUUAUGUCCCAAUCCGCACCACAAGAACUGAACUGAAAAGAACCUGUGUUGUCUCCUCCUAGUUACCAGCAGCCUACACAUUUGCAUCAUUUUCCAGGAAGGUAGGAGAAAGAAAAAUACAGGGAGUUUUAUAUUGUUGUAUUCACUAUGAACUGCGCAUUCUAUUUUUAGAAGGUGGUGCAUUCCAUUUUUAACUAUAUAUUUUUACUUAAAAACAGUUAUAAAAUGCUUAAUAUAUAUAUUUUAAAAUCUCUUAAGCAAUGUACAAAACAGAAACAAACAAUGCCAUUAAAACAAAGAAUGGAACCUAAAACCAAUAGAUGCACAGACCCAGGUUUUCUCUCCCCCCACCCCUGGAAAUAAAAAAAAUAUAUAUUCCUCCUUCUGUGCUGAUAGGCAGUGUAUGUUUGUCAUGGAGAAAUGGAAGACCAGCCACACAGCCAAUCUUUUCGUCUUCCUAUACUUCAGUAAUUGUGACAAUUUCCAGGUAAUUUUUGUUAUACUUCAAAAUUCUGCAGUCACUCUGCUUCUGCUAGAUUGUGGAUAUCACAGUAUUUGUAGAUAUCACAGGGUUUUCCAUCACUUUCUGCAAAUGAUUCUGCCAUUUAUUUGAUUGUGAUGUUAUGAAGGGUUAACACAUCUAAAUUAAGCAAUGAGCAGUCUCUUCUUUUUUGAAUGAAUUGUGCUGCUAAUUCUCAGCAUCUGGCAAUUCAUGAUCCUACUUUUCAUUAGUGUGAAUCAGUGAGGUCCUGAUGGAUACUGUAUUUUCGUCAAGGAACAAUUUUACUGGACUAGACGAGAUUUUGCAAAAAUAAUAGUUAUUGGGUUUGAUGAAAACCUGCGUGAACUUGGGGAGGAGGAAGAGAUAUAUAGUUUCCAUAGCAACUACUGGUGCUUAAAGGAAAGGGGGGGAAAACCUGAGUAAAAGGUCCGAAAGGAGGAAAAAUAUGAUUAUGGAACCCAUAUGAACAAAAUGUUUUAAGUGCAACAGAUCAGAAUGAACCUGCGAGCACUAUCAACAUGAUUUUUGUUAUUUUAUUUCUCAUACAUAUUUUAUGCGGUUGUAAAAACCAUUCUGUGAAUUAACACAAGGCUUCUGGAGCAAUUGUCAAGAGGUUGGGGGCGGGGAGCAUGCUGAAGAUAUUUAUGUGAAGGAGAAAUGAGCUGAACAUUAAUGAAAUCCAGUUUUCCAGUACCUUUCCUUGAAUGGCUAACCAAAUGAUGCAGAUGUCUAAAGUGUGUCUCCUCUAAGUGGGCAGGGAAAACUGUGCAAUCCAUCGCCACUGGGUUGGUUUUAAAUAGUGACUGCCACAUCUUUCUCCUUGGUUUGAUCCAGAAAUGAACACACACACCCCCCCCCGGCCUCCUUGGGAAACAAAUCUGGCUCAUUUUCUGGACCUGAACCAAGAUGCUUGGGGAAAAGCCUCUUCCCGCCAGCCACUUGCCCCUGAAAGCAUCCUCUGCUGAUCACCCUCCCCUUACAAGCAAGCGUAGAUGGCAGUGAUAGGAAUCAGGAUGGAGGAAGCUUUCCCUGUUCCUUCCCCUUCCAUCAUCCUGAGGGGGAAGUAAAGAGUGGGAGCUUUUGGAACUUGUAACUUCUUCAUAGACCACUUGCAUGUUUCUUUCCAGCUUCUACUUCAUUACCACUUUACAGGCCUCAUGAUCUGGAGAUAAAAGUUGCCCUUGUCACUGUUCUGCCCUUCCUCUGCGAUAACUGGGGAAAUUAUUAAAAAACAUAUUUUCACGUUGAAUUUUUGUAGUAUAGCCUGUUCCCUCAGGGCUGCUUCUGGGCCCAGUUCAGAGUGUUUCUUCAUGGCUUGGGGCCACAGUAUUUGUAGCAGUGUCUCUUUCCAUGUGUACCUGCCCAUUUACCUUUUACCUUUACCUUACCUGCCCAUAAGGGACGCGGGUGGCGCUGUGGGUUAAACCACAGAGCCUAGGACUUGCCGAUCAGAAGGUCGGCGGUUCGAAUCCCUGUGAUGGGGUGAGCUCCUGUUGCUCGGUCCUUGCUCCUGCCAACCUAGCAGUUCAAAAGCACAUCAAAGUGCAAGUAGAUAAAUAGGUACCGCUCCGUCGGGAAGGUAAAUAGUGUUUCCGUGCGCUGCUCUGGUUCGCCAGAAGCGGCUUAGUCAUGCUGGCCACGUGACCCAGAAGCUGUACGCCGGCUCCCUCAGCCAAUAAAGCGAGAUGAGCGCCGCAACCCCAGAGUCGGUCACUACUGGACCUAAUGGUCAGGGGUACCUUUACCUUUAAAACCCUUUUAUUCUCUCCAGCUUUUAAAAUAUGCAGCUUUUAAUUCCUGGUUUCUGCUUGUUUUACGUGCUUGUUGCAGUCUCUGCCAUUUUUAAGCUUUUACUUUGCUACUUGUUUAAUGGCUUUUUACCUCUCAUGUUACUGCUUUAGCGCUUCUUUUCUAUUUCUGUUUUUUUAUUAUUAAAAAAAUCGCUUUUAUCUGACAUCAAGGGAAUGGCAGCUAUUAGGUGUCUAGUAAGCAUAGUUAGUAACUAUACAAACAGCACUCACCCCCAUAAAACCUGGGCUUGUAGGAAGGUCAGGGGUGGCUGUGAGCUCCAAGCAUCCUGAGCACUCUUAUUGUCAUUGCAUAUAGAAUUUAACACACAGCACUGCAUCAGGUUUAUUUGGCUCAUGUGUCUGUGUGUGUUCCCUGACCCUGUGACCCAUGUUCACGUAAAUGCACUGUCUCAAGAGCACAAGGACAUCAUGAGACAUAAUGAAAAAUGACAAGAGAAUAAGUCUGGACCAGAGCUUUCCAAACUGUGUGUCGCGACACGUUAGUGUGUAGGUGUGUUGCGCGAACUCUCCCCGUGCUGGAAAGGGGUUAGUUUAACCUACGGUUUGCUAGUAAAACUGAAUUACUGUGUUGCAAAAUGCUGCAGGUCUAAAAAGUAUGUCACCAACAUGAAAAGUUUGGAAAGCUACAAAUUAAUAAAAAGACCCUAUCUAGGAUGUAUGACCUACUUUUCGAAUGGGAACUCAAGGAUGAGAUGGUAAAGGGUGUUAUGAUAAAGUGGGCGCAGGACCUCAGACAUAACAUAAUGUUAAAACAAUGGGAACAGCUGUGGAAAAUUGACAUCAAAUUCACAGCAUGUUACAUAAUAAGGGAGAACUUAAUGAAAAUGAUCUACCGCUGGUAUCUAACCCCUGAGAAAUUGGCAAAAAAUUAUAAGCAAAAAACCAAUGCAUGGUGGAGAUGCAACAGCGAAACAGGAAUAAUGUAUCAUAUGUGGUGGGGGUAUAGUGUGAUGAAAACCUUUUGGAAUAAAGUUCAUGAAGUGAUAAUAAAGAUUUUUUAAAAAUCAUUCAACAAGAAACCAGAAGCGUAUCUUCUGAGAUUAAUAACAAAUGACAUCCCCAUAAAUAAGAAAAGGAUAUUCUUAUACGCAUCCGCUGCCCCAAGAGUUCUUAUAGCAAAGAAUUGGAAAGGAGACAAAAUACCCACAAUAAUAGAUUGGCAAAUCAAACUUAUUGAAUUUGUUGAAUUGGCCAAAAUGACGGCAGCUGUCAGAGGUCAAACAAAUCAAAAUUUAAUAAAAGAAUGGAGUUAAGUGAAUGAAUAUACGAAAAAACACUGCUCCGGUACCGAAAUAUUGAUAUGUAAACAACAAAGUUUGUAAGGGGGAAAGGUUACAAAUGCAAGUAAAAUCAGAGUAUUUGUCAAAUACAAUAUAACAACACAACUGUAAAAAUAAGUUAUAGAAUUAAGGUCAAGCAACGAUGGAAGGAAGUCAGAUUUUAACUCACAUUUUGAGUUAUGUUGAACCAAUGGUGGUGGGUGAGGUGGGGGGAUGCUUUGUGUUACUAACAUGUACAUAUGUGUAAACCUUUCUUUAUUUCUGUUAUUUUGUAGAGAUAAAAACUUCAAUAAAAAUUAAUUAGAAAAGAAAAGUUUGGAAAGCUCCGGUCUAGGCACUGUCUUAAACCUAAUGAAAUGUGAAGUAAGAUAAUAGAAUCAUGGAAAUGGAAAAUUGGAAGGGAUCAUGAGGGUCAUCUAGCCCACCCCAUGCAGUGCAAACCCACAACCCUGAGAUUAAGAGCUACAUGCUCUACUGACUGAUCCAAGAUUGUGGAUCAGGACCUGAGCCAUUCUCUCCCCACCUUUCCUUUUAAUAUAAAGGAGAUAGAGACAAAUCCUUGGUUCCUUUUUAGUUUGUUGCUUAUAAGGGGUGUUCAGUCAACAAAUGUGUUACAGCCUUUAGCAGUCUGUUUCUGUGUAAUGCAGAGGUACUGACUAUCUGUUGAUGCGUGUGGUUGAGCAUAUGGGCAGUGGUGCAGGCUCUGUUCAUUCGAAGGACCUCCUUUAUCCUGAAUUAUUUAUGUGAAUCUUCUGCACAAAGGCUUCAAAUUGUCCUCUAAUUUAUUCAUUGCACAGGUUUAAGAAGCAUUAGUGCCGAAUCUAUUUAGAAAAUACACCUGCACAGCUUGCUUUCUGCACUCAAGCGUAGGAGAACAUGCAGGAUGUGCUUUGCCUUUUGAACCAUUUGCGUACUUCCUGAAUGCAAACUGAGCUUGUUGCCGUAAUGUCUGCUUCCAUGAUCUUCUAUGCAUCUAAAAUACUGGAAAAUUGUCAAGCACUUUCGGAAGUGUGGGGUGGUAGAGAGAAUUAAAAGUUGAAUGAGAACUCAGUGCUUUUUCUCGAAAGUAAAGUCUUAGUUCUGUGUACUUUUUUCUAGGAUUUAGCACCAAAUACUGUUGGGUUUUUUUUUAAUGGAUAAAAGAAUGAAAUGGAAUUAUCACCAUGCUUGACUGCUGCAAGGAGUGAUUGGUAAAAUUUGAAAAGAGUUCAGAAUUGCGUUGACGUGGUUGUUGUCUAGUUGACAGCAGCUGACCAUUUUCUUACAUCCUUGAAGGUGUAGGUCCAUCAGAAUGUGACUCUCAAUAUCUGGUCUACAUAGCUUAUAAAUGAGCAUCUGAUCCAUUUGUUAAAUAGGUUAUAGAGGAGUCAAGAGCAAAUAUAUGUGGUUCUGGCACAUGACCCUUUGGGCUUAAAAAUUAGUUUCAUUUUCUCAUUAGAUGUAGGGAUAGGACUGUUUGCAGCAAAAUGGUCACAAAUGGAAAUCCCCUUCCUCCUCAAACAAAAGACAGCAGAAAUGAGUUGGGCGUGACUCACCUUAGCCCAGCCUCCUCCUUGCUGUUCCUUGGACUCAUCCAACCCUCUUUUAGCCUUAGAAUGUUGUACUAUUUUAUUGUUGUUAGCCGCCCUGAGCCCGGCUUUGGCUGGGGAGGGCGGGAUAUAAAUAAAAUUUAUUAUUAUUAUUAUUAUUAUUAUUAUUAUUAUUACCUUGCAGAAAGGCAAAACAGCAGCAGACAGCUGAAGGCUCUGUUGCACACAGCAAAGUCCCAAGGCCCCCUCUGCUGAUUUGAAAAGACUUAAAUUUGGCUUGUAAGACUCCUCAUGUGUUCUUGUUAGCCAUCUGCUUGCCUGUCACUUCUUUUUCCAAGGUGAGGUUUAUUUCAUUUGUGGAAGAGAAAUUAGGUAGCAAGUGACAGAGGGUGGUCCAUCAGUUGUGUCCCAUGGACAUUACUUGGGGAUAGGUGGGAGCAUUCACACAAUAAAUGCUGGGCAUAUUUGAUUAUUUCCUUUAUCGGUGUUCCAUUUCCCCUCCACCCUCAGCCCCAACACUAAUUGGAUUGCUGAAGUUAAAUGGCGACCGUGUAUUGAGAAUAACUACCACCUUUGUGGAUCACCCUGAUCACAUGGACAGUUUCCCUAGCAUUCCAUGCCUGGAAUGUGGUGUAGAUGCUCUUGAUCCAGUGUUAUUUGUUGGUUACAGUGAUUGCUAUCACAUCUGUCAGAAUACAGUUGGUUCCAAAGCAGUUUACAAGUAAAUACCAAUGAAAACAAAAUCAGAGUAAGAUAUCAAGACCCAGGGUAUCAGUAUCAUUCUCGGGGGACAGUUGGUGGUAGAUUUUGCCAUGUGGGGAAAUCCAUCUGAAGUGGUCUUCUUCUGCCUUCUGCUUUCUUCUGAGUCCUUCCCACAGGGCAAUUAUUUAUUAAUCUAUGAACCUCCUAUCCCACCCUUCUUCUCAAAGGUGCACAGGGCCGCAAAAUAACACAAUUAGAAUAAAAUCAUAAAAAUAUUUAAGAACAUUUUGCAUAUCCUCAAAGCUAAUAAUGUGCUGGUUGCCAGGAACAGCAUCGUUUGGGUAUUGGUUAGGGUGUUGGUCAAGGACCUGGGAGACCAGGAUUGAAACCUAUGAAACUUAAUAGGUAAGUUUGGAUCAGCCAUUACCUCCUCACCUAACCUACCUCAUGGGCUGGUUGUGAGAAUCAAAUGGGGAGGGAGGAAACCAUGUGUAAUACCUUGAUCUCCUUGGAGGAGAGGUGGGAUAUAACCAUAAAUAAUAAAAAUAAAAUUCCAUAAGUGAACAGAAAUGCUUUUCAAUCCCUCCAGAAUAUUAAUAACAAGGAAGACAGAGAUGCCUCUCUGAGAAGAGCUUGUCAUAGUAAAAACUGAGUAGUAUCCCGCAAUAGCAACACCAACAGGUCCUCACUUGCUGAUUGCAGGGCCCAAGUUGGUUGAUACUGCUGGUAGAAGACCCUGUGAGGCACCCUACAUCUUGUACUCACUUCUGUCUUGUUGGCUUUUCAAAAUCCCAGUUGCCAUUAUCUUUUUGCAACUUCAGACUUUCAAGGGGAGAGGAAAGCUUCACCAAAUUUGACAUAACCAUGGUAUGUGACACUAGUUAAAAUAUUCUUAAAUUUUUGUAGCGAUUUUACUUGCUUUAUAUUAUGAUGUGUGUAGCCUUUUCAACAAAUGUAUUAAAAAGUUGCUGCUUUAAUUAAAAUCAGUUUGCUUCUGUUGAAUUGAGGUAGAAUUUCAUUGGAUUUUAUAUAUCAGGCCUUUAAUUAAUUUGUGAACUGCAUAUGCAGCAUUUUCAACUUGUUUUGAUUCUUUGUUUAAAGUAAUGGUUUCAGUAUUCAAGCCGCUUACCUUUUCUAGCUUCAUAUCUUCAUGUAAAAUUGGAAUUAUUUCCUAAGGCUUGUUAUACUUCUUUCAAUGACAUUAUUUCUCAGACUAGCAAUAAGCAGUCAUUUUAUUUGCUGGUGUUAUUACUAUUAUUAUAGACAAUACAAGGCAAUUCAUAUUGCCAUCCUUUAUUGAGAGUUGAAAUAUUUCAAAAACCCUUCAGGUCACCAGCAUAAGCGCAUCAAAAUUCAUUUGUUUUCCAGUUUCAAUCAGCAUCCACCAGAUGGUGCAAGCAAUAUUCACGUCUUUCUAUUUCUUGUUUCUUUUUUGAGAGCCUUUCCCUCAAACCUUCUAUCACACCACAUUUUUCUUCUGAAUUUUGCACCUACUGAAAUUUAAGGGCUACAACUUAAAAAUAUUGUUUUAGAACCAAAGGCCUACUCAUGGGAAAAGCAUCCUCUGUAGUAAUUCUGGUCCUUAAGGCCUGUUUUUUCACCAGCUUGAGCUAAGUCAUGCACCCAGUAGAACUCUGUGUCAUUUGCAAUGGUAGGAGCACAGCCAAGGAGACAGGAACUUUAGUUUAUGUCAGUGCCUGAUGAUCGUGUCGCUUCCUGGAUCUUCAUAUUCUUUCAGAGUUAUCAAGGUUUGGCAUCCUAUCUGUAAAAUCAGACUUCUCACGAAUUCUUGUUGUGUUAUUUAUAAAAGUAACUAACUAACUGACUUGCAUCAUAGACCCUUUUCAUUUUGAGAUUCAUUUAUUGUUCCUCUACGGUACAGUAAAUCCCAAAACCAUUCUGGGCUAUUGUGACAGGGUUCGACAAGUCCACCUGCAAUGUUGUCAACAGCAAAUAGAUGUUUAAUCCUAGCAACCAGCAAGGAAAGGUGGCUACAGUUUUUUGUGGGUUCUCUACCAACUGGGUGUCAGUGGGCCCCUUGGCCCAAUUCCUUUGGUCCUUCUUUCAGAAGGGGGACAUGGAAGUUUAUAAAAUCAUGGCAUUUUAUGUGUAUCUAGUUUCACUUUAGUUUAGUUUCUAGUUCUGCUAGAUUAGACCAAAGGUCCAAGUAGUCCAGCAUUUGUUCCCACAGCAACUAACCAGAUAACUAUGGGAAGCCCACAAACAACACAUCAGUGCAACAGCAUUCUCCCCAUUUGUGAUUCCCAACUGCUGGUAUACAGAAGGAUGCUGUCUUGGAUUGUUGAGUGGCUAAUGUGUUCUAGCUCUGAGCAACUGAUGAUGCUACUACCCUCGCUUCUUCCACAGGAGAUGCCUAGGAUAAGCUGUUGGCCUGCUGUGUGCUAACAGCCACAGCUCAGAACGGUCCCUAAGCAAUGGAGCCACAAUGAACCAGCAGUGGCUAUUCUGAGUCUCCAGGUUACAGCCAGCUCCCCUAGCUUGCUGGCGUUUGUUGUCUGCCCUGGCUGCCCCUUGGGAAUACUGAAUUUCUAAAAAUUACCUACACACACACACACACACACGCCAAACUACUCUUUCAAAAUUAUUCCUGUAUACAUCUGAUGCUGGGAAUCAGCAUCAUUGUUUGGGGGUGGAAUGGAGGGAUUGCUGCAAACACAGGCAACACACCAUUUUGUAAAAGAAACAAUCACUUUCCCAAAUCCUCAACUGGUAGCGGAUGUAGCAGGGACACAUUUUGCUUAUGUAGAGGAGGUAACAAGAAAGCCAAACAUCACCUAGCAAAAUAGCCGCUGUCCCGAGCCAAAAUGUGUAGAUCCUGCCUUAGAAUAAACUUUGAUAGUGACAGCUGUCUGUUGAGUGGGUAGGGGCAUAUGAAUCUGGUAUGCAUAGGAGUAUUUGUGCACCACUGUCCGUAUCUGAGAUAGGAUAUUUGUCUGCUGUUUCAUGGACGUUGUACUGCUUCCUUAAUAGCUAUUGAUAGUAAUAUUCUGCAAUUAUAAGAUGACAGCUUCCAACAAAAAUGAGUUUUUAAACUAGGGAUUAGACAGAUGUUGCCCUAGUCCCAUAGGUCCUAGUCUGACAUUAACUACUUCACUACGCAGGCUCCAGUUGUUCCAUUAUUUGUGAAUCAUGCUGUAUGCAGUCAAGAGACUUACACAUUUUAUGUGAUUAAGAAUAGCACAGAAAAUUUGAUUGUUGCUGGGGCCUCUGUAUGUCAUUUGUGACAUUUCCGUCUCUCUUACACAAUAUAUAUAUGUUGGGUAGGUGUGGGUGUAAGAAAUAAUGUGCAUUAUGGUCUUAGAAUGCUGUGUGUGUUGCCUGACAUUCCAGGCUUUUAAAACUGUUUUUGUUUGUUGCCACUAGAAGCCAUUCAUGUGCAAUGUUGUAAUUCAGGUCUGCUAAUAUACUGCUCUGUGGGUUGUAACCACAUUAGUAAGAGAGCAUGAUUUCAUUUAAUGGCAGGAGCUGCUGUCAGAAAAAGAUAAAUGUUAAGUUUAAUACUAAUUGUACAGGAGGAAAAAGCAGUAACAGUUAAGGGUUCAUGCCAUUAAAUAUAUUUUCAAGCCCAUAGUUCUCAUUUGGGAUGAAAUGUUCUGUACUUCACCCCACUUGGAAUUUAUCUGCACAAGGACAUAAACAGUCAAGCUGUUUUCUGAGUGAGAGGACAAUAGGAGAAAAUAGAUUCUUUCCUAGGGUUUUUUUUUGGGGGGGUGUGAGUGUUCAUUUCUCUGAAUAGGCUUCUACCUGAAGACUGAAGUUUGAAUGUAUAUAAUUUGGUCUGAUCACUAUAUUUAAGUAGAGUGUGUGGCUUUGUUCUGGAAGCAACUACUUUUGAUUUUGCUGAGUCUGAAUGUUUGGAAAUUGCAUACUGUGGUUUUAUGGGUAGGUGUUCUUUAGCUUACUAAAUGCUGUUUGUGCCUUUUAAAAAGUCAUUUCCUCUCCAGUGUAUUGAAGAUGCGCAUCUCAGAAAGGAAAGCACUUAAGCACAAAGACCACACAAAUGAGUUUUAUAAACUUUUAAUCCAUGUACUGAAUUGCACACUAGCACAGUAUUUCAUCUGCUUUGUUUUAAUGUUCUAUUUAUUGAUUUAUUUAUAGUACUACAUAGUAUUCACCAUCCACACACACUAGAAAUCUUAAUAUGCAUUCAACAUUUCUUGACUUGGACAGCAAAAGGAGAUGGAGUUCUAAACUCCAAUGGGUUUACUUCUUACCACUUUGGUAUUGUGUUGUAAAACCUGUGUUUCAGAAGAGGUGUGUGAAUGCAAGGUUGAAUAUGCUAGUUUUCAUCCCUCAGAGCUGGCCCAGUAGUAUCCUUUUAGAGAUAUUACUGAGCAUCUUUGACAUUCACUGAACUGAACCUUGAUCAGGCCAUUGUAGGGUGUCUUAAGGACCAGUUUUGGUAGAAGGCCAAAAUUCGCUUAUACCACACUGAUUGUUUUUUUUUAUUGAUAAGAAAUACACCAGAAAACAAAAAGAAGCAACUCCUGGCAGUGUUCGAUUUAUAACACAGAAUACAAAACAAUGCAGCUACAUAAGAACAGGAAUCAUUCCCAAAAUAUAAGUGAGACUCUUACCUUAAGCAUGUAUGCAAACUCAGUCAGUGAGAGUUGUGAGCUUGCUUUUGCUGGGUAAUCUCAUUUAUAUACGGUCUAAUUUGAGACAAACCAACUCUCAUCUCAUCAACACAAAGAAUUCUCUCUUUUCUGAUCCUUCGUAUUUGUCAGAGUUGAAAUCCCUGUUCACAACAACAUAUCGUGGAGAACUGUAGAUGAAUAGCCAGUGCUCUUGAAGAGAGGCAUGGAAACUGUUUCUGGUUGUGUAUCCAAAAAGAGUCCAGUAGCAUACUCCUGUGUUUCAUUGUUAAGGUUCAAUCACUUGAAAUGAAGGCCAUUUCAUUUUGAAAAUGUAUCUAUCCAUAUUCUGCAAAUAAAUAAAAAAUGUUGAUACUAUACAAUAUUGUACUGUACUAUACAGAAAUGUUUAAACAUUUCUUUGAUUGUCCUUGAAUCUUCCGUCCGCGCCUGGCACCCUCACCUUCCACACCAGUGUGGUGUGCCACAUCCUUUGAGAACCACUGCUAUAGCCACAGCAACAUUUUGUGUCUUGAAUGAGUGGGGGGACAGAUGGGCUUGGCUGGUUCUACCCUCUGUCAGUGUGCAGUAGUUCCAGUGCCUUGAGAUUCAUGUUACAUCAUCAUCUUUAGGUGGUGGUCUCUGGGACCAUAAAGAGCCCAGUUUUCUUCACCCCACCUCCGGAAGUACUACUAUUUCAUGUGCAAGAGUUUUAUGCUGUGGUAUGAAGGCAGACUAAUAGAGAAGAAAAUGAAGACUGCACGAAGGCCAGCUCUCAUCACUUCUCCAAUACUUACAUACUUAAACUAGUACAGUGCUAUUGGUGAUAUGCUUUUCCCAGUGAUGUCCCCAGUGCAAGGAGUAGUGCAAAGAGUUUUUGCACAUAUAAGCUUAAUAAGCAAAAUUUAUUCUGAUGUUCCUGGUUUUUUUGAACCCUUAGAUCUUUUCCUUUCAUGCAUUUGUAAUGGAAGGAAAUCGUUCCCCUCUAGUGCACGGUAUAUACCAUUUUGGUAAAGCAUUGCAGUAUUUCUAGGGAAUGCGCUUUGGGCUGAUUUGGAUCUGUUUAAUGCUGAAACUUUCUAACCAGUUUAGAGUUAAGUACUCUUAUCUCUUCAUUCUCAAAUGAAUCUAACUAACUGUGACUUUCUUGUGUAGUAGGGGAAAAAUAAGUUGACACUAGUAUUUGGGAUUUUAUGAAGGAGCAAGUUCAUUUACAUUCUGAAAGGAAGGGAGGUGGGGGGAAUUGAAGUGAUAGAAUCGAUAGUACCAAUAGAAUCUCAUUGGAAGGAUUUCACAGCUAGAUUAUAUUGUAUUCCAGGUUUUAAAUUUGGUCUCCCCUGCCUGCGGAAUAAUAAGUGCCAUGAAAAUGUUCCACUAUUGCAGUUCACAUUUUGGCACCUGCAGUUACAUAACUAAGAUCCUUGAGGAAGGCACAAUCAAGGCUCCGAUCUUCAGCAUCCCACAUUAGUGAAUCAAUGAGCAAUGUACUUUUCAGUGAGGAAGAUUGUGCAGGCUAGUCCUCUGCACUGAGUUCAUCUCAAGUGAGUGCGGCUAGGAUCCCCUUACUGAAUAAUUUGAGCAAUCCUUUAUGCCAGGAUACUUAAUCUGGCAAAUUGUUGGUUUAAUGGGCAUCAUACCCUAUAUACUUCCAACACAGGACUUGAAAUGUACUGUGACAGGGGGAGCAGAAUAGCACCACCAGCCACACCACCAAUAUCAGUGACAGCACUGCUUUCCCCUAGUGUUCAUAGGUUGCAGUGGUGUUAACACCCUCAUGUCAGUCACUCAGCCAGGAAAUGAGUCAAUGCACUCACAGUGGUGAGAACAGGCCCUUGCCCCAACCCAUGUAAAUGGCGUUUCCAUGCACUCUGGCACUCGUCACAGUGUCCUGUUGCGCCAGAGCAGUUUAGUCAUGCUGGCCACAUGACCUGGAAAGAUGUUUGCAGACAAACACCGGCUUCCUCGACCUGAAGCAAGAUGAGUGCCGCACCCGACAGUCUCCUUUGACUGGUCUUAACCGUCCAGGAGUCCUUUACUUUUUUACCUUUACAACACAACCUAGCCGGCAUGACAGCGGCAUGAGAUUUCCCCCCUGUGCGUGUGUGUUUUUUAAAAUUAAAUUUGUAUACUGCCCUUCAUCCAAGGAUCACAGAACGGUUCACAAUAUAAAUAUACAAAAUGAGAUCACAAAAUACACACUAAAACAAAAACAAAACAAACCAGUAACACCUCUCCCACAAACACAUUUAAAAGGGCAUAGAACGUUAAUAAGCCAAAGGCCUGGUUAUAGAGAAACGUUUUCACCUGGCGCCUAAAUAUAUGUAAUGAAGGCACUAGGCAAGCCUCCCUAGGGAGAGCAUUCCACAAAUCGGGAGCCACCACAAAAAGGCCUGUUAUUGUGUUGCCACCCUCCGCAUAUUUCGUGGAGGAGGCACAUGAAGAAGGGCCUCUGAUGAUGGUCGUAGGGUCCAUGUCAGUUCUAAGUGUCUGUAGCGCAGGCAGCAGUAACCAAAACACUUGGAUUCCAGGAAAGUUGUACACACUGUGGCUUAACUCCCCCUAUAAAGCGCACGCACACAUAUAUACACACUGCUAUUUGAGCACACAACAUGGAAGGAAGAAAGUUACUUUCUGUGUCUUGGAGACAGGUUGUUGUGCAAAGUGCCCCUUUCCCUUAGCUUCUGUCACCAGAGUUCUCCUUUGUGUGCUUCCUAAAUGUACAUGACCUCCAGCCAGGCAGAGAUAGUAGCUCUAGGCCGUGUACCCUAUCAGUGGAGGAAUUUUCUGUGCGUGUUGGAAUGUAGUGAAUUGGGUGCAGAGUUACUUCAGCAUUAUCAGUAGGUAUGUGGGCAGGGCUGGUACAGGAGAGUAGGAGAGUAUUGUACACUAUUGUAUUUAUUGUGUGUAUGCAUAUGUUCUCUCUCCAUUGAAUCCUUUGUGAUUUUUUAAAAAUUGGCUUUGUCUGAAGCAGCUGAACAGAGUCUGAAGCAGCGUAGGAUUUGGUGUAAGUGUGCUCCUUUCUAUCAUUCCUUCACCCCACCCAUGUUUCCACUUUGUUUAGGGAAGCUUUUAAUGUUUUAAUGUUUAAUAGACUAUUGUAUUUUAAUAUUCUGUUGGAAGCCGCCCAGAGUAGCUGGGGAAACCCAGCCAGAUGGGCGGGGUAUAAAUAAUAAAUUAUUAUUAUAAUAUUAUUAUUUGUUUUUGACCUUAUAUUGACAGAGGUGCACCAGGGAGUAGUAUGCUGGCAUAGCAAUGCAUCAAUAUAUACUCACAGCAGCGCUAAUAAUACCCACCAUAUUGUUGUUGUUUUUCAAGUAUAGUCUUGCACUCUUAAACUUUAAAAAUAAACAAAUAAGCAAGCCUCAAACCAAGAUGGGAACAUCUUAUAAGCCGUUCCAAUUCCAACAGCAAAUUCUGAUUUAUUAAAGUACCAUUCGGUUUUAUUACUGAUUAUACUGGUUUUCUUAUGUGGCCUUUGAUAAUCCAGAUUACUUCUAUAAUUUUGCAGAGCCUUUUGUUUGAUUUUAUUUUUAAAAACACUCUGAGAAGUGGAAAGUGCAGGUGAAUUUAUUAUUUACUGAUGGAAAAUAGUGUUCUGUGGCUUUCUGUCCUAUCUUGGGAGCUUGAGCUGGUUAAGGAUAAAUGGAUUGGCAGAAAUUAAUCGCUUGUAGUUCUCCAGAUAGGAAAUUACUAGUGGAUUAGAAAAUGGGAAAUGUAUGCUCUGUCAGAUUACUCAGGAAAUACUUCCAAAGGUCCAUUUUUAUUGAGAUUACCAAAUCACAGAUUAGAGAGUUCAGGAGUGGAAAAAAGAAAAAGUGAACUCACUUUUAGUAAUGCUUAUGAAAAUCCUGACAGAGUAUUUUGUGAGUUAGGUUUCUGAGAAACAGUAGUCUUUGCAUGCAUUUUAAGAAACUAGGACAAAACUGGUGUUCAAAAAAUCCUUUCAAAUGAUCUUAAAUGGAAAAUCUCUAAUGAAGUCUCUGCCCCUUGUGCGUUCCAUUGUGAGCCAUGUCACCUGAUCAGAACUGGUUCUUUCAAGGUGCAUGGUUAGGAUUCUCUUUUAAUGAUAUGCUUUUUUAAAAAGCAAAUUCAUUGCUUUUACCUUCACUGGUCUUAUUCUGAAAGGGAAAGGGAUGCUAUGGGAGAAGCUUUACCUAUCAUUCCAAUGUUCCAGGAUGAGGUUUGCCUCUGCAAUGCCUUCUUAAAGAAACAGAAGUCUUGCUCCCUUCGGAGCAUGGUCAUCUUAAUUCUGCAUGUAAACAUGAAAAUGCCCCAAUUGAUAGGUGGAUGGCUAUUUAUUUGUUUCUUUUGUGAAGUUACAUGUCCCCCUCCAACAAAAAAGGAGGUAAAUGGAGUAAAAACAGCAAUAAUACUAAGAAAAACUAUAAAAAAGCCAUAAAAAAUGGAAAAGCAGCAAUAAAAUUUUUGAAGAGCCAAUAAUAAAUGAGAGGAAAAAUACUAUGCAGCAGCUAAACUUGAAAUUUUGCCAUAAUUUUUUUUGUUAAGGUAUAUGUGGAUUGUUAGUAAUUUGGGGAGGGGAGAGCAACUAAACCUCCCAGGGCAGUGAAUUUCCCACCUGGGUGCUACACCAGAGAAGGUCCUGUCCUGUAUCCUUACCAACUGAACAUCAGAAUGUAAAGGAACACACCGGAGGACCUCCUUAGUUAUUCUUGGAAAUUCAUUAUAACCUUAAGUUAUUUUUAAAAAACUGGAUUUCUCUUCCACUUAAUACGUUUUUGCCUACAAGAAUAUAUAGCAGUUUUUGCUACCUAUUUGGAUUGAAGUAAUUUUAAAGAUCAGGUGUGAUGAGGCCUAAAGUGUUGUGAAGAAGGGUCAUUGCAGAUCAUCCUACAAGCAGAGUUUGGUAUGCUUAGCUGUAUUUAUGGAUUGUGAAAAACUUACAUAUUAUCGUAACAACCAUAUCUCUUGCCUUUGUCUUUGAAUAUGCACUAAUUGUUUGCCCAUUAAAGACAUGACUUUCAGGCUCCACUGUAACGAUUUGCAAAAGAUUCACAUUAGCAUUCUGCUAGAUAGUCAUUCAAGGUCACCUAAGGUAAGCUACCAGCUGUCCAUUUUGUCACUGCAUAGUGCAGGAAAGUAGCUCAAAUUAUUCUCCCUCAUAGGUGCAGCAGAAUUCUAAUAUGGAAAUCUGAACUAACUUGGAGUAAAUUACAUUUUCUACAGUGUGAUUCUUUUUAACAACUGAUUUAUCACAGUUGACCUUUUCUUAUUGGAUAAUACUGAGGUUUUCAAACACACAUUUUAUGAUCAAAUGUUUCUAUUUGUUUCAUCAUGAAUAAUGCAGACGAACAGAUCAUAGGAGACUUUAAACACAUCUUAGAAGUAGAAUACACUGGUAAGCAUCUGAUUCUCUCUUUGGCUGUGGUGAGCUGUCGUGCUGAACCUUGGGCUUCUCUGCACUACCUUCCACCGCAAGGAAGAGUUCCAACACUUUGGUUUUCACUUUUAGUUAACCACGGUUCAUUGUGUCAUCUAAACCCGGAACUAUGGUUUAACAUUAACUAGGGUUAGUUGAAACCAGACAGCUUCAGCAACCAUGGGUUGAAGUUAGUUUUUAAUUAACUAUAAUAAAUGUCAACUACAGUUUGUCAGUUUGGAUAACAUGGUAAGCAGCAGUUAACCAAAUGCAGCAGUGAAAGCUUCCAUGAGAAAAGGGAAGGAGGGAAAUACUUGACUCAGAGACUCCCUACAGCUUGUUCUCAUUGUACCUAGCUAGUGCAGUGGUACCUCUGGAUGUGAACGGGAUCCAUUCCGGAGCCCCGUUCGCAUCCCGAACAGAACGUAAGAUGCGACAGCACGUCUGCGCUUGCACGGGUUGCGUUUCGCCACUUCCGCGCAUGCACUUGACGUCAUUUUGACCAUCUGCGCGAGCGGCGAAACCUGGAAGUAACACACUCCAUUACUUCCGGGUCGUGGCAGAGCGCAACCUGAAAGUGCUCAACCUGAAGCCUAUUUAUCCCAAGGUAUGACUGUAUGUGCUUUUCAAGGGCAAAAACUAUGUGGUUUUGUCAUUUCAACACACAUUCUUUUACUUCAAAUUUGUUUAUAUUAAGCAGUCACCACUAUUUUGUAUAGUUACCCUAAACCAAAGCCCAGUUCCUCAUUUCCUGUCAUCUGGUUAUUGUAAAUAUACUUUUCAAUGCUCAGGUUUUGAAUCUAUUCAUUUAAAGCGGGUACAGUGCUUUUUAAGUCUUUGCUUUCUGGGAAACCUUGAUGGCACUUUCUCAUUUAGUGCUGGCAUUUUGUUUUUAUUAAUAAUGGCCAAAAUAAAAGCAACAACCACCCGGUAGUUUAUUUAUGGUUGAGACAGUGGGAUACAUAGAUUUAAUAAUUAAAAGUCAUUUAAAUUCCUCUUUCUUUUGUACUCUAAAAACCCUGAUUCUUGUCAUAAAACUGCACCGUUUCCUCCACACUUGUAGCAUUGCAUCACUUAAACAGUCUUGCCUGUGUUUUACUGUUGAGAGAUUUGUUCCAUUAGAGCAAACCAAAUAGGAUAUAUAAAUAACCAUUGUAAUAAGAUAGACUCAGUCCAUUUCAGAAUGACAUGUUCAUCAGCCUGUGUGAUCCAUUGGAAAUAUGUGUUCUACUUUGUUUUCAUUAUGCUGGACUGGUGCGUAUGUUAACACUCCUGAUUGCUUAACCAUGGUUGAACAAUUGUGAGUGGAUCAUAUGCUGUAUGACCCUCUUUCCUUUCUUCUGGAAUAUGACUUCCACCCCAUGACUCUUUAGGUGAUUCAUUCAUCAGCACUUACGUUAACUGACAUUAAGGCUAACCAGGGUUUCCCUUGGGCAGCUUUCCAGUUUGUUUCAAAUCUUGAAAGCAACCUUGAUUAGCCUAAGCUAAUGUUGGAGUCAAUUCGAGGCCCUCUAGAUGCUGUGGGCUCACUCUUGCUUUCUGGACCAUUUUUCUGGGAAUUUCGGCUUUUUGUGUGUGAGUCUGUGGUCAGGGAGUGGGAUGGCACAGAGGGUGAGUAAGUUAUGAGAUUCUGCAGUGCUCCAACCUCUGCCUACUUCUGACUCUGGCUCCGACGUAAAUCAGCGACUCAAGCUUGCUGCCUUAAGCACACUAUAUGUAGCAAAGUAAACUGCACAACAGAAGAGGCUGGAGGCUGUGGAUACAUACUAAAACUGGAUUUAUUUUACAUAAAUGAGAACAAAGAAACAUGUCGUCUCUCCUUGCUGUCUUCUCAGAGAGAGACUCAAAAGCAAAAGCAAUACACUGAGCGGAAGUUCACGAGACCCAGCAGUCUGUGCUGGAAUGUAAACAGACAUGUGACACGCUACAUUCCCAUGUCUGCAACAAAAGGUGGAAUGGAACUACCCAACAGUGUCUACCAAAGUUUCUAUAGUCCCAGAAUGCAUGGAUGUCUCCAUCUACCACCUGUGGAUAUCUACAAUUUUCAUGCUUAGGAAGUUUGAUAAGGGAAAAACCUAAUGUUCAUCAGACCCAGCCUUUGAUGUUUACGUUGGCAAGACAGUCCUGUCUCUGUUUCCCAGUCCCUGUCAUUAAUCAAGGGUCUGUGAAAUUGUUUUUAAAUUGAAUGUAACCUGGAUGGAGAAUAUUUGACUUGAAUGUCAGCUAGAUAAGGAAACACAUAUGUGUGCCUUUUUUUGAUUCAUUUCUGUUAUCAUCAAAUCAAGGGGCACUCAAUAUUAUAAAUGCUUCUUGUCCGGGUACCAAUAUAAAGAGCUCAAAUCAUUUGUCUGUGUGUUCUAUUGAUAAUCACCAAGACUGGCCAACAGAAAGCACCACAGUUAUUUUGAAAAAUGGGACCAUUUCAUACUAAAUUGAUCCAAAAUUAAUCAGAGGCCCAUCUGCAUGAUAUAUUUAAAAGUGUCAAACCUCUACAAACAUUCAUGGCAUACCUCAACUAAUUUUGGGAACUGUAGUUUGUUAGGGGCACUGUGCCUUUUUAGGAGAGUUCUGUCCUCACAGAGCUACAAUUCCCAGUUACCUCAAAGAAGGAUUGAUUGUUAGACCACUCCGAGAAUUGUAGCUCUGUGAGGGAAACAGGAGUCUCCUAACAACUCUCAGCACCCUUAGCAAACUACAGCUCCCAAAGUUCUUUGUGGGAAGGCACAACUGUUUAAAGUGGUAUGACACUGCUUUUUCUACACUCGAUUCUUGCACUCACAAAUAAACUUUGGUAUGAAAAUGAAUAGAGUUAUAGAACCAGAGGUGUCAAAGGUAUUUGCUAUCAUAGCAUUAAUCGGUUUAAAUCAAGAAAGUUAAUUAACUGAAGAGCAUUUAAUCAGUUAACAGUUCACAUUUCAACAAAGUGUUUAGGGUAUGGGACAAUGCCUAUUUCCCAGUCAUAACCCUCUGGUAAAGCAGGGUUUAUCUUGUUCUGAAGUCCCUGCCUAAAACCUGCCCCUCGGCUCUUGGCGAGACCAGUCAACGGCUUUAUUUAUAAGCUGUUUUUCUCCGUGUUGAUUUACAGUAGUGAGUGAUAAUGUAUUUAAAUGUAAAGGAACAAAUUGCUUACAUUAAGACAUUUCCCUCAGACUGGCAUCUGUAGGGUAUGGGGGCAUAUUUGAAAAAAGCAGCAGUAGCUUAUAUUGGUCUAAAAAUAAAUUGUGUCCCUUGCCAAAAUAAUUGUGGAGGCAAGUGGGAAUGUAGCAGGCCUCAGGCAAGAUCUUGUAAUAUUAGUACACUGUGGAGAGCUGCUGCUGCUAAGACUUCAUUAAGUCUAUAUUUUGCGAAAGUUGUAAAUGAACUAAAUAUACAAAAUGCUAUAUGGAAAGUUUAAUGAUAUAUUGUGGGGUGUCGCUCCUAAAUAAUUUAAACCAGCUGUACUUGCCCAAAUGAAUAGUUCUGCGUUCUGAGACAUAAUUCAGUCACUGGGAAUCCUCAGAUUUCAUAAACUCUCUGUGGGUCUCUUGAUUAUUAGUGAGCAUUUGCUAUGCUAAAAUGCACCUCCAGAGGGUUUUCAUACAGCAGUGUGAGCAAUUUUGGUUGUGGAGUCUCUUUCAAGAUUAACGGACUCUUCAUUCAUGCGGCAUUUAGGCAACAGAUGCUCAUUUGACUGAAAAGACUCAUCAACUAGAAAGUACAUCUGAACUUGUUCUUGAAAAAAUAAUAAUCAGUGGAGAUCAGAGUUGCAUGGGCUUGUGAUAAGGAGACUUGUCAGGCAGGUGCCUUCUUUUUAAGCCUUUAAAUAAUUGGUGCAAACUUUUCCAUGCCACCAAAUCUAUGCAGGCAAUUAAGAAAACAUCUUUCUCUAACAGACAAUAGUUGAUCUCUGAUUUUAAAUUCUUACCUUGUUUUGAUUGUAUCUGUGUAUGGUUGGUGUAAAUCACUGAUUUUUAAUGAAUAGCUGUAUACAGAUUUUUUAAAUAAAUAAAUGAUAGACGUUUUAAUAUUGUUUUAGGGACACUUAUGUUAGAAUACAUUCUGUUUAUCUCUAAAGCAACUAAAUGUGUUAAUAGCCUGAAAGUAAAUUGACCGAUUAGGUUUCAGGAAUGCAGAGCAAGGACAUUAAUGUAAAUAGUUACUUCUAAUGAAUAUAUAGUCAUUUUAUUUUAAAAAACCUAAUUAAAAGCUUCAUUUUGAUUUUUAUAGCACCCUAUAAAAAUGCCUGUCUUGAAACUGAUAUGUGCGUGUGUGUGCACACUCACACAGAAUUUUUAGUAAAGAUUUUAUUGCCGUCAGGAAAAAAAAGGAAUGACAAUGUAGAGAGAGGGGUAUAUUGGCUAUACCCCAAAUGCUGCCAGUUGUCCAAAGUAAAUUGAAAAAAGGCAAAACCAUAUUUCCCCCAUUAGUAUUUUGUUUAUAGUAAUUUUAUAUGUUCCAGGCAGCUGCAGCCAAGUGCAAUUUUCAGAAUUUCUUCUAGUUUGUAGAGCAACUGUUUUGAAGAUCAUGGGAAUGUUAUUUGAAAGUCCAGUUAGUAUUUUCUCCCUAAGCACAGUAUUUAAAGAUAUGAGUUUGAAUAGAAGAACGUAUGUAUCCAUUGUUGCUGGAUAAUUGAUACUACACCUCUCAGUGAUCUUCCUGGGUAUACAUAAGUCUUAUUGCACACACUGAAAAGCAAAGUUUUAUCUUGAAUGUGGUGCCCUUCUGUCUGAAUGAUACACAGAUACACCCAGUUGCAGGCAACAUUGAAGUGUGCAGUGGGUAAUAUUGAUUUUCUAGUUUCCUAGAUUAACAGCAUGGGGGCCAUUUAGAAAAUGAAUCGCUAAACCCAUGAAAUGGUUGUCCUGAUCUUUCAAGAAUUCCUCCCCCCCCCCCCCCAUGAUAAGAAGGCCAUAGAAAGUUGCUCAUAGGCAUUUUUUGAAUUCGGCAUACUGAGGACUCAGUCAUUUUAAGUGUACAUUCACCAUAUUUAAGAGGAUUGGGCAUAUUUUUUGAGUUUUUUGGUGUGUAUCCUCUAUAUAUACCUCAGGAGAGCUUAAUUUGUGCAGCUGACUUGCUGGCUGGUUGUGGUUCUCAUAUACUGAGACACCACUAGGCAUUUUUAUAAUUAUUUUCAAUAUCUUCAUUAUGUUGAUAAAAUGGCUUUGAUUUUAUGAAUAAUCCAGAAUGUUUGUGCAUUCAUUCCUCUUCUCCCACCCACAGCUGUGGAAAUUCCCUGUACUCUGGUUGUGAGCACUUGAUUUACAUAAUCACUCUACUGUUGUUUCUUAAUAACUAUGCAAAAUGCAGAUCUUGUUGUCCUGGUAGGCUAAUAAUAGUUGGUAGCCAAUCAGAGUGCAAGAAUGUCUAUUAUCAUGGCAGUUAUUACCUUGAAAUCACACAGUGGUUAGUAACAUUACUCUGAUUACUGCAGUUCCAAAGUCCUGAUUGGUGCUUGCAUUUAAAAUCUAUAACCGUCCUAAAGAGAGACUGGUCGGGUGUUUCUUUUCUGAGUGGUAGGCAAAUCCCAAAUUAUAUACGAGGAAAAAAUAAAACCCCAAAGGCACUGAAAUAAGAUUAGUUAAUGAAUGGACAAAGAAAUUGUCCGAAGUGUGCUGUUCCUGGUUUUCAUUUUCUUUGCCUUGGUCUUUCUUCACUCCAACUAACUCGUCUCUCUCAAAGCCUUGACACUUGUAUUUUACAUAGAAACCUAUUUUCUUGCCCUCCAAAGGAUUGCAAAUUUCAAAAUGUUGCCACAAUUUAGGGUUCUUGCCCACAGUCCUGGCACAGGAAGAAAAAAGGACUGAAAUGUGGCUGGGACAACCCAGUCAGAUGGGUAGCAUUAUAAUAAUAAUAAUUGGAGGGGUUUCCACUUUUAAUUUCAGGUACUAAUUUCAGGUACUAAUUUCAGGUACUAAUUUCAGGUACUAAUUAAUUUCAGGUUCAGUAGCUAAAAGAUAGCCAAACAAGAUGUAGAGUUAGUCACAUGUUUAAACAAGCUUUUAUUUUGGAGAAAAGGUAGAGUUAUGAGAUGCCUAUCUGGAAAAUGCUUCCGAUCAGAUUUGGGUUUGCACCAGUUUACUGCUGGAAAUUGAUUCCUCCUGGCUGAAUUUACCAGCCAAGUAUUAUUUCCUUAUGUCCUCUGCCUUCCUCAACGGGUGUGCAUCCUAAAACACCUCUGUUCUUAUCUAGAACAUUUUCUAACAGCCUUCCAACAUAGAAAAUCAGUUUGGGGGAUACACAAUCAAUUUCUAUAAAUUAUCUCAUUCACAAGUUUGUUGAAUGUUAGAGUGCAGAAUGCAGCUCCUUGCAUUUCAAUUGCCAGGGGGUGGGAUGGGAAUCAAAUGAAAUAUGGAAACAUGUGCCUGUGCCAUUUCUCAAGUCUCUGGGCUAUUCAGGAGACCUGACCUUUGCAAAUUUUUAUGUGGAACAGAAAGACUUAAAGCUAGUAUUAUAGCUAUGAAGAAUUUAAACCGUGACCAAAAAACGGAGAGAGGUAGGCUCAAAAGAAGUGGAUGGCAUUCGAAUAUGUAAUGCAUUUAAAAAUAAUAGCUGUGCAAUUUGAGAUAGAUUGGGGACUUGGGUUUGUAUGCCUAAAAGCAAGUGAGUUGCCAUUGGGUUUUAUCUUUUUCCUAAUUUUUACAGUGUCUCAUUAAAAUCUCUCUUUUUUCCCAGCCAUGCUGUGGAUGAAGUAGCAACGGAGGCAUUAAAAUAUGCAGAACAACUUCCUGUAGCACAAAUAAUACAUCAGGUAUGCUGCUUUAUUUCUUUUGUUAAUACUCAAGAAUACGUAAGGUAUUUACUUUUGGCAAUAAAACACUUUUGGUAAUCUUACUAGUUUAUAUUCUAUUUAAUAUUUAAUUGUACAAGAGCAUAUAUUUCUAUUUAGAUAGCAAUUUACUAUUCAGAGCACAGCAGAAGAGGCUAAGCAAUCCGUACUCUGUAGACUCCAGCUUGUGUUGGAAACUUGAAUAAGAAUACUUGUUUUUGUGAUCCGCUCUAUUAAGAAAGGUUUGCAUCUUGCUGACUUGCUUACUCAAGGCAAUGUACAUCUGUACUCUUUGCUGUUAGCAAGACUUAACAGGAAAAUGGUCUCUGAACUUAGAUGUGAGUAAGUCUCCAGCUUGAGUACUUUUAAUCUGCUCUCAGUUCAGUUGCUGUCACUGCAAAAAAAGGAGUGUCUUGCAUGUAGGUAUUUCAUCCUAGUUGCUACCACAGUUAACUGCUACCCAGCUAGGCCAGAUACCGCUGCUGCCAUCUAAAUGGCCCAUUAUCUACAGCUGUGGCUUUCAGAUGCAGCUGUCUUUGAACAUGGAUAGAUCAACAGGAAAAAAAAUGGAAGUCCACCAAGCGUCAAAGUUGCUUGGAAUUUCCUCUGGGUAUUAAUUAUUAUUGUAAGUCUGUUUCCAAAUAUCUUUGUCAAUCAAAGUGGCUUCCUGCCGUUGAAUUUGCUCGCUGGAGGCAAUGCCAGCUUUAGCUUAAAGGAAACAAGGGCUUUAUUUUAAAACUUUCAAGUGUACAGGCCUUUUCUGCAAGAUGUUAAACCCAAAGGAAAUUUAAAACUUUAGGCUGAAAUCUGCACCUCCGGGAAGAAUAUCUGAUGUGUUCAGAACAUGGAAGAUUGGAAAUCAGGACCAGUUUGUAUGUCAGGAACUCCCUUGGUGUUGUCAGAGCUUCAAAUGACCCAGCAGCCUGCAAAUGUCACAUUUAAAAUUCUGUCUUCAUGCCUGACUCUCGGCAUAAAUGAAUUAAACAGCAGAGCAGGCAGUAAGUCAAUAUGUUCUUAACAGUGAGAGAGCAAUGAAACAGUUUGAGGAUUGUUUGGAAUAGGUAAAUAGGAACUGCACAGAACAGUUCACCUAAAGGGAUAUCUGAUACAGGAAACAGAAUUAACCUUUAAGAUGGUUGACCAGAUGAAAUGUCACAGUAAUAUUUUUACAGCACAAAGAAAGUAAUACAGCCCCACUGGGUUCGUUUGGCUGCUUUGUGCCAUAUUGCGAUGGAAUACUUCACUGAACAGAAUCAGAAACGUGGUUUUCAUGCAUUUUGACCAUUUCCUCGAGCAAACCCUCACUCAGAUUACAUACAGUCUUGGCAAAAUUGUCUAAUUUGACCUUCUUGCUUGGGUAUGUUAGCCCAGUCCAAUAUAAAACUAAUACAAAGCUAAAUAUUAUAAAAGUAAACCUUUAUAAAAUAGCUGCUGGUUGAAAUUGUGCCGGGUUAAUUCAUGGUGAGGUUCAUGGUGGCUCCACAACUGUGGAAUCCCUCCAUGCUGAGAUUUGUCUGCCUCUUCAUUUUAAUUUUUUAGGAAGCAGGUCAAUACAUCCUUCUAGCAGGAUUUUGAAGGUGGGGUGAAUAAUUUUUAGAUGGUUUCUUAUAGCCAGCUUUUUUUAAAGCACUGAUGAACAAUUUGAUGCUUCCUUUCCUCCUCUUUUCUGUGUGUUACAGUUAUGGAAUUGCUCUUACUCUAUUUGAUUUGUAUUUUAUUGUAUUGUUUCAUAUUUCUAUCAGUGCAAACCUCUCUGGGGUUACUGGCGACUGUUGGUUCAUUGAGCAAAUAAAUAAACUCAGAAUUACUGAACGGAGGCCCAUUUUCAGUGCGCUGCUGAGCUUACCUUUUGUGUGGGAUUGUGACUUCCAAAUCACCACUUUUUUCAAUUUAGGCCGAACAUUGCCCCUUUUUGUCAUAACAUUUUAACACUUGGAAAGUGACACUGCAGCUGGGUCUAUGGUUAAAUCAUUAGCAAGCAUACUUUUCUAAUAAAUCUGUACUGUGUUUAUUUGUUGUAAAAAUCCAUUAUGGAUCAUUAUUUCUAAGGUUUCUUCUGUCAAGUAAAGAACAGCUUUUGGGGCCAAACCCAGUUCUAAGCCAUAGCAAAUAUGUCUUUGAUGAAACAAGAAUUCCUAUAAUUUUAUUUUGAAGAGUUUCCCUAUAUUUUAAUACUUGAUUUUAAUUUAUUUUAAUUUGAUAUUAAUAUUUCAAAUGUUUAUUGUUAUUAUUGGCUUUCACUUUUCAUAUUUAACAACAAACAGCCCCCAUCAAAUUCUCAGACAAAUAUUGUUUACUUUUUGCUUCAUGUAAACGCAGUAGUAUGAUGGAAGCCUGUAGCGAGUUCCGAUCAGGUGAAAUUUUUGAAACAUCUCUUCUCAGUAACCUUGAUACUGGGGAGACUCCAUUUGAGGACAUUCUUUAAAAUGAAGCUGUAAUUAAGUCAAUGGCCUUGCUCAGCUGUUGGGUUGUAUUUUCCUUAAACAGAAUCUGAUAACAUCUGUGACCUUCUAAUAUAACAUCACUAGAAAUUGGGAGGAAUUAAUUUUAUUGAUUAAGGGAAUGUUUUAAUCAGUGUCAGGUCUACUAAUUUUAUUUUAAUUUAAACCUCUAAUAAAUAUCAGUAUAAAAUCCCUUUUCUGUGGUGGUGACUUCAGGUUGCGGUAGAUGGGUUACUGAAAGAUCUAUUUGGCAAAUCUGUGGUGCAUUCUUAUCCCGCAGUGAUUUGCCCAUGUCACCCUUCCUUCCCCCAUUUUUAAACCCUUCAUUGUCAUUGGAAAUCCAUUAAUAGUAGCUCCUCUAGUUUUCUUUUUAAAUCAGGCGUGGGGAACCUGAUUUGGGGUUAUAGAUAGCUUCCAUUUUGGAAAAUGUAACUAGCCCUGGAAAAUGAUGAUAGCCCUUAAGCAAAAAUGGAUGAUAUAUUUACUAUAAGCAUAUAAGGGAAUGUGUUUCUGGGAAGCUCUGCUCUAGCCUUGGUCCAUACAGAGAAGGAGUGUUUGAUCUCCUCUUCCUUUGCCUCUUGGUUCAGACCUGCAACUCAUGCAUCUAUUAAUUACCUGCUAAAUGGGGCUUGCUUCAGAAUUGACAUGUAUAGGCUCUCAGUGUAAAGCAUAUUACUAUUCUGCUUCAGAGUAUAAACUUAUCUUCGUAUCAUUGUGCAUGUCUGUCUACAUUCAAAUGAUGUCCUGAUGCAAAGUAACUCUGUUGGCACCUUAACAACUUGCUUUCAAUAUUUUAGGUGGUGGGCUAUUAUUUUAAUAGAAGAUCUUCCUCACUAAGAAAUUAGGAUAGGAUUUCUGGGCAUGGAAUGCCUGUCUCCUAAGACUGAAGCACAUGAAUGGGAAGUGAUGUUUAUCAGCCUUGCAUGAAUGCAUUAGUACUUGCCACUUUAACCUUGUCAGCAUUUGCUGGGUUCGUCUGCUGGGAAGCCUGCAUCAGCGGUACAACUCAAUGACUGAAUUUACUUACAAUGGGAGAUUGGGGGGGGGGGGGAGAGAACAGAAACAGAUUUCUAAAAGAAAUUAUAUCUUGACAUUUCUUAACAGAGGUUAAUUUGGCUUAAAGAUAAUCAGCCUCUCUUUCAAAGCCUGAAUUGGGAAUCAAGAUUUUAGGUUUUUCUGGGGGUGGGGUGGGGAAUAGUCACACUUUCUUCCCACUUUGUUAAUCACCAACACAGAUGGGUCAGAAUACAUUUGUUUACACAUUAAUAGGUUCGUUUCACUUCAAUUUGUUGAAAAUAAAAUGGUGAUUAGCACACUAUAGAUUUUUAUUCCUCUCUUAUAAAAUCAGUUAAGGGUGUUUAAAACUUUAAUCAAGCAUGCACAGAGCUUAAUGAGUGAACAAAAGCAGUACAGGUUUCAGCUAGAUGGAAGCACUGAUACGCUUUGGUUAUAACAGUUAACCUGGAGGUAAAAUGCUUUGGAAAAACUGAUAAAAUCCCCUGAAGAAUUCAAACAUCAGUGAAUGAGAAAUCUUAUUCUACAUUAGACAUGAUUUUAAAGUAACAACUGCUGACAGGCCAUCUAAAUAUUUGCCAGCACAAUGUUAGCGUGCUUCCCCCCUCCCACCUCAGCAAGCAUACUUCUUUUCCUAGAACCUUGUAUGCUGUGAGAUAUUUUGCUUAAAACUAUUUAUAUGCUGCCUUUUAUCAAUGAUUUCAAAGUAUUGGCCCCCCCACCCAGCCAGUUUACCGAACAAGGUUCAGCCUUUCCAAAUCCUCACGUGACUAGGAAAAAUAGAGCUGAGUUCUGCCAACAUGCUGGUGACACUUUACUCCAAAUCCCCAGCUGAUCUCUCCCAAGAGUUUCAUGUGCUGUGGAGAACCCAGCAGUGGCAAUCCUGACCACUACCACCCCUUGCUUAAAAAAAAAAAGGAAUUAAAAUUUUGCACAGCACUCCAAUCAAAGUACUGACAGAAGUAGUUGCAGUCACUAAUACAUUUCAGGGCAGAGCCAUUCUAGGCUCAUAAAGAUAGAGGCUUCAGCCGCUUGGUGCUUCUCUGCUUUGCUCAACACCCCUUACCUGUCCUUGUGGCUUGGCCUAGUAACACUACAGGGGGAGAGGUGGCACUGGCAAACAUUAGGUACAGGCGGUGCUAAUCACAAGAGAAGUGUCAAGCUUCCUUGCAGCACCAAGACUAGGCAGGGAGCUUUCUAGACUCCUUCCCUCCUUCAACCUGAUGCUGGCCUUGAAGUCAUUAAGGAUUUGGAUGAUUCACACAAAUGGAGGGUGGAUUUGGUGAAGGAAUGUAUGAGCAGAUGGCUUGUUGUUAUCUCUCUAAACCAUGGUUUGUCAUACAUUACCCUUGACAGAUUUACCUCUGUUAACAUGGGGACUGGUAGGCCUGUGUGUUUGGGGAACCAAUGUGAAACUGCCACCGACAGGGUUUCAAAAACAUGCUCCCCUAGAAACGAUAUUUAGCUGGAGACAAAUCAAGCAGUGGUGUGUGUGUGUGUGUGUGUGUGGUCCCAAGGAACGUGUACCCACACAAAAGUUUAUAGAAAAUGAAUGAAUUUAUUAUAAAGCAUUAAGGGUAAUUUUAACAUAUUUUUAAAGUACUGGGCAAUCAUAAAAGAGUAUCCCAACAUAAUCACACUUUUAAAGAGUAAGAGUUCUAAACUAAAAGGGAAGGUAGCACUGAUGGUAGAGAUUGUUGCAAAGUUCUCUGCAUCCCCAGGAACUCGCUAAAAUGAAGGUCAGGCAUAGUUAAAUCAACUAUGGGACUUUGCAUAAGAUCAAGGAAGGAGGAUUGUUCCUCAUGGUCUUUUGCUUUACCUACUCCACACACACCCUUUAUUUCAUGGGUGUAGCCAAGGGAGGGGCAGCUUCCCCUCCUAGAUCAAGUAAAACAAUAGAAAUACUUAACUAACUGACCAAUCACGUCAGUUUUGCCCCCCCCCAAAAAAAACUCCUGCCACCCCAACAAAAAUCCUGGCUACGCCCAUGCUCUAAUUCACCUGUGCACACAAAUUAGAGGUAACAACAAAGGCCUCGUAACACUUUUCUCUUUUUACUUUCAUUAAUUUGAGCUAAAUGGUUGAACAAUCCUUCCUGGGAAUCAGCUUACUCAGAACUGCCCCCUUCCACGUAGCUGGAACAAAAUCUUCCCGUUGGCACGAUUCGGAACUUUUCCCUCUAAGCGUUCUAGCUGCAUGUUGGGGGGAUAGGGUGAUUUUACUUCUGAUCACACUGGAGAGGAAAGAGAUAAGUUUCCACAGCCCGCACACACUGCAUUCUUGGUAAUGACCCCUCAUUAAUUGAUCCUGUAAUAAUUAACUAUCUUAAUUACUGUAAUUAGUAAAUGUAAAAAAGAGCUGUAGCUAUGCACACUGUAUCUAAGCACAUGAUUACCUCUGCUGUCUGGUUGCCUCUCCUGUCUGGCCUGUCAGGUGCUUGGUUGGCUCCAGAGCCUCAGGCUGGAUUAAUGCAGGCCUCUGUCAGAUUUGACCAUAGCUUCCAGGCUUGAAUGUACAAAGACUGAGCUGCUCUGGAGUCUUGGGCCAAAAGGAGUUGGACAAAUAGGUGUCUGCUCCAUUGCUCAGUUCUUUCAUCUCUUUUCUGAGCUUCUGUCUGCUGAUCUUGUUUUCUUCCCUUUCUCCAAAGGGUUGGCUCCAUCUGUAUGCCUGAAGGGUAGCUUGUGGAAAUAGCCACUCAGGUGACUGGUCUAGUCGUGUCAAAUUUGCAAACUCACACAAGAUCGGAGUUACUAUUGAGUGAAAAGAAUACAUUGCCUGCCAGAAUUGCUGAGGGCUCACAUAGAGGUUCCCCAGUUUCAAGGUGGUGUCCUUGCUUGAAGAACUGUCCCUGAAUUUUUUCCUCUGUUCAUGAAAUUAUCUAAUCUGUCCUCAGGAACUUUUGAUUGCUCCAGUGUGAAUCAUAACCAUAUUGGAUGAGAGCCAAUCCUCCCUUACAGUACUUGUUUAGAUUUUGCUUUAGGAGCAAGCUCUCACCCUUUCUGUUUCUGUUUUACUUUCUUAGUUCAUAUUAGCUUAGUUUAUAUUACCAUUUCUUCCCCUGGAUGUAACUCUUUUCUUCCCAGAUAUUUUUUUGAGGCAUGCUCUGAACAUUCACAGCCAGUUUUGACCCUCCAUUGUUAAGCACAUGAUAUGCGCUUUCUGACCCCUUUAGGACAGUAGUUUCUUCAGUUCGUGUAUCUUUGGUAUUCUAUAUUAUUCUGCUUUUGGAUGGAUCCUCUGUCAAACUCUUGUCACUUUGCAACAGUCUUUCAAAAAGCUCUGAUCCUGAAAAGAAUGCCCUCCAUUACAGUUCUCAUUGCUUGUGGUUUACAUUUUCAUACUGCACACCUGUGAAUUCAGCAAAGACUUGUUGUGAGAUGUAUACCAUGCAAAUCAGAUGUUGUUAGGAAAUAGUCAGCACAGGAGUUUCAGUGACAUUUUAUCUCAAAAGCUACCUUUACCCAUCUCAGUCUAGCCAGUUAAUUGGAUCAUCUUCAGAGGCCCUUUUACAUGUCUCUCCACUGUCUGAACUGUAGAAGAUAGGGCCUUCUCCACAGCGACACUAAGAUUAUGGAAAAGUUCCACAGUCUAUAUUAGGGCAGUACCUUUAUUAGGCCAAUGAAAAUGUCACAAAAUCCAUGUGUAAGCUUGAUUUCACUAGAGCUCUUCAUUACUGGAUGGUAAACAGAGCAGGAAUGGAGAAAAUCAGCUGAUAAUGAAGCCAUGAGGUUUACAUUUGGUCACAGGCAUAAGAGGGAAUGUGGGAGGAGGUAGCAGAUAUUUGAAUGAGGUGCUGUGUGAGUUUCAGGAAAGAAGGAGCAAAUGAUAAAUAUUUGAAAAUAUAAAAUCCAGCUGAUGCAUAGCUCUUUCUAGGUUAUAAAGUGAUGGAACUCUAUGUUCCAGCGGGGUGACCUGUGGUCCCCUGAUGUUGCUAUACUCCAGCUCCCAUUAGCCAUAGCUAGUAUAGCCAGUGAUCAGGGAUGAUGAGAGAUAUAGUCUACCAAAAUCUGAAACGCCAUAGGUUUCUCAUCUCUACUCAGUUAUGAGCAUUUGCUCCCAUCAUCCUGAUUUCUGUCUUGAGACUAAGAUGGUGCUAUUCCUGAGGGCCUUUGGUUUGUGAAAUAAGAUGUUCUUCAUCUCCUUAAUUUUAGUUAUCAGUUGGUAGUCUGUACCUUUUACCUGGUAGCCAUUUAAUUCUAAAUUAUGGUGGAUGUUUUUAUCCCUUUUGUGAACCAUCUUAUAGAUUAAAGGACCUUUUCCACAUAAAAUGCUAAGUCACAGUUUGUUUAAUGAAUUCUGAAUUGUUACGCAGAUGGGCAAAACAAGCCAUGGGUUAUUUCUCUGAUGUUUAAUUUGCUUUCUGUUUGCUCUUGUAUCAUGCCUUUAUAGUUUGACCACCCCACCCCAGAUAUUCACCAGUCAAACCAUGGUUAAAGGGUUCACACAUAAUGCCGAGCUACGGUUAAAACAAACACAUGCUUAUAAUUCAAGCCAUGAUUUCAGAUUGUGGUAUGUUGACAGUUAAGCUGUGGGCAGAGUUCAGUCAUAAUGCUAGCCAUGGUUUAAUAAACCAUGGUUUACUGUUAUGUACAAACUAGGCCAUGGUGAAUGGAGAAAUGGUAUACAAAUAGUAUAAAUGAAUAUAUUAAAUUGUGUAGUUAUGUAAAUGAGGAAAGGACAUAUGACAAUUCCUUUAGCCAUUUCACUUCUAAUCAUGGGACAAAACAGUCCCCUGGAACUUUCAUUCUGGGAAAGAAAAUACAAGGAUAAUUUGGCAACAUAUGAAAGUUUUUUUUAAAAAAAAUUCUUAAUCUUCAGUCGUUGUACAUAUUGUUCUAGGUUUUAUUGGAUUUUAUUAUUGUAGGAUAAAAUUAAGAAAAGAAAAUAGCUUGUUUACUUGAGAUUUUAAAGUACAACGAGGAGGAAAGAAGCAGACAAAUGAACAAUUGCCCCAGUGUUGUUCAUAAAAUACGUUUGUUCCUACUUCUGUGUCCUGAGAUGAGCACUUUGGUUUUAUUGCUUUCUUUUAUGUUGGCAUUGUUGGGGCUUUUAUUUUUCUCAUCUCUCUAACGUAUUGAAGUCUAAUAGCUACUUAUGUGCCCAGGAGCAGCAAGUGUCAUUAUGCCAAGUUCUUCCAAUUCGUGUCAGUUCUGUGGGCACAAAAUAUCAAAGGGAAUUACUACCACAUGUGAGAGAAAGAGAAGGGAGGUGCUAGAGAGACAAUAUCUGUGUGCAGAAUCCAGCAGAAGUUCUGAUCAUAUUGUUCCUAGUAUAUUUUGAAGCAUCAAAAUGAUAAAAAUAUGUAUUUCAUUAUCUCUGAGUAGCAUUCAUUUCAGAGAGAUAAAUAUAUCCCUGUGUAGUACUCACGUUUAGGAUCAUUAACAUUUAACAUUUAUUACAACCCAAUCCUACAGGUGUAACUAUAUGACUAGUAGCAGAGCUAAAGGUGACAUAACCCAUUAACAGAAUCUCAUGCUUUCAUUGGGGGAUAAGGGUUGCUUUUGGUUAUUAUUUCUUCAUUAAGUGCUGUGGUAGAAAGGGAUUUAUUUUUUUGAGUUCCACUUUUAAUGGAAAUUCCAGAGUGGUGGUGAUUCCAAGUUAGUGUUCUUCACUGAGAAUUCCCCCCCGUCCUGCUGCCUUCCCUUUACAAACAAAUCAGACUUCAAGUUUAUUUCUAGAAGCUCAACUAGGCUUAGCAUUUAUAUCUAGAAAGUGUUUCCUCUUUGCUCUGCUAAGCGUAGCUUGAGAGAUGGGUAAUAACUGGGUGUCAGAUCAUGAGGUUGGAUGUACACUGCCUUUGUGCUCUACUCUCUAUAGCCCAAAGACAAACAAAAACUCACACAAGCAAAGUAACCACUUGAUGUUUAUCUCUCAUCACAAGAUCCCCUUCCCUUUAAUUAGAAGAAUUGUUUAGAGGCUCCUAUUGAGUUAUGUUACUGAAACUUUCCAGGUUACCCCUUCCCACCCCAGAAGUGUACAAUAGGUAAAGGUAAAGGGACCCCUGACCAUUAGGUCCAGUCGUGGCCAACUCUGGGGUUGCAGCGCUCAUCUCGCUUUAUUGGCCGAGGGAGCCGGCGUACAGCUUCCGGGUCAUGUGGCCAGCAUGACUAAGCCGCUUCUGGCGAACCAGAGCAGUGCACGGAAACGCUGUUUACCUUCCCGCCGGAGCGGUACCUAUUUAUCUACUUGCACUUUGACGUGCUUUUGAACUGCUAGGUUGGCAGGAACAGGGACCGAGCAAUGGGAGCUCACCCCGUUGCGGGGAUUCGAACCGCUGACCUUCUGAUCGGCAAGUCCUAGGCUCUGUGGUUUAACCCACAGCGCCACCCGCGUCCCUUCAUACAAUAGGUACAUUUGAUUAACAAUAGGGUAGGUGGAUUAGCGUAUCAACAAGGGGUUCUUGACUUGUUAAGAAAUGGGCAGGGUAGUCCAAACCCUGAACAGUUAUUCAUGCAUCAUAAUGUCUGUAAUGGGUUGUAUUCAAUUGCCCUAGUUCAGGGCAGCAGUCACUCUGAUUCUUAAAUAAAAUAUAAUUUGUAGUACUAUUGACAAGCUGCAAGGAAAUGCUUAAGCGCAUUGCUUUAUGGCAUUGAUCAGCGCUUGAGGUAUAUAUUUUCAGCAUUUUGAACUGAAAACAGGGCAUUUUUCAAAUAAGAUAGGAUGACUUUGCUUGGACUUUUCCAGCUUCCUAGAGAGGUCACAAAGUGCAAGAAACAUUGGAUGCAUUCCUCAUCCAUCAUCCGCAGGUCAUGCACUCCCAGGUUAUAUUGUUGUCGGUCUUCUUGUUCUGUUGUCUUCAUUGGUGCCAAAGAAAUUCAAGUGUACAUUGAGGAUGACAAGCUAGCUCUCUAAUGUAGCUUGUGCUAUAGGGCAUCAAUCAAUGUCAGUCACCAGUUGUUACUCUCAGUGUGGGAGGGCUUCUAUGUUAUUGUUACUACGAAAAAUAUUUGCUUUUGCAAGUUACAGUUUGUAGUAAUAGUUAGAUUGUUGCAUUUCCCACUUAAAAUAUGAAUCCCAGGGUGCAUACACAAGUGUUUGGUGCAUUUAAAAGUUUUUGGCUACUGAGCCUAGUGUUCUCAAUGAGUACGGUACAUUUUGAAGGUAGUUCCAUAUUUUUUUUUGCAAGGUGUUUGGUCUGUCUGAUCUCCUCGUUCCAUGACCAGUUAAGUUUCUCUGGAACUCUAGAAACUAAAGUUUCCAGGCUGCCUUGAAGGACGCUGAGGCAGAUGAACAUAAUUUAAACUAAUUUUUGCUGCUACCAUUCUUCAAGAAUGAGAGGUGAUACUUCUUAUAGAAGCAUGUUUUACCUUACCUUGUCAACAUAUUCCAAAGAUUUUCAAAGCUAGAUCAGGUGUCAACCUUACUGCCUAGUGCUGUUAGAUUAUACUGAUGUUAUUCUCUACAUUUCAGAUUAUCUCUCAGCUUUCUUUAUUAUGAAUAAGACCCAAACUGGGCGUUUCCAUUCAGAUGUGUGUAACUUUCUCUUGACUGAAGCUGUUUUCCACUCAAUUCCCCACGGCCUCUUUUUUUGCUUUUGGAGAAGCAAAUAUGGAUGACCAUCUCUCCCUCUCACGGACGCCACCCAAAAGGGGGGAGAUAUUGAAAAGCUGGGGGUGGGGAAGGGUUAAACACAUCAGAAAUUAAUUCACAUUUUUCAUAAACGGCUUUUCAUGGGGAAAAGGGGUAAAGAAAGUUGCAAGCAUUUCUGUUGAACAUCUAGUUCACCUGUCAGUCACAUCUCUUAAGAUUCUACUUCCCAAGCUAUGCUACUUGAGCUUCAUUUUCCUCUCCUGUAUCCUAUGAGGAGUGGUUUUUCUUUCCUCAUUCUUUUAUCCAUCCCUGAAGUAGGCCAUAGACUCAGCACAAACUCCCCAGUCUGUUGGGACUAGAUCGCCAAGCUUUUAAAAGGUUUUAAUUAAGUAACCCUAUUCAAAUUUCCAAAAACUUUCCAUUACAAGAAAACGGCGUACACUAUACUUGGUGUCUGGGAAAUUCUAUUAAAAAUAAGGUUUCCUGGAAACCUCAUUUGAAAUAAUCUUAAGUAGACUUUGUUAUAUGUUACCAUAAAAUUGGAGUUAAAGCAUAGUAAUUAUGUGUGUGUGUGUAGUCAUUAAUUUUACAACUAAAUGACCUUGUAGGUGUGAUUAUCAUUCUGUCAUCAAUGUAAGGUUCUGGCCUCAGCCACUUGCCAUUUUAAAUUGGCAGAACUACACCAUGGUCGACACCUACAAUUCAGUAAGGAUGUUCUGUAAUGCUAUAAUAAUUCUGUGGCAUUUAAUAUAUAUUCCAGCACUUAGUGUUUCAUGGAGAAAUAACUUUGUACACUAGAAAUCUGUGGCAGUAACCUACAUGCUCGAAAAGCUUGUAGACUGAGUUUUGGAGCAAACUCCCCUACCCCCGCAAUGAUAGAGUAUGGCUCUGGGAAAAAAAAAAGCAAAAUAGUAAUUUAAAAAGAGAGUGCCUCUAAGUAUGUCCAGAAGGCCUUUUCUUCACAGCACCGGGUAAUCUCUGCUGGCUCACAUGCAUCUCAGAUUAGAAACAUAGCAUUUCGUCAAACUGCAGCUUCCAGGCAGAUUGGGGCUCUGGCAUCUCUGUAAGUAAAAAUGAAUCACUGUGCAUUGCCUAAGAAACUGCUAGUGCUGUCAUGUCUUCAGAGUACAAUGAGGUGUAGCUAAAGUUAAUGUGAGUUUCUGAGAUUUUCCCCUGCUGCUCUUUCUUUUUAAGACCCUUUCCCCCUGCUUAUUAGAGAUGUUGAGAAGUGACUCAUGAGUAUUACUGAUCGCUGAAAUAGUUAGGUCUGCAUCUAUUUUGACUUGGCUAUUAAUUUAUUUGUUUAAGUAUUUAUAAAAUACCAGGUAGGUAUUCAGCAAUAUAACAAGAAAGCUAAACAAUUAGAAGCAGUAUAAAGCAAUUCUUUAAACCACUGGCUACUAAAGAACAUUUUAAACAGCUGCAUAGGUCUAUGACAGCAGGCUUGAGGUGUUUUGGUGCAAUACCUGGCAGGUAUUUUAUGCAUAGUCUGCUGUAGUAGAAUUUUUCCCGUUAAGCGUAUAAUUUACUUCCUUCCUCCCCUCUUUAUUCUUUGUUCCUCUGAGACUCAUUAUGCUACAUUUGUCCACAUUCAUCUGCAUUUGUCAUUUGUUAGCUCAAGCUUUUGCUUAACUGUUCUCAAAGUCUCUGCAUCUGUCUGCAGAAUUGCUUCUCAUUUAUUUGCUGUUUCUUCAUAUUUUGAAUCAGAAUAGUGAAUACUAUUUAGGUCACUCCAGCGAGUUGUUUCCUGUGGGAAUAUGAGGAAUAGGUUUCCUGGUGCAUAAUAGUAUGCAAAUAAUGUCCUCCUAAAUCGCAUAGGAAUAGACUCAAAUAUAUGUGCCAGUGUUAAUGACCUUAAUAGCUUUGACAGCUUCUUAAUAUACCAUGUGCUGUUGUAAGCAUGGCAUUGGAGAGAUAUAUGCCUAGCGUAGCUGAAGGCACAGGAAUCUAUUUCAAAAUUUAUUUAAUACUGAGAAUUUAGUAUGUCAGCAGCAUACUGUACUCUGUACAGAAGUGUUAAAGCCAGCAGUCGGUCUGAUUUACCUCACUAGCAUAAGCCACAGGAAUAACAUUAGGCACCAAUAAUAAUGCUGAAGAUACCUAUCACAUUAGCUUAGAGCACUUUAGCUGGCUUUUCUGCUGGUGUUCUCCCAUGAAUGGAAAUUAGAUUUUAAAAAAAAAUCCACCUGAUACGCUAUUCUACACUAUUUUUCUAAUGUUUGAAGUUGUGUGUUUUUUUUUUUAAGUUAUCCUUAGAAAGCAGUUUUAGCAGUUUUGUUGGUCUCUUUCAAAAUUCAGGCCACUGCUGUUAUGUUUUGCAAAGCCUUGCUACCAGUGGGCUUUUCCCAAACUUCGUUUUCUUCACAUUAACUUACAUUUCUGCUGAACAAGGAUUAUACUAAAUGCAAAUACAUUUUAGGGAGUUAGACCCACCAUCAAAUAAAAUUUGCAUAGCUAAAAAGAGAUUUAACUUCCUCCUCUUGUUGACACCCUUGAACCCUACGCUAGAGAUAUAUGAUAUAUUUUAAAAAUUGCCCCAAACGUGGCAGUGAUGAGCUGGGGUGAAAUUGUUUCCUUCCCCGCUUAAGCAACAGAACGUUGAGAAUGCCAAACGUGAUGUGAUAAUUUCACAUUUUUUUCUUAGCUAUUCAGACUUUUAAAAAAUAUUUUCUCCUAGAACAAAUUUAAUUGAUGUUGUUCUUUCCCCAUAGUCCAACACACACACAAAAAAUGUUAGUUUGAAUGCACUACAGGGUUUUCAGGCUAAGUAGGUGUGCUAAUUAAGUAGUUGACAUUUUUCAUAUCAUGGUGAGAAAAUUUGCCUAAUGGCUUAGAAUAAUAUACUGCAGAACAGAUUUAUUCUAUUGUUAAUUAUAUCUAUUUACAGAUAUCAGUAUGAGGUGUACACAAAUUAAACACAGAGUGCCUUUUUAAAAGUAUUUAUUAGUUCUGCAAUUGUCGCCUGCAUUGCUGCAGUUCCCCUUUGCAGUUUCUGUUAAUUGUUCAGCCCUACAGAAAUGAUUUGUGGAAAUAUUUUUUCUUUAAGUGUUUUUCUUCACUCUUUAAAAAAGAACAAUAAAGGCAUUUGAGAGAAACUCACAUGUGAGCAAAGUGAAUUCCAGAUAAAUUAGGGGCUCGUGUUGAUAGCGCUGGGAGAACAGACCCUUAAUGUUAUAGAUUCAUAUUUUAAUACAGACCUGAUUCAGACAUAAUGAGAAGCCACACUUUACUACUAUAUGGACAUAUUGGGAUGAGUCUCAGUCUCAUCUUUCCCUCUUGCCAUCUUUUGCAUGUCAGAGGAGAUGAGUGCCUCCAAUUUCAAACCACACUUCCUAACGACAUUUGAAUUAAAGGAACUGUGUCUUGUUUAAACCAUGGGUGGGGAACCUGUGACCACCCAGAUAUUGUUGAAUUCCAACCCCCAUGAUUCUUGACCAUUGGCCAUGCUGGUGUCAUGAUGCUAGAGUUUGACUUCCCUUACUUUGAGGGGUGAGGCCAAGGAUUCAGAGUGAAAGGGGGAACUGGCACCAGGGCUGGCCCUCAAAGAACCUAACCCACUUGAAGCACUUUGGUAAGAAGGGCAUAACGAGCCAUUGCCUGUCCUGCCCUCCUCUGACUUACAUCUCAGAAGCUUCAGUGCAACUGGAAUCUCACUUGCUCUAUAGGAGUUAACAUCUGCUGGAGAAACUAUGGCUUGUUUAAAAUCCAUCGUUUGAAGGAGGCACAAGAGCCAGACGUUCUGUGUUCUGCAUGUGGUGCAUGUAACUGUAUACCGAAGGGGAUGGGCAGAGAAGGAACUACAUAUGUUGUUUCUAUAUUUACAGUGCAACUGAAUGCACACAUGAAUGUCUUGCCUGGAGGCAAUUUGGAGGCUCCAGGGGAACAGUUACUUUCAAGACUGCCAUAAUUUCCCAUGUAGUAAAUGCCAGAAUAUUUUCCUAUUCCUCUCCAAAAACAGUUUUUGAACUUGAGAUGUAGAAAUAUAUCCUGAAUCUGCAUACUAGGCUUCUUUCUUUAUCUUUAUCCUGUAAACAAACAGAAAGUGCCAAGCUUCUUUAUGGCUGGUAUUAUCCUCAUUACAUAGCUAGCAUGUAGCUGAUUUGACAUAUUGAUAGAUGAAUUGUUCCCAAGGUCCAAGAAUCCCACACUAUAUCAUGGAAGUCCUUGAGAUUCAGUGUUCUCUCUCAGACAAGAGCCCACAUACUUUCUCAAGCAAACCAUAUUCUUCUUAAUAUCUAGUAUUCAUAGCGUUUUGUUUCUCAUUCAUGGCUCUGUGUCAAUCAGGCUGACCCCAACUUGGUUCUCUCCAGAUGUUACGGACUACAGCUCAUUUUGUCUCUGGCCAGUGGCUUUUCUGGAUGGAACUGAUGACAGUUGUGGCCCAAAACAUCUGGGGGACAGCAAGUUGGAGAAGGCUGGUGUAAACAGUAAUUUGUAGCGGUAGAAAACUCUUUAAAGAGGCAUGGGAGGGGUGUUUUUGCUUUUGCUAAUGUUCUCUAGUUUAUAAUGCCUUCAUUUGUCCCAAGGGCAGGCCAAAACAGUAAAAAGUAAUUGUUACCUACAGACCUAUAUUGAUGAGUACUGCUGUCAUAUAGGGUGUGUGCAUGUGUGUCGCCGUAUAUUUGAUUUAUAUUUUACCUAUUUAAUUGAGAAAUCAUUAGAAUUGCUGCUCUGGCAUUUUACUAUAUUAAAGUGCAGAGUAGUUCCAAGUAGAUACAUGCAUUAAUCACACUUUAACCAUCAUGUAAUGUUAAUGAGAUGGUAUGCUGGCAACUUUCCUGUUGUUGUUUAUCCUUCUAUGGUCUCCUGUAAGGCUGUGGUCAUGUGACACACAGGCCCAUCUUGACAGAGUUGAUGAAUAGAGAGGGAGAGAGAUAUUGGCAGGCUGCUCACCAGGGUUGCUUCCUCUAGCAUUGUUUUCCUAAAUAAUUCAGAAAGGCUGGUGUUUUCAUCAAAUUAUUUCUGUUUUCAGAAUGAAUAGGAAUGAGGAAAUGAAUAGAGAUGGGUGCAGUUGAGAGUCUGUGUUGUAGAACAGGCAGAAUAACAUUGUUUAUUGCAUAAAUGUCCCCAGUUUUAUGCCAUGUUAACUUCGUUUGGUUUUCCCCCCUUUUUUUUUGCUUGGUGCUUUUUUGUUGAUCCUGAGGGGACUAUAUUUGCUUAAGUAGACAGUGAAUCGAGUACAUAAUCGCUAGACAUUCCACAUUGUCCUCCUGAGAUGUCUUUUCUUUCAGACACGAAGAGACAUAAUUACUGUUAGUGCGAGCCCCUUGGUGGGCAUAAGAUAUCAUGUAGGAGAGGUGUCAUUGAUCUCUCUAUUUUAUUGGCCCUUCUAUAGAAACUUUUGCCAGAUCAGUGUUUCCCAAAGUAAUAGUAGUAGUAGUUUUAAAGUUAGACCAGAUACUCAAAUUAGAAUUGGAGUGGCUUGAUACCACUCCACGAUAUUAGAGAAAUGGAUGAGGAGUAGCAGUGUAUGGAGGACAAAGAGGAGAAACCUAACAGGUAUAACCAGUGAGUUUCCUAGGCGUAGCAGGAAUGGAAACUUAAAUAUGGUGGGUACCUGGUUCAUGUUGGCUCCAAAGAGAGAUAAGACCCCAAAUAGUUCUGCAGCAAACAUACCAGAAGGCACACAGGAGGUAGAGAAAAGAAUAGACAAGAAAGACCAAAAUUUCCCCUCUAGUCUGUCUCCUUCACCUGUUGUGAAUUAUCUUACGUUUUCACUUGUAUGUAUUUUAAUUGCUAAAUAAUUCUAGUUACAAUUUUGCAUUUUAAAUAGAAGUAGGUAGCUCAGCCAACUUUAUCACAAUUCAAAUGCACACACACCCUCAAUCGAAAAGGAUUUCCAUUAAAUUGUCCUAAAAUUUGGCUGUUUUAUUAUGUGGAAUAUCAUAUAUUGUUGUUACAAAACAAUAGUUUGGACAACAUAUUUGUGAAAUUUUACUUUAUUCUCCCUCCUCACAAAACAAACAACACAUUAGCAUUACCAAAACAAACACCCUCCCCCUCCCCACAAACCUCCCUGUAACACAUGUGAACUAACACAUUAUGGUAAAAUAUGCAAGCUUACAAUUUGUAGGAUUUUUGGGUCAUGAGGGAAAAAUAUUAAUAAAUCCAACUAUCUGCUAAUAACUUAAUCCCCUUUCUUAUCCACAGUACGAUUAAAGUCCUAACAGAAUUCCGGCAUAAAAGAUGCAUGUUAAUCUAUGAAACAAUUUGGAGCAUUUUUGUUUAAUCCCUCCAUUUCUGCUUAUUAACCAAAAUGUCAUAAAGACUGGCAUUCAGGUUGUAAACAUCCCUUUGACAGUCACAAAAUUUAGAAUGUACUUGAGAGACCUUGUCUAUGCAUAGUGGGCCUGACAUUGAAAGCCCCACUGAUUUCUCUGGCAAAGGUGGCUUCUGAGUGAGAGUGAGAGGGAGCUUCUGUACAGAAGUGGCUGGGAGUAUAGCUGUCUGCUAGGAUAUCUCUGAUUAAAAUUUCAACUGGCCAGAGGCAAGCUGCUACCUCUGCCUUUCACCCUCCUACCACUGGGGUUACAAUGUGAGCCUACCUUACAGUGAGUAGUUGUAAGGAUUAAUGUAUAGAAGCAUUUAGAACAAUGCAGUGGUGGCUCCGUUCCAGUGGUGGGCAGAGUCAGAAGCAAAGGUUACUGGGGCCAAUAACUAACGUGGGUUUUAAGUUUUAAUGCUUAACUUUGUAUAAUAGGCUGCAUACUAAUCACGCAAAAGCUAGAGGUUUCUACACCACACCAAACACCAUUGGAGAGUUGGGCCAUGUCCUUGACUAGAUUGUACCACACAUACUUAUAAAUUGCGACUCUUGCAUCCUAUAUUGUACUGCCUCGGCAUGGAUCUUUUUGGUUAAUUGCACUUGCCUACCAUUCAGUACAGAAUUUUAAAGCCCAUUUUCAGAAGUCAGUUUUCAGUCUUAUUUCUGUUGAGUCAAUGUGAAUAAAAUCUAUAAUGGAACCUUAUUAAAUCUGCAGAGUGGCUUUUCUGCCUAUGAAGUUUGUAUGCAAAAAGCUGUGAUCUUAACUUUUUAUCCUGAUUUUGCUAUUCUUUAAAUAAAAAAAAAUGAACUACUCACAUGCCUAAUUGUUGCUUUAUCUCUAGUACAUUUUCUUUAUCAUUCUUUUCACGCAAUGCAUUUUUACUCUAGUAACAACAUGUGCGCUGCGCUUUAUGAAAGUCACUCGCUGGAAACCUUGGAUAUUUUCCACAGGGAUCCCUAUAGACCCAUCCAAUUUGAAAAUACUCCGUUUUAUCCUCUUCUUAAUUACAAUACGCAGAGCGGGAUUCUGUUAACUGUUUAGAAGUUCCACAGAGUAAUGAUUCUAUCCCAACUAUAAAGAGUAUGACAGAAAACUAUUCACAGUUGGAAGCCAGCUGUUGCCUAGCUACCUAGCUUUUUAAUUCAGAAUCUCCUCCAAUUUAAUAAUACCCAGCCCUUAAGCUGCUAAAUGUAUUUGUUCAUGACUCACCGUACCAUUUUGUGCAUGCUUUUCACCAGUUAGCAUCAAUUAUGAUGGGGGAAAGAGAGCAUUUACAAAGGGGUUAAUGUGUGCUGUAAAUCCAAAAACUAGGGAAAAAAUGCAGACAAGCUCCAGUAAAGUUGCAACAUGGGUACCAUGCCAAUGAAAUUGCCAGGUGGAGAAUUAGUUGGAAUUAAAACAGCCAUGGAUGUAGUUUAGCAGGUGUCAUAGAGCCUGCUUGUCCCGAGGCAUGGAUGCCUCCGUUUAUCUUGUUCACCACGAGGCAUUUAUGUUUCAUUAGAAAACGUGAGGGUUUGGUUACUGUGCUUUAGCACUGAGGCCAAAAUAGCCUUGCUUGGAAAGAAAGAAAGAAAGAAAGAAAGAAAGAAAGAAAGAAAGAAAGAAAGAUUGUGGACCUUGGCAAAUUAGGCAAUUAUUGUUACAUAAAAGAAAAGGGGUUUAAUAGUUCAUGGGAUAAAAGUCUAGAAUGCAGCUUCAUUGCAGAAAGGGAAAUCUGAUAGCCUUCCUGUGCCUUAAUUAUAACUCCAAGAAAUACUCGUCUCUGCCAGCUUGGCACUUUUUGUUGUAUUAUCUCUAGGUUAAAAUCCCACCUUUAUAUUUCCUCAGAUAGGAUCCGCAUAACUUAGAUCUUUAUAUAUUGAAGUCAUCUGCUUUUCUUAUUCCUUCUGCUGCUACCAGUUAUUUCCAAAUUAUUCUCUUGUUUACCUAGUAUCACUUAUAGCUGAGUUUGGACUAUGGGAUGGAUGGACUAGGAAACUUAAAAGUCUUAUUUACUAAAUCCUAUUUAUAGUAUCAGAAAAUAGGCUUAUGUGCAGCUUAGAUGUUAAAUGAACGCUUUCUUUUAUUUUUUUAUUUUGCAUUAGCAGUUCCCUUAAUUUGGCCUUUCCCCAAUGCUGAGCAUAUUGCUAAUAGCAGACAGCUUUGUGGGGCUCCACUGCUGCCUUGACCUCCGGUUGCUUGCACUGCUGCUUACAUGAAGGGGGUGAGGCUGCAGUGAGGUCAGUCUGUUGCAAACACAAUGGCAAAGCCAACCUGGCACACCCACCACUUUGCUUGCACCAUGCCUCCCUGCCUUGUCCCUCUACCUCAUGGUAAGCCCCAGCGAUGCAACAAGCUGGAGGUCAGUUGUGCAUCACUGCCUCACCAUGUUAUAAGCUCCUGCAUAUUAAUCACUAUGCAAAUGAGAUUGAGAUGCAUGUGUCCUAAUAUGACGCAAAUAUAUUUUGGGGUGCAGAAUUUAUUCACAUUUCUGAAAUUCUCUAAAUAAGAGCGUCAAUACGUGACUGUAUAGCGAAUUACAGCCAGGCUAUAUGCUUGUAAAAAUCCAGCAGCUGCUUCCAUGUUAGCAGGUGCACUUUCCCUGGCAGCUCCAGUUGAAAAGGCAAUUGCUUGCUCAUCGUGUGUAUCUUGGUUUGCACCAACCUUUUCCCAUGCAGUUGCGCAGACGCCUGUGAAAUCGCUUUUGGUGUGAAAUGCUUUGCAGUUAAAGCAGUUGCUCCUGACUUUUUACCAGGGGACCAGCCUUUACUCUGUGCAUUCAUGGACCUUUGAGCUCCUCAAAAUGCUGUAGUGUUGUCUUUUGUUUCUUAAUUGGCAGGAAACUUAAAGGAGGUGGUUAGGAACAAAUAACAAGUGGAACAAAGAAUGGUGGGGUUUCUGUGACCCAGUUAAAGGCAAGUGCACCCCAUGCGAGUGGGGUCAGGUGAAAUGUACAAAAGGGUAAGGGGAUAAUAACUGGAAGUUCAAAGAGCUGUGGCAAAGGCUCAGUGUUUAUAAGCUCAGCGUCACAAGUCAGAGUUGCAAGAUUUAAGGGGAAACUGCAAAGCCAACAGACCUAUGUUACAAAGGAGCAAAUAUGAAUAAUCCUCUGGGGGCUAAAAUUGACUGGGUCAACUACCACAGCAUUUAAGAACAGAAAAUGAAGGAAUUGUAUGUGUUAGUUAAGGAGUUCAAGGUGGUAGAAAAGGUCAGAAUUGAAAGAGUUGGAUAUCAAUGGAAUGAGGCUCAAUAAUGUCUACUUGGGUAGGUCCAAAUUCUAGGUUACCAGAAGCUUGCAGGUGCAGGGGUUGUGAUGCUCCAGGAAAGAUAGAAGUUCUAGGGUCAACAGCUUGUCUCGGGCUCCAAAGACAUAGGUAGGAUGGAAAUGACCACAGUGCCCCUUCCUUAACAUAUUAUCUCCCAUUUGGCUAUUGGCGCUUGUAUUUUAUGACGACAAUGAGGUUACCCAUUUGAAAGGUUAAUGCUGUCCUGUUGUUGGCACCAGAUGUCCUUGUUGUGCUCCUCUUGCUAUUACCAGAACAUGGGAGGGAACAAUUGGCCGGUGGGAUGGGCAUGUGAACUAAACUGGACAUAGCAAUACAGAUAUUCACCAACAUGCUCAUUCACAUGCUGUGCUGUCUACCACUGCUGUUCACACUUGACCAACAAUCUUGAAGUGGGAUGGUCUUCCUGAUCACAGCCUGUGUGGAUCUCCAGAUAAGUUCUGCUACUGCACUGCUACUGCUGUAGCUGGGGUGCAGCCCUGCAUGCAGUUUUCGCUCUGUAAAUCUCUAAAUCCCCAAUGUCAAGUCAUAUUUAUUUCUUAGAAUGCAGCGCAUUCACCUCUUCCAGCUGUUUUUCUUUUUGCUGCCUUGCCGUCUUUUUUAAAAUAUCAAUAAUGUAUCCAGUGCAUUUCAAAGCUGCACUGUUCAGCUUUGAACAGAUUAUUUAUGUGCUCUUGAAUUCAAAUAUAAAAAGCAUUCCUUUCGCCAGAUCUCCCAUGGAAUUUCAGAGCCCAGGAAGGCAGUUGGGGUGGCAGCUUUGGUGUGUUGUAUGACAAGAUGUAAAACCUUCCACCGGGGUCACCUUAUAAAUAUUUAUUCCAAUAAAUUUCUUUAAAGAAAUUAAAUUAUGUGUUCUAUACAAAAUAGACGAGAAAGGCUUUUAGUGUCACUGGCUGCAAAUUGAAGUCAUUUGUCUAGGAGGGUCAGGUGCCACUUUGUGGUAAGGAUUUGUCUGAGAUCCAAGUGAAGAAAGAUUGAUAGCACAAAGAGAUUGAUGAAAUGAGCAAUGCAAUAUGCAUAUGAAGUUCUGGGUUAAUUAGGAAAAUUUAAACCAGAAAGGUUCUUUUGUGUGAGGUGUAGGAGCUGUUACUUGCUGUGUGUGUGUGUGUGUGUGUGUGUGUGUGUGUGUAGGCUUGAUAUUUUGGGAGAAAGUGCAUGUGAAUACUAUUGGGGAGACUGAUUGGAGCUUCAUCCAUUUUAUCGUUAAUGAGAGUUGCUUAGCCAUUCAUUUGCAGUUGCCUGUUUUCUCAUUACUAUAAGCUACAGAGUUGUCUGCAUCAUUCAUUGUUUUAAAUCCUUUUUGUUUUAUUUUAUUUUUUAAAAAAACCUAUUAUUUCAUUGAAUCAUGUUCCUAUAAACAUUCUGAAAAGGUUCUGGCCUCCUCCCCUUCCCCUGACAAACCAGAUUAUAGUGGUACCUGACAUUUGUAGACUCAUCCAUAGCUAAGAAAACUAACCAUUCCAUUCUACUCUGUAUAAAAUUCAGUGCACAAUCCUCCACAAAUAAAAUAGGUGUUUGUGCGUGCGCACACACACACACAGUAUCUUUGACACUUGAAAAAGAGAACUAAAAUGGUUGCUUUAUCGCACUAUAACGUGGUCUACCUGGCUGUAAUAUAUUGCCACAUUUCAGCGUAUUUCAUCAAUAUUUUUGUUGAUCCAACAGGUGAUGUCUGUUGUAGCACACAACAACAGUCUUGUACUGGGGCAUCUCCCAACUCUCUGAGAUAGAUGGGGGCACUAGGGGCUACCUGAGAUGGGAAUAUCAAGGGCAGACAGGGAGCUUCCUCUUCUUUUGUGAGCAGAUUCCUCCAUUGGUGCUGUUAUCACCCAAAGAGUCCUGUGAUUUUUCUUUUUAACCCUUAUCUGGUAGUGAACAUUGAAUAUUAACUUUUUCCUUUCACUUUUGCUUUUCGCUUUGCAGAAACCAAAACAGAAAGACUGGCAUCCUCCCGGAGGGUUUAUCUUAGGACUCUGGGCGCUCAUUAUCAUGGUCUUCUUUAAAACCUACGGAAUCAAACACAUGAAACACAUCUUUUAGACCCUUAGAGCAAUCAAGAUGUCUUGCUCUGAAUGCAUCCUUGAAUAAAAAUGAGGUCUUCUACCGGAAAAUUCUUCUCCACCACCCCACUUGUUAUGAUACUUGCACAUUUUUACUUUGUGUUUUGUAUUGUUAAAUGCAGCUGUUUAAUACCCAUUUUGAACACAUUUUAUAAAACUUCCAAGGACACAGUGAGAAUCCUUCCCUCCUUCUCCUUUGAAAUGAAUGAGCAACCUAACUUACAGGAGUAAAGGCACUCCAAAGAGGUAAAAGCAGGCUUCGUCUUAUCUUAGUUUGCUGCAGAGAGAAUAGCAUUUGCAUCUACUGUACAAGGAGUAUUCAGGGUGGCAUUGCCCUGCAUGUGCACUGCAGAACAAAUUGUAAGUUGUAAAAAGAUUAUUUUUUUCUCUCUACUUCUUCUUCUACUACUAUUACUACUACUGCUACUUCUUAUGUAAUCAUUACCCCAUCACUGAAAUGAAGGUCUAGACAAUAUGCAGAACCUUAUUUAAGAUGUCAUUUUAUCAAUAAAGACUUAAGUCACUUUGCAGACUUUUGCAGUGACAUAUUGAACACUUGCUCAACAGAAACAAAAAUACCGUAGGAAAUAUUGAUUUCGCUCUGUUAAAUACAGCCCUUUAGAUCAAUCCUUUUACCUAGGGCAGUUUUGCUUCUUGGAUUCCAAGAAUGAUUAGAAUUGGAAACAAAAAAGGCCCAAAGAAAGUAUUUCCUGGAUCUGCUUGGUGAGAGAACCCACGCACUGCCUCGUGUUCAGCAGAAGGAUAUGCUGUCUGCUUUCUGAAAUCACUUUAUGUUCUUCAGUAUCUUGUUAAGAAGAACAAGUUGUUAAAAAUGAGAUUCAUGGAAAAAAAUCCAUUAGGACUAUGUACUUGAAAACUGAGCUAUACAUUUUGUUGUCGGGUGUAUUAUUUAUUUGUUCUUUGUGUUCUGCUCUUCAUGAAUUAAAUCUGUUCACAGAGAAACAAAAGUAGGAAGAAGAAUGGCUUGCUGCAGAAUGAUUUGGGGUGGACCAUAGUAAGCAUUAUGCAAUUAAAUUUAUUGGUUACUAAACAUGUCCUCAUAUGGAGUGGCUCCAAUAUGAAAGGUUGCCACAUUAGAGCAUGUUGAAUUUCUGAACUUUUGAAUUCCAAAAAUGAGGAGUGCUGAAAAGUUGUAACAUGACUUGGGAAUUCCAAAGAUAUUUGGGUUAAUUUAAUAUUAUUUAGUUUUGCUUAGUAAGUAAAAUGUAUGUAAAAUUGCGUAGAAAUAAUUAAAAAUGAUUGCCAAGUCCUUUCAGUUAAUUUAUUUGUUUGUUUGUUUGGCAUUACCUAACCUUUUCAGGAGGUAAAAUUGUAAUUUGGUUUUCUGAAAACAGUUUAUGGGCUUCUUCAUCAAACGUAGACUUACCAAACUAAAUGUUGUUCAGUAGUAGAUUUAACCAAAAACAUAUUUUUAAGACCGCUCACUGAAGAAAUUUGCAAAAAUUAUGUUUUCCCCUCUAAGAUGACACCCCCUGAACAUAGCAUUCAAUCUGUAUCACUGCAGUAUUUUUUGUUCAUGAAGUUGGGAGUUGUGGAUUGCAUAUAGUUAACGUGCUGCUCUGGGCUCCUCUGAAGGAAGAUGCAGGGUAUAAAUCUAAAUAAUAAAUAAAUAAAGUGGAACAAAAAAAAAUCCCUGUAAGUCUGAAGUGCCAUAGCAACAGUAUCUCUCUCAGGUGAGCGUGAUGCAGUUUCUGUUCCACAAGCACAAUAUCUUGGUAAGUAUGCCAUACUGUUCUGUGGAAUGAAACGGAAACAUACAAAACAGACUUUAGCAAUGAC